AGUCAUUUUAUUUCAAGAAGAUGCUGGAAUCAACAAGAACAUUAGAUUUAAAACAAAAGGAAAACUAGGCCUGCUUUGAGUAAUUCUAAGAAAUGUGGACAAGGGGUUGAUUAUGUUGCCUACAUCUUAAAAAAAAAUAAAAAAAUCCGGGAGUUUCCUGAGCAGAGAGGGAAAAAACAUGAAAGUUAGUCUGAUGUUUAUGGCGAAAGAAGGGACUUUUUUUUCUUCUCUCCUCCAGCGCUGGGCGGAAGGAUCUGGUGAGAGCACCUCUCUACGGCUUGUUGUUUCCUCCUCCCUCCGCCUGGCUUUGCAUGGUGGAGAGCGGAGGCUUCUCUUUCUCCUUCCUGCUCCAGACCCUGACAGCUCCAGGGGCAGGGCCCGGGGAUCCGCUCCGGCGGCGGUAGCGGGAGGAGGAGGCAGUGCAAGCCAAAGAGGAGGAGGGGGGAUACCCAGCCACCCCAACAUGUCCUCCUCCACCACCAGCCAGCACAGCACCGAGCUCAAAUCCGGUAUGUGCAUCCUCCCUGCCCCCCGCCACCAUCUCUAAUAAACAAUAUGUAACAGAGACAUGUCUAUCUGUGAGGGGGGUCACUCGUGUACCCUGAUAUUUCUGUUUGUGUCUUUGCAGAGCUCUAUUUCCUCAUUGCCAGAUUCCUGGAAGAUGGACCCUGCCAGCAAGCAGCACAGGUACAGAAUAAGCCAGAGAAGGGGGUGGGACCCCUGUCUUUUUAGCCCCAAUAUCACCCUGCCUGGACCCCAACUCCCAUCACACGCAGCAUGAUCUGAUGGCUACCUUUAUGUCUCUUCUCUUACAGGUUCUGAUCCGAGAAGUGGAGGAUAAAGAGGUGAGCUGCAUGGGGAAUGUAAGGAAAAGCUUGUUGGGGGGAUGGUAUCACAAUGAUAAAAAGGGGGUGAUCCUUAUGGGGGUGUACAGUCUCCCCUCAAUUUCACAGCACCACCUCGCAUAGCUUUUGUCGUAGGAUUUUCCAAAAUACCAUCUCUCAGAGGAAACAAAUUCCCAGGAUCUGCUUGUACUGCUCCUCCCCCUCCCAAUCAAAGCAUCGUUUUGUAGGGGGCGUGGGUGCGAUUUAUUUAUUAUUAGGGGCUGCAUCUGAACCUGUCCUGUUUUUUUAACAAUCCCCCCCAUCUCUUUUGCUAUGAGGGGUUCAGGUCCUUGUCCUGGAGAUAAAGCUCAGAGCAGAUCACGAGAUUAGAAUGCCCCCGUUUCACCAGCUGUAACAGUGUAUCCAAGAUUCCAUUUAAAAAUGAAUAUAAAUAUAACAGUACUUUUUGAUCUGAAUUGACCAGGAAGUGUGUAAAUUGUAACAGACCCCUCUCUGUAUCUAUUUCUAUUGCAGCUGCUGCCAACAAGGGUAGAUUGGACUGGGAAAGAACACCCCAGAUCUUACCAAAAUUUGGUGAGUCUUUCCUUCAGCCGAGGAAAAGUUUUUUUAUUACCUUAUAUUUUCGCACAGUGGAAUAAAAUUGAAUUUCCCGCAUUUUUUUGCUGAAUGAUACUGAUGUAUACUGCGUGCAAUAAGCCACACAAUAGGUGCAUCGGGUUAGUAGGGAAUUUUUGUUGUGUGCAGAAAUAAAAAAUAAAAUAAAAAUGGUGAUAGCAUGACAUUUUUACAGGUCUAUAUUUUCAUUGCAAAUAGCCCCGAAAAUGUGUUUGUGCUAGAGAGGAAUUAAGAGAGACGUCAUGGAUAUUGUGCAGAGAAGGAAUGGAGGAGGGACUUUACAGCUUAGAAGCAGGAGAGAGAGAGAGAGGAGGGAGGGCGCUGCUGUUCCAUGCAAAGAUCCUCCUGCAUAUAUAGACUCACACACACACAGGCUGCCUCAGGCAUAACUGAGAUCACUGCAAGCAUGCUACAAACUGGUUAUUCAGCUAAAAUCUGCUCCUCUGGCCAAGCACUCAUUUCUUUUCUUUUUAUAUUUUUUUCUCUUUUGAAAAUACACUUUUAUUUUCUCACUGAAAUUUUUUUUUGGGGAGAAAUUAUAAUUUUAUACAGCUACUUUUGUGUACAUUAGAUUUUUUAUUUUUUUGUAAAGGGACAUCCCCAACUUAUUAAGGUGUGCUUAUAGACCAAUGACAUGCUGGACUUUUUAAUGAUCCAAAAGAAUUUGCCUUACUAUUGUUUCCCAAGUGGUUAAGUAUAUGACAGAUGUCAGUCUAACUCCUGUUCUUUAUUAUUUUUUUUUUUAUUGUGUGCAAUGUAUGCUUUGCUGUGUGUUCUGUCUAUGACAUGACAAUGAUUAGUUGGGUGUUUUGCAUAUUACACUACUGAUCAUUUUAGUUUUUUGAACUAUAGUUAAUGCAAAGGAAUGUCACUGUAAACAAAAAGUGUCAAUUUCACAUAUUGAUUAAAUAUAUGGAUUAUCAUUUGCUUCAAACCUGUGCAAAAAAGAAUCAAAGUAUUUUGUAGCAGUAAUUGAUCUGUGGUUUGUUGCAAACACAUAUUGAAAGCAGCAUAACUUGUUGCUGCUAUUUUAAAUUUAUUUUGUCACUUUUAAAUCUGAUUUGUUUGUAUACAAUUUUGAUCCUACUAGCUGAUUUUAUGUUGCUGCACCUGAUGACUUUAAAGUAUCAGAUCACUCUUCAGAAAAAAUAAAAUGUUUGUGUGUUUUUAUCAUUUUAAUUGUAAUGGUUAUUGUUCAUGGAGUGUUCAUUUAACCUCUAAUUCUGCAUAGGCAGCACUAUGGCAAGAAUACCUGAAUGAGCAUAUUUUCAGCAUAUUAAAGCAUAUAUGCUUUUUUAAAAAAAUUUCUUUUUUUUUUCUUUUUCUUUUUUUUUUUUUUACCCAAUCCAGUGUCUGAGUGUGCAUGAUCAUCAUUGUUUUGUUCUUACUACCACUGCACUCUUUUCCUCCACUAAGCAUUUAUUAAGAUGGUAGAGUACUUAAUAUUAUUUAUAUAGCGCCAGCAAAUUCCGUAGCGCUGUACAAUGGGGGAGGAGCUUGUUUUAAAAAAUGUGACAGUUUCUUUGUAAGACACUAUUUUUAUCGGUAUUUAUUUAGAAACUAUUAAUUUCAGUACAAAUGCAAUCUUUAAUUUCUACUAAAAAUAAUUGUGAAAUUGUACUCAAGUCACUAAGUUUUCAAAUUAGACUCGUGUACUCUGGUUCCUAGGGUGUCAGACAUAAUGUUUAUGGAGGCCAUAAGUUGUCAGCUCAACUGCCAUGGGUAUGCAUUGAAAUUGUGGAGAGCAUUUUUAUUUAUUUAUUUUUAUUUUUUUUAUAGGGUUUAGGCGACAAUGUAAGUUUGGCAAUGUGUAAGUUUUAUACAAUAUUAUGCUCUCAUUCCAUUUCAAAGCCAGUUUCAGCCAUUAUCAUCUUGCUCAUAAUGCUAAUGUAAAACCAUUAAACUUGACCUCCCUCACUGCAGAGAGGAUUGUUAAGAAUAAAAAGUAACACGCAAAAAUAAAUAAAUAAAACUACAGUAUGCUAAGUUUCCCCCUGAGUCAUUUACAGAUCACAAAAGGGGGAAUCUCAUAAAUGUUAGUCGCCUGUUUUUUCAUUUCCCUUAAAUGCAUUGCAGUAAGAGUUGUAAAACUUAUUUAAAUUGAAAACCCUUUACCAAUAAAACCUCACGUGAAAUAUAUGUAUUUAAAAAAAACAAAAAAAAAAAACAUUUUAGUUGUACAAUAAGUCAACUAAUUAUUGGAGUGUCAUUUAAACAGGAUUAUUUUUGGUGGCAUAUGAAACUGCCAUUAUGCUGUUAUACGGCAAAGGACUGCAGUUAAAAAUUGUGAAUUUUACAAAUCUACAGCUGCCUGCAUACACACAGGUGAGCCUGAAACUAAAGUAAAUAGAGGUGCAAGCAGAUGAUCAAAGCAUUCAGAGGCAACUGGCAUAUUAUCUGCAUCAUAAUUCUGGUGGAAACAUUACUCAGAAUUUAUAGCGGUCAUAAAGUGUAAAUUUCACAUAGGAGCUAAUGUCUUGGAUAUAACAAGCAUGUAUCAAUCCAAAGCAUCUAGGUCCUACUGUGCAUGCAAGGUGAUCACCACACUCCACCAGUUCAAUGCUCCUUAUGGUAUUAAAACCUGCCAAAAAUAAGCAGCACUGUACAGCAUUGGUGUACCUUCAGAACACUGAUAUUCUAGCUUCUUAACAUCGUAUUUCUCAACAAGCUUAACAAAAAGUGUAAUAUUGAGAAUAGAUAUAAUUUUAUAAAAUGGGAAGCUCAUGCUUUGGAGAUUUCAAUGAGCUUUAGCUUUUCUUUCAUUCGAGCCCAGAGAUCCUUAUCGUUACCGUGAUUUUGGGGAGGACCAUGAAAGCAGUUGCACGAAAAAAAUUAAACUACUUUAAUGACCAAUGAUAUACUAGGCUUAUCAUGUAAAAGAAUUUUCCAAGUGCCUCGUCCAUAACCCCUUAAUGACUUUCAUCAUUUUCCAUGCAUUAGCACGUUAUACGUUCUUGUUUCAUGGUGAUUUCCUGUUCUCUGAUUGAGAAAAUAAAAAUAAAUAUAUUUUUAGGACAGAUGGUUUGAUUUUGAUAGCCUGUAUGUAUGUAACAAUAAGUAUAAAUAAAAAUUUUACAAAAGGUGGAAGGUACGUAGGCAUAUUUUAACAGUACACCAGAAUUUAUUUUGUUCUGAUUUUUUUUUUUGGGGGGGGAAAUUGUUAGCAGUUACAGGUGAUAUAACUGUAAGUUGCAGUUUUAAAGCAGAAUUGUUACUUCUUUGUAAGUGAUGGUGGUUUUUUUAGGCAUCUGCAAAACAUGCUUUACAUUCAUGUUGGGCAAUUCUUCCAUUGUUCUAAACAUGUGACCCUGGUACUGUUAGGUUUAGCUUAACUGAUUUAUAUGGAAUGCAAUGCAACUUAAAAAUAAAGAUUAGAGAAAAGAGCACUAUUAACUAAAAUUUGUGUUUUUGAAGGAGGGUUGGGGUGAAUUUUCUCUUUGCGGCUAACUUGUGCCAUGUUGUAGAGUCAGACUUCCGCUGUGUACAUCAAGGAGCACUCUACCACCAGUCUCCAUCUCGCUGCCUGCUAUAUGAAAAGAAAGGCAGAAUGGGUAGAGGGUAUAAAGGUCCAGGGCUGUUUAGUCUGAAACUAUGCAACAACCAGAUUUGUCUUGCUUCAGACAGCACAUGGUUCGCUCACUGAAUUGCACAAGUAGCUGCUGCCUAUAAAGGGGGAAUAAAAGUCACUUGCACACGCCAGAGUUGAAUUAAUUUUUGUUUGUCAUUGGCACUAGGUUAGUAGUAAUUUUGAGUCUCGUGUACAGAAUGAGUCAAAUAAAUUACCUGUAAGACUCUUGUCACUUCUGACCAGGUAAACGUCAUGCUGUUUGUGACCAUGUUGUAGUACUCAUAAAUCACCAGUUUGUGUGUGUGUAAUUAUAUAUAUAUAUAUAUUAUGCAUAAAUUGAUUUUGUCUUCAGUGUUUUGUUUUUAUGUUUAGAAGUCUGUUCAGGGAUGUAACAUGUAGAAAUAGGCUUACAAUUUUGUGCUAAAGAGUUCAUUAGUUUGCCUAUCUGCUACACAGUAAGCACUCCACACUUCUUGCUUGCCUUUUUAAACUUUUUUUUUUUUUUUGUUUUUAAAUACCUUUUUUAUAUGCAUAUUACCUCUAAACACAUAGAGAUUUAUUUACUAAAUAUGGUUUUGAGAUGGAAGCAUCUAGAGUGUGCUUGAAGUCAAAAUGCUCAACAAAAUGUAGUAUUUUUGUAAAUAAGAGAUAAGCGAAGCAGGGCUCAAAAUUAUAUAUUGGUAAGUGGAAAUUCAGCUCUGGUCCUCGUUGAUGUUUGAAAGCAGGUUCAUAUUGUAACAGCCUCACAGCUUUUAUCUGCUUCCAUUGGGAGUGGGGUUAAACCAGGAGAUAAGCAGUUGAAUGUUUUCCAAAUUGUCGAAAUUUCUUGAACCCUUUAGUGCCACUUUCUUCAUUCUAUUAUUUUGCUCAAUGACUGUAACACUGUUAAGUGGGAUUUUUUUAUUUUUUUUUAUUUUUUUGCUCAUGGGGUUCCACAAGGGGGUACACCAGGCACUGUAAAAGUUAAACGGUAUAAUUGUUUGCUGUUGCCCUGUGUGUUCUGAGAGGUCAUGUUGCAGGAGUGAAGUAAUGGUGUUUCUUCCUUGUCCAUGCAUUCUGAAGCUCUGUACAGCUAUUUCUCAAUCCAGUCCUCUAGGACCACUCAUGCCUUGCCAUUUUUAGCAAUAUUUUUUAUUGGAAUGCAAUUGGCUAAGGGCAGAGUGCACCUUGGAUAGCCGCCUGCUCCUUUGUGAUAAGUCAGCACAUGUUUCAUGCUAAGCAAUUAAAGAUGAACACAUUUUCUCACCUUGUCUAAAGUACAGCUGGUCAUUGGUCAGGGAGUAUAGCAAAAUAUAUUGUACCCUUUACUUGCAUGAAGGGAGUUUUUAUUUAUUUAUCUAUAAAAUAUUUUACCAGGAAGGAUACAUUGAGAUGUCUCUCGUUUUCAAGUUUGUCCCUUUUUUUUUUUUAAAUAAUUUUUGUAACGAAGGACCAUCACCACACAUUUACACAAAUAAAACUUUGAAAAUCACCUAGACAGAACUUUUUUUUUUUUUCUUUUCCAUAAUAUGCUUUCUCUAUGCAAACUUGCAAAGGACACAGCUUUUAACAAGAUUAACAGGGAGCAAAGAUGGAGGCACCCAGUGGCAUGAUAGAGGUGUGGAUUUCUACAGAUUUUAUUUCUCAAACCUUACAAUUCCCUUAAUAGUUAAACAGACGUAAACUUAAUAUUAAAAAUCAUAGGGAGUGACCAUUCCAGUUUAAAGGAACACUCAAAGCACUUGAACUUUAGUUUGCUGAAGUUCUGUAGGGUUAACAUGCCUGUCCCUACAGGACUAUUGUAUAAAAGGGUUCAUUUCAAGAGAAGUCGGCAUCAUUGUUGCACCUUCCUGGUUGUUAGGCAGCCAGGAGAGUUUCUUGCCUCGCCCGAUUUAAACUGUAGUUACAUAGCUGAAUAGAGACUUGCGUCCAUCAAGUUCAGCCUUCCUCACAUAUGUUUUUGCUGUUGAUCCAAAAGAAGGCAAAAAACUUAGUCGGGAGCGCUUCCAAUUUUGCAACAAACUAGGAAAAAAUUCCUUCUUGACCCCAAAAUAGCAGCCAGAUGUCUCCUUAGAUCAAGCAGCUAUUACCCCACUAAUUAGAUAUUCUAUCCCUGUAUGUUAUGUUUUUGCAAGUAUUUAUCCAAUUUCUGUUUAAACAUCUGUAUGGACUCUGAUAAAACCACCUCUUCAGGCAGAUCAUUCCAUAUCCUUAUUGCUCUUACUGUAAAAAAACCUUUUCUUUGCCUUAGAUUAAAUCUCCUUUCUUCCAGCCUAAAUGUGUGACCUCGUGUCCUAUGUAUAGCCCUGUUUAUGAAUAGAUUUUCAGAUAAAGGUUUAUACAAAUAUAUUCGAGGCCAGUACAAUGUUAUCAUAUCCCCUCUCAGGCGCCGUUUUUCCAAACUAAACAGAUUUAUUUUUUUUAACCUUUCUUCAUAACUAAAAUGCUCCAUUCCUUUUAUCAAUUUUGUAGCACGUCUCUGCACGUUUUCUAGUGCCAUGAUAUCUUUCUUUAGGACAGGUGCCCAAAAUUGCACAGCAUAUUCAAGGUGUGGUCUUACCAGUGAUUUAUAAAGAGGCAAAAUUAUAUAUCUCUUUUUAUCCCGAGAGUUUAUACCCCUAUUUAUACAUGACAAAACCUUACUGGCCUUAGCAACUACAGAUUGACAUUGCCUAUUGUUGCCUAAUUUGUUGUCUAUAACAAUUCCCAAAUCCUUCUCGUGUGUGGUUAUCCCUAGUUCACUACCAUUUAGGGUGUAAAUUGCUUGUGCAUUCUUAACCCCUAAGUGCAUAACUUUUCAAUUCUCUACUUUACAUUUAAUCUGCCAUUUUAGUGCCCAGUCCCCCAAUUUAUCCAAAUCCCUCUGCAGCAAAGCAAUAGCCUGCUCACAUUUUAUUACUUUACAAAGUUUUUUUGAACCUUUAUUGAAUAGUAUUUUUGCCUAGUACUGUGCAUGCAUGAUUUGUCCCCAAGACUCUCAGUGAGAAGUCUUUGAUAGGACCAUAUCUAGGACAGAUUGGAAAGCCUGUCCUGGACCAACAUGGGAGAGUUCACCGGAGCCGCAGUAACUGCUACUGUAGCUAAUGUAAGCUAGUUUUUUCAUAUUCCAAAAUGGCCCACACAAGUGAGGAAAGUUUUAGAAUAUCUGGUUCUAUAGAAUAUCCAGUUAUAUAGUAUAUUACAAUAUAGAUUAUACCUCUCAUGCAUAGCAUGACCGAUGCAUUUUUUUAAUUAGUUGUGAAACCUUGUCCUUAUUUCCCAAACUAAACAAUGAUUCAUGCUGCCCACCACUGUCAAGUGCAUUUCCUGGAAUAUUUAUUCUAUGCUAAUCAUACAUGACAAAGCCUAGAAUGUAUUCACGUCUUAUAGAAUCUAGACAUUGAGACAGAUUUGCUACUAAGAAAGAAGCAAAUGGUUUGCAAGAAAAAUAAAUCCUGCUUCCUAAAGAGUAUGAAAUCAUAGCCUACAAUGCAGUGAGUUUAAUCCCUGUAACUGGUAGCAGUUUAAAUGUUGCAUAUCACUGCAUUGGUUGUACAGCUUGUUGUUUUUCUGUUAACUAUUUUAUAGAUGUCCAAAGAAGCCUAAACCCUUAGCAUUUAAAUAAGGGUAUUGAAAGUUAAAAGGAUGAACAUGGCUGGAGUAUCACGACUUUUAAAUAUGUCAAUAACAACUUAAAGGGUAUGCCAGUAUGGUGACAAAAAGCCAAUGGUGGCAUGUCUCCACUUAUUUAGUGCUUUUGUCCUUCUCUCGGUCAAUCCAUGUUUUUUUUUUUUUAUGGAGUGGGUGACCUUAGAAAGGGUUACUCUAACCAAAACUAGUGUUUUAUGAAAACACAUUGUUUUUGUUUGGAGUAACCCUUUAACAUUCUUCUGCAUAUAGCUAACACAAGCUUAUUUGCAGGGCUGGACUGGAGAUACAAAGCAGCCCUGAAAAAAAUAAAUCUAUGCCAUCCCCAUAAGUCAUUGUGGCAUUGUGCUGUGUAUUGUGUGAUUAUUGUGACUUGUGUGUGUGUGUGUGUGUGUAUGUAUGUAUGUAUGUAUGUAUGUGUAUGUAUAUCUCUCUCUAUCUCCUUGCACUCAGGCUAUAAAUAUAAAUACCUGCCGGAUGCUCAGCCUGGGGCUUUUAUAUCCAAAAAGGAGUAAGAAUGGCAGCACUCACUGUCUUCAAAUAACACUUCCUCUUUAUUCAGAAAGAUUAAAACAUAGUAUCAUUCUUACUACUAAAUAUAUUACUCCAUCAUCUGGGGUGGCAAGACAUAGCCUUACAUAUUCUCACGGACGCACACACGUUCACUACAGAUAAGAUCACGGAUGCACACACAUGAUUCCAACAGACAAGCCCACUGACAUAAACAUGUUUACUACAGACUCACUGACACACACAUACAAGUUCACACACACACGUAUCCCGGUGGGCCAGUCCGGCCCUGCUUAUUUGUAGCUGUAGUUUUCUGUCAAGAUUUAUCGAACAUCUUCAUUGAUAUGUUUUAGAAGGAAUCUUUUCAUCCCACACCAGACUGCACUGUGAGAACUUUUUCCAUCAAAUGUAAUGAAAUGCUUUGUGUAGUCGUGAGAAUCUUAAUUCAUACAUGAAGCUAUAUGUGUGUUCUUAAAACCUUAUAGUAAUUUAAUAAUUUUUUUUUUAAUAACAUGUACACAUUACUCAUAACAUGUCCUGGAGUAUUCCUUUAAUUGAAAACCAAAUGUUCCCUCAGGCAUUGUCGAUAUAAUGAUCCUGCAAAUAUAACCCUUUAAAAUGUAUGUAGAUCGGAACUGCAACUUCUCUGGAAUUUAAAUUAUUGAAUAAUAUCACCUAUAAUGUUUAACAGUGUUUUUGUUUUUUUGCUUUUCUUUUUUAGCUGCUCCAUUAUAUUUCAAAUUUUAUAUAUUAAAUAUUUGGCAAAAGACAUUGCAAAUGAAGACAAGAAAUAGAAACACUGUCAGGGUUAUUUACUAACGUGGAAAUUGAAAGUGAAUUUCAAAUUUUAGGCCAGACGAGUAAAAGCAUUGCUGACUUAAUCAUCAAUUUAAUAUUUUUGGAUAAACUUUUAAGUGUGUUUAUUUUUUAUUUUUUUGCAGUGCUUAAGAUAAUACAAACAGGCUUGAGGUACCCCAACGACAUUCCUCAGGCAUGGCAUCACAUAUUGCAUAUGGGGUAAUAGAUUGGUCCAGCACAAUUUUAUAAUUUUAUAAACAUGAGAGAUAGUCAGGGGAGAAACAGAUAAGGAAUGUUAGAAACGAUUGGAAAGCAUGUUAUACAACUUAUAUGUACCACUGGGUACUAAAUUAGAGUAGUUGGUGCAGGCAAAGAGUGAUCUAACACUGUGGUGCUAAGUAGCAUUGUGUCCUUUAGGCUCUGUCAGCCCACGCUGCAUGGAGGCUUUGGGGGAAGAGUCUUUUUCUGUGGUAAUCUUAGUGCCCUGUCUUUCCACUUCGGGACUCAACAAGAGGCUUUGAUGGUUAUGACGGGUUACCUGUUGUGGGAUCAGGUGCCGUAUUCUUGCAGUUCUUCAAGCUCAUGCUGUGAUGAGGGCCACUGCCCUGUAUCCAUGAGUUCCCCUACUACAUGCGGUAGGACCGUGAGCCUUCAAGUUUACCGGAGCUCGGAGUCACCCUGGGGUGUAUGAACGGUGUGUGCUAUGAAGUACCUUUUGGGCCAUCAGCCUGAAGGAAGCGUCUGCAGUCUCGGCGGCUGUUUGUAUCUCAGGUUCAGCAGAUGGGGGGGCUUUGGUAGAUCGAUUAGGUUGAAGCUGGCUUAGUAAACUUUCUGGGUGUGGUAUGUUGGCUUUGGUUCCGUGCGCCCUGACUGCCCUGUGUUACGUGUUGUUUUAUACAGUGGGACAGUUUGCACCAAAAUGCUGCAAAUAUCGCAUCUAGUUUUGUGUCAAAGUCGGCCCGUUUAGUGGAGCACGGUGCGAGACACUCUGGGUCCUCUCAAUGCUGCGGGGGACUCUGGAGUCCGCUUUAACGUGUCACGCUGCUGCAAGGCUUCCUGCUGAGGGGAGUAGGUGGCUUUCCCCAGCAGGGACCUGGAUAUCCCCCACCAGUCCAGAAGGGGGGGCUGUGGGUUCUAAGUAUGACUGUGUGUCCACCGCGCUGAGGGAUCGUCCUGUGUUUAAAAACAGUAAAACAUAUCACAAUGAUGACACCGUUACUAAAAAUGCAGUUUUUUGCAUUUCUCGCACACAAACUGUACUUUCACUGAUGAUAUAAUUGUUGUGAAAAGUUUUACUAUUUUUAAACACUAAUAUUUGUGUUCAGCGAAGUCUCCCAUAUAACAGUACCCCCCAUGUACAGGUUUUAUGGUGUUGUCAAACAUAAGGCUUGAAUUUCAUUUUUUUCACGUUGAAAUUUGCCAGAUUGGUUAUGUUGUAUUUGAGACUGUAUGGUAGUCCAGGAAUGAGUUACCCCCAUGAUGGCAUACCAUUUGCAAAAGUAGACAACCCAAGGUAUUGCAAAUGGGAUAUGUCCAGUCUUUUUUAGAAGCUACUUAGUCACAAACACUGGCCAAAAUUAGCGUUCAAUUUAGUUUUUUGCCUUUUUCACUAGUGUUUGUGACUGAGUGGCUACUACAAAAGACAGGACAUACCCCAUUUGCAAUACCUUGGGUUGUCUACUUUUGCAAAUGGUAUGCCAUUAUGUGGGUCGUUUUCGUUCCUGGGCUACCAUAUGCUCUCAAAGGCAACAUAACCAGUCUGGCAAAUUUCAAUGUGUAUAAACUGAAAAAUGUAAAGUGCUAUAUAUGACCCUGUAACUUUCCAAAACACCAUAAGACAUUGCUGAAUACAAAUAUGUGUACUUUAUUGCAGUAACAGUAUUGUGACAUUCACAGUUAAAAUGCCAUGCAGAACUAAAAAAAAAUAACAUUUCUUAAUUUCUCUAUUUUAUAACUUAUAAUCAUAUUAAAUUAUGUUGUGACAUGAAAGCCCUAUUUCUCCUGAACAAAAUGAUAUGUGUGGGUGCAUAUAAUAUGAAAGAUGUGAAUUACGCCUAAACAGACAUAUUGCGGAAAUUCAAGUUUUUGUUUACGUUUUGAUUACAACUUGUACAACUGCCUCAGUCCUUAACCCCUUGACGACCGAUGAUGGUUCUGGACCGUCAUUGGGAAACUCCCCUGGGGGACCGAUGAUGGUCCUGAACGGUCAUAACGGUCUGGGGCUACUUACCUGUCCGCCGUCGGUCCCCCAGCGGCGAUCAGCGCUCCUCCCGGUCCUGGGGGACUGCCUGUCGGCCCGGGCAGUCUCCCCUCGGCAGAUCAGGACCCCGCGGCCACUUGAUCACUCGAUCACAUGGCCGCAAUAGGUGCCUGUGUAUCUGCCUGCAGGGGGACUGUCUGUGCAUACAGGCAGUCUCCUGCAAGUGAAAAAUCAAAAAUAAAGUUAAAAAAUAAAGCAAUCAGUGUAAAAAAUAAAAAAGGUGUGUGUGUGUGUGUGUGUGUGUGUGUGUGUGUGUGUAUAUAUAUAUAUAUAUAUAUAUAUAUAUAUAUAUAUAUAUAUAUAUAUAUAUAUUUAUAUAUAUAUAUUUAUAUUGUGUGUGUAUUAUAUCUAUAUAUCAUAUAUAUGUCAUACUAAGUGUAUUUUUAUAUUUAUAUAUACGUAUAUUAAUAUAAAAAUACACUUUUAAUUUAAAUUACACACGUGUGUGUGUGUGUGUGUGUGUGUGUGUGUGUAUAUAUAUAUAUAUAUAUAUAUAUAUAUAUGUAUAUGUGUGUGUAUGUAUAUGUGUGUAUAUAUAUAUAUAUAUAUAUAUAUAUAUAUAUAUAUUUUAAAAUGUUAAGAAAAAUAAAUAACAUCAAAAUAAUUUUUAAUAAUUAAAACAAAUUAUAUGUAAUUUUAUUCUAACUUUUUUGAUAUUAAUAUAUAUUUAUAUCAAAAUACUUAGAAUGUAAUGAUAUAUAUAUCUAUGUAUAAAUAUAUAAAUAUGUAUAUAUAUUAAAUUUCUACGUGCCUAUUUAUGUAAUAUCUUUACCUAAUUAAGUAAUUUUCAUGAUUGCAAUUUGAGGGACCUGCCUGCCAACCCAGGCCGAAGAAUUUAAAUUAAAAUAAUAAUUAAAAAUAAGUUUUUGUGUAUAUAUAAUAUGGCUGUCUGUGAGGGAGCCUGUUUGCCAGUUAGUGUGUGUUGGGGUGAUUCUGUGUGUAUGUCAGUGUUUAUGUGAGUGAGAACAGGGGCAGGGGUUUAGUAGACUAGGGGCGACUGGGGUUUAGUAGAGGGGGUCACUGUGGUUUUUUUUAAUACUGUACUUUUCAAAAUAAACCUACGUUUCUAUGAAAAUUUUAAUUUUUGUUUCUUUGCGGCUCACGUAAACUUAAACCUUGUUUAUUUGGCCCUUGCUAGCCUUUGAGUUUGAUAUGCUUGCUCUAGUGGCUGUCUCCCUGACCGCCACUAGAGGCCGCUUCCACAAUCCUCAAUGCGAAAAUCACAUUAAACUUACGCUGGACGUCCAUAGGAAAGCAUUGAAUAUACGCUAUUAAUAGCCAAAAGAUGGCUUUAUAUAGAGAAGCAAAAUAUAGAAACAACCUUAGGGAAAUAUAGAAACAACUCCAUGAACAUAUCAUCAGCGUUCGCUUUCUAAGAUAUAAAGUUAUUAAAACAUUAUAUAAAGUUAUUAAAAACAUUAUAUAAAGUUAUUAAAACAGUUCUUAAGUCUUUAAGUUGUUUAUUUAUUUGUUUCAUCAUAGGGAGAAUAUUGUUCUCUAUGAUUUUAUAUUGAUUAUUUGUUGUUUUAAUACCUAGAUGUUGCAAAUAUUUCGUAGCCCAAGCAAAGUCAUAUUUAUUCACAAUCUUCUCUCUAUCUUCCUUACUUAGAUUUUUUUGCUAAUAUAGUUGUUUUAUCUACAUUCAACUUGAGAUUGGAGUAAUUUCCAAAUUUGGUUAUAACUUUCAUCAAUUCAUCCAAUGAUGGUACGGGAUCUGUAAUGGAGAUUAGGAGAUCGUCCGCAUAUAGUGAUAAUUUAUAGUCUUCUUGACCUAUUCUGACUCCUUUAAUCUUUAGGUUUUCCCUAAUUUCACAGGCUAGAGGUUCGAUAUAAAACAAAUAAAGCAGCGUCGAGAGAGGGCAUCCCUGUCUAGUCCCGUUGCUUAUUUUAAACCAGUCAGAUAUACCUCUCCGUAUAGUUCUAGCCCUUGGGUAGGAAUAUAAGGCCAUUACAGCAUCCAUUAGCCAUCCACCAAAACCAAAAGCCUUCAUAGAUGCCAUCAGGAAGUCCCACCUGACCCUAGCAAAGACCUUCUCUGCGUCCAAUGACAGGGCCAGAAAUGGGACUCCUGAGUCGUUAGUGCUGUCUAGAAUAUCAAUUAUUUUUCUCACACUAUUGCUGUAGAGUCUACCUUUUAUGAAACCGACUUGAUCUUUAUGAAUUAAGUCAGAUAAGACAGUUUGCAUCCUGUUAGCUAGGAUGCUAGCAUAUAUCUUUAUAUCCGAAUUUAGCAGAGAAAUAGGUCUAUAACUUCUUACCUGAUCUGGUGGUUUAUCUGGCUUAUGUAUAGGGAUUAUAUUUGCAUAUAGCAUUUCUUCCGGGAUGACCUUUUCCUCCACAAUUUUGUUAAAUACAUUUUUCAAAUGGACCACCAAUUCUUCCUUAAAUUGCUCAUAGAAUAUGUUAGGAUAGCCAUCUGAGCCUGGGGUUUUAUUCUUUUUUUUAAACGUAUCUAUUGUCUCCUUAAUCUCUAAUUCAGUGAAAGGUUUGUUGAUACUGUUAACCUGUUCUGCAGAUAGCUGUUUCAUCUUUUUAUUUUUAAAAUAUGUUUCUGGGUUGUUAGGUUGGUUAGGCAAAUUAUACAACUCUUGAUAGAAAGAGUUAAAUGCUUUACCAACUUUUUCUGGGGUUAAUUGUGGCCCUUCCUCAAUUAUAUUUUUCUGUAUCAUCAUUGCCAUUCUAUAGCCUUUAACUUUAUUUGUAAGCAUUUUAUUUGCCCGGUUACAUCUGUAAUACCAUUUUAUUCUUAAGCGUUCUAAUUUUUUGGAGGUUUGCUGCCAUAGAAUUUCUUUAAUAUUAUCUUUCAUUUUUUCUAUUUUCUCACUCAUUUCUUUGGAGGGAUUAUCUUUAUUGAGCCUUGUUAAAGCAUUUAAAGAAAUAUAUAGGUCUGUCAAUGAAGAACUUCUACUAUUUAUUGAAUCCAAUAUUGAUAAAAUGCCCUCCCAGAACUGCCUUAUAGGUGCACCAUACUAUUACAUCUGAUGUACCUUUAUUUUGGUUAUCUUCAAAGAAAAAUGUUGUUAAUUCUUUUACUUUCUCUAUUUCUUGAGGAUUUUUUAAUAAGAGAUCAUUUAGCCUCCAACUGUUCCUCAUUUUAUUAUCUGGGCUUAUAUUAAGGUCUAAUAUGACCGGGUUAUGGUCUGACCAAGUGACUUCUUGAAUUAGAACUUUCUUUAUCUUAAGUGAUAUCUCUACUGUACCCAAGAAUAAAUCUAACCUUGAAUAUGUAUAAUGAACUUUUGAAAAACAAGUAAAGUCCUUUUCUUGGGGGUGGUAAAUUCUCCAUAUGUCUAACAAACCAUAUUUACAUACUAAGAGUUUAAGCUGGUUUGAUGUUUUUUUACUUUUUUUAUUUUGGAUAACCCCUCCAAGUGAAUUUCUAUCUAGCAUUGUAUCCAUAAUGCAAUUAAAGUCUCCCCCUAUAAGGACCUUUCCCUUUUUAAUAUUAUCUAUUUUGUUUAAUACCAUUUGUAUGAAACCAAUAGGUUUAACAUUAGGUGCAUAUAAAUUUGCUAUUGUAUAUACUUCAAUUUGUAUUUUACAUAUUACUAUAGUGUAUCUUCCGUUUUUAUCUAUGUCCUGAUACAUAAUCUGUGUGUCUAUAUCACUGGUUACAAGAAAGGCAACCCUGCAUUUUCUUUUAUCCUCUAAUGAAGAACAUAUUUUGAUAUUAAAAGUAUUAGGAAUAAAUCUUUUUCCAAUUUAUCCUCUAAUGAACAUAUUUUGAUAUUAAAAGUAUUAGGAAUAAAUCUUUUUUUGUAUCUUAACUUAACCAAUGAGUUUCUUGCAACAAUACUAUUUUUGCUCCCUCUUUUUUAAUAUAUUCAAAUACCAUGGAUCUUUUAUGUGGAUUAUUUAAACCCUGUACAUUAAGCGUCAGAAUUUUAACCAUUGGGAAAGAGUAGGAGAAUAGGACAAAGUCUCGGUACAGUCAACACAACGAAAAAAACAACAACAUACAAAACAUAAUAAAAACCAUAAUCUCUCAUGUACAAAUACAUGAGACAUUCCGUCUCCAACCCCCUUUGAUUGGGACAGGAAUCCACAACCUAUUCCCUUUGGUGUGGCAUCCAAACUCCAUCUAUUGUUGGAGUAAUAUGGGGAUUAAGCCUCACCUCAGACUAGCGAAAUGCAGUCUAACAGAUUUCAGAAGAGGACAUCACAAUGUAACGAGUAGGGAUAUGAAAGGGGAUAGAGAGAGGGUAGGGGAGAAAAAGAAGUUCUUUCUAUGUUAUAUAUUGUGCAGCUUUAUUAACUUAUCUAUUUAUAUGCUAGGAUUAUUUUCUUAACUUCAGAAUGAACUAUUUUAUAAUACUUGCUGUGUAUUAUCUUUAUUAACUAUAGCUUUUAUUAUGACUAUUUUCUUCUCCCUUUGCACCAACUUUGAUUCCCUUUUAUGUAUAAUUCCUUAAUUUAGUGUCAAACAAUUUUAUUAUUUCGCAAGUUGAUCACACUUAUUGUGAAGGAAAAAAAAAAAUCGCCCCUUUCUCGUCCUUCUUUAAUAGUUAAAUAUUGUGCAGAUUUAUUAAACUUAUAUUAUCGAAGUGUUAACUAUUGUUUCCUUUACUUCCAAGGAUGAUAUUUUAUAAAAAGUGCUAUAUAUUAUCUUUCCUUUUUAUAUAUUUAUAGUGUUAGAUUUCCUCCCCUUUCUCCCCCCAUUUCUUAAAUAUUUAUAAGUGUUUUCUUAUAAUAUUUUAUUAUUCUACUAAAGUAGUUAAACCAACAAAUUGUGAGAAAAAAUAAAUAAAAAUAAAAUAAAGAAAAAAAAGCAACGGCAAUAUCACCAAAACACAUUGUAAGUGAGUCUAUGAAAAUCAAACAAUUUCUAAAAAAAUUCCUCAUAUUUUCAAAAACCUUAGGUCAUCUAAGUGCAUUUAAUCUUUUUAUUUCUUCUAUAUCCCUUUUUAUAUUUAUUAUCUAUUCCAUUCUCUAUUAUCAAAACCAAGCAUAUAGUUCUCCUCAGUUUUCCCCCCUUUGCAAAUUAGACGUUUCCAAUUAGUCUAUUAAUCAAUCAUCUACCGUCAAUCAUCCAAUUAACCUCUCUCUCUCCCUUUACCUUAACUUUUUCCCACUAUAGCAAAAUAUUCAAUAUUAUAAUCGAGUAAUUCAUCUGCACACGUACUCCUUUGUGUGAUUCUUAUAAAAAUUUUUGUCAGUAUGUAUUCCCUCACUCUCUUAAUUGAUAUAUAUUACAUUUUUCUCUUGUCUCAUUUCAAAGCCCUCUCUUGAAGCCAGAUAUUAGCAGAGGUUACAUUAACCCCUUCAGCCUAGCAGGAAGGGGGCUCAGAGGGAGGGGAGGGAUCUAAUAACCCUACAGUGCCAGGAAAACAUCUUUGUUUUCCUGGCACUAUAGUGUUCCUUUAAUGUUUUAAAUUAUCAAUUUGGUAUUUGCAAAACAAGUCUUACAAUAUUGAAAUAAAUUAAUAAAGUAAAUGGUCAUCUGUGUGGUGAGGCCUCAUAUUCUUGCUCCCCAUAAUGUCAUCUAGGGGGUGAUGUCCUCCCCUCUCCCCGUGAGUGUUCUUUUAAUGUUGCAAACUGUUUUGUGUGUGCCUUUAAUUACACACACACACACAUAUAUAUAUACAUAUAUAUACAUAUAUAUAUAUAUAUAUAUAUAUAUAUAUAUAUAUGUGUGUGUAUGUGUAUAUAUAUGUGUGUAUAUAUAUAUAUAUAUAUAUAUAUAUAUAUAUAUAUAUAUGUGUGUGUGUGUGUGUAUAUAUGUAUAUAUGUGUAUGUAUGUGUGUAUAUAUGUGUGUGUGACGGAACCAGCCUCACAACUGGGCAUUGGAGAAGACUGAUUGCCAGCCUCCUACCAUGUGACUAUGGCCCCUGGGAUGUAUUGCCUGCUCUCCUGUACUGCUGAGGAUUGCUACCAACUAGGUGGAUUUGGCUAUGGAGCUUGUGUAGUGCCCUUUGUUGGUAGCAACAGUAAUAUGCACUACCUGAAUAGCAAGACUGGUAAUUUGCAUAUUUGGGUAGAUUUGCAUAUCGCUAAUUCUGCAUGCAGUUGAGACAUUUUGUGUUAAUUAUGGUCUUCCCCACCCAUUUAUAAAUAUGUAAUUAUGUUAUAAUAAGUCACUGUAUGUUGCCUGCUAUGAUUUGACUGUUUUGUAAUUUUAUUGAGUUUUCACAGCAAUGUUAAUGUAAUGACCAUAUGGGCUAGUCCCAAGUAAAAUAAAGUUUUAGACAGUUCUACUUCACCCUCAAUUUGGAGUACUGUCUCUUAUUGGGGGAAUCUGCUACAAGGGAUUGCUAUGCUCUGCGUAUUCCCUUGCUAUAAUCACUCCUAAGCUCUUUUAAGAGCUCAUUCCUGCUUCGCUCUGAAGGAGGUUUGGCCUGCGGUAGUUGUGGUGUUGGCUAGAGUGCUUGAAAUCCUCAAGAUUCGCUAGGAGCAUCCUUCAACGGAGGUACCCAGUCGGAGUGCCAGGUGAUCUGUUAAUAUAUAUAUAUGUCCUGAUGAAAGCUCCCCAGUGGAGCUGAAACAUCGAAUUUUUCUUCCGCAAUAAAUGGAGAAGUUAUCUUCUGGAAAACCUUGAGUGCCGGUAUUUUCACUUUGUUUAUGACUAAGCCACCAGAGCACCAGGUACUAUUUUUAUUUUUCUAGUUGGAGUGCAGGGGUAUUUUGUAUUUUUGUAUAUAUUAUAUUUUUAUGAAAUAUAUGUUGAAAGAGAAAAAAACUCAUACCUUUAGUAUAUGUGUAAAAAAUAAAUAAAAAUGUAUUUAUUUUUUUACAUUAUAUGUAAAACAAAACCAAUGUUAUGGUGACAGUUGUCCUUAAAUCACAUUGGCUUGCUGCAGUGUUUAAUGAAUGCAGAGUAUGUGGGUUAUUUUUUUUAUUUUUUUUUUCUUUCAUUUAUUUUCCACUCUUGAAAAGUGCAGAGUGGCCAAAGUUAGCGUUAAUAUUUGUUUGUGUGUGGAAAAAAAACCCUUGACAAACUAACUUGAACGACAAUUUUGGCCUGUUGUUGUGACUAAGUGGCUACUAAAAAAGACUGGACAUACCCCACUUGCAAUACCUUGGGUUGUCUACUUUUGCAAAUGGUAUGCCAUCAUAGGGGUAAUUCUCAUUCCUGGGCUACCAUACAGUCUCAAAGGCAACGUAACCAAUCUGGCGAAUUUCAAUGUGAAAAAACUGAAACACAAGUCUUUUAUGUUUGACUCUAACUUUUGAUAACACCAUAAAACCUGUACAUGAGGGGUACUGUUAUACUCAGGAGACUUCGUUGAACACAAAUAUUAGUGUUUCAAAACCGUAAAACGUAUCGCAGCAAUUAUAUCGUCAAUGUAACUGCCAUUUGUGUGGAAAAAUGCAAAAAACUUCACUUUCACUGAUGAUAUCGUUGUAAUACAUUUUACUGUUUUGAACGGUUUAACAGUUUUGUGAGGUUUUUUUUUAAUUUUUUUUAUACAUUUUUUAUUUAUUUGGGUAUGUGCACACACUGUACAACAUUAUCAUUGUUCUGUAAUGUUCAACAGGCAAGAAAAUGAGGAAUAUGGAUAUGGGAAUUUAGACAAGAGCAGAAGCUGAAAAUGCACUCACGAACAUAGUUAUUGAGACAGUAGCUGCUAUGUCGCAGUACCACCUCACAAUAGACCUUUAUCAUCUCUUAUCAGAUGACUGGUGAAUAGUGAACCGAGGGGAAAAAAAAUUUAAAAUAAAAAUCGAAGUUGCUUUCUCUGCCAUAUAACUAAGUGGGCAAUAAAAUUUUAAAUAAACUGUAAAAAUUAAACUAUAAAUACUUUCACUCAGCAACGUAUCGUCAAAGUCACGGGCGGUUGGCUGUGGUGAUAGGUCAGCUGUUCGCUUCGGCAAAAUGUCUUCCCCAGAGUCACUUUAUGUCGAAUUCCCUUUCUGCCAAACAGCAGAUUCUUCUUGAUGUCUAAUUGGUGGAAAUAGUUUCUUCAGAAAAGCCUCCUGACCGCUGAGGAGGACUAGGUUAGUACUCCAUCUCUGAAGGACCAGGAUAGAGUUGUCCGCUCUCCAUCUGUACUUGAUUGCAUGAUCUUUUCACUUGGCAGUUGGGGCCAGCUGUCAGCAAAUGGGAGGUCCCCACAGAUUAGCCCUCGAAAUGUAUGGUUUCCAGCUCUCUGUAGCACGCCAUGAUGGAGGAAUAGACUACAAUAUCUUUGUUGAUGACUAUAACAGGGGGCCCCGGUUUGAGCUGCUGCUCCUUUCCCUACAUGGAAUGCUGAGCGCAACACAGAAGGGUCCGCACCUUCUUUUACAUCCAUAGAGGCAAUUAGCUUUUGUAUGGAUUGCAGCAGUGCCUCCCCGAUGAUCUCUUCAGAAAUUCCAAGUAUGCAGAUGUUUCUACAUCUGUUGUGAGUUUCCAAUGAAGUCACUGUUCGAUGUAACCUUUGGACCUGUCGGGACAAUCCGUCCACCUGGUCCUUGGUGCCUUGUAUCUGCUAGUCCCUUGCACGCUCUCUGAUUUCCACUGCUGUGAUUUUCUGGUGAAUGAUAUUCAGUUCUUUCUGGGUGUACAUGAGGUUGGCCUUUCAGACCUCGUAUCCAGCAACAGCUUUUUGAUAUCACCCUUUGUAGAGGGAGAAGAGUCAUCGUCAGAGUCUCUCUUGAUAGACCACCAUCUCCUUGUCUCCCUGUGACUCCUCUCUCUCCUUGGGUGCCAUUUUGGGAGGUACCCGCACCGUGGGCCUCUCAAAGGAGAGCCUGUCAUCAGGCAAUCUAGGGCUCUGUGUGGUGAGGCUUUUUAUUCUUUCGCCCUAUAAUGUCAUUAAGGGGGUGAUGUUGAUUAUCCUCCACUCUCCCCGUGAGUGUUCUUUUAAUGUUGCAAACUUUUGUUUUUGUGUGUGUGCCUUCAAUUCAGUUUUUCUAGCAUAAGUCAGGAGACAGAGUAGCCUCCAUGUGGUGCUGCGGAUAGGUAAUUUCUCCAGUGCUGUGAGGGGCACACUGAAAGGUUUUGUGUGUGUGUUUUUAACCAAUACUUGUUACUCUUUGUGGAGGAAGUUGUUCCAUAAUGCCUUGGGUGCACACUGUCUCACAGGGAGAAAUUAUGUAAGGAGAUCAGCGCUUGGAAUUUUGUCCAGCAGUACCAUAGGUGUGUGUGUCGUGUGCAUAUGCCACUUCAAGGGUUAACUAAUUUACAUAAUUUGUAAUUUAAAAUAACAAGGAAUAUAGUGCAACGUUUUUGGUUAAAAUAAUUACAGAAGUAUUGGUGCCUGUUCAAGAGUUGUAUUUAUUAAAUAUAGAUGAACACAGUUGUUUAUUUUUUUUUUUUUUUUUAAAAACCUUGCAGUGGCCCCAAUUCACUGCAAGAUAGAAUUAUGGAAUUUAGAUUUAAUUUAUAUCAUGAGUGAAAAUGUGACUGUUCCUAUUUAAAAUGUCCUUGGGCUUCUGUACCCCACAUGAUCCAGAGGUCUGUUGUGUGACUGUUGAACACAAUUCAUUUAAUUCACUGUGAUAGACUGUGAACAGUCUUGAGGGAUUAUUUAAAGAAUGUUACUGGUUUAGAAAGUCUUUAUUUGAAAGAGGAUGUCCUGCCAUGCAUGAUGAUUUUUCACAAGCUCGUAUCAGUUUUCUUAUUUGUUGCAGUAAAGCGAUACAUUCAAAUGUCAAUUAAUACUCCAUUUAUAAUGCUUCAGGUACUGGUAGCUUUAGUGUAGUUAUCAAAGGAACACUAUAGUCACCUAAAUUACUUUAGCUAAAUAAAGCCGUUUUAGUGUAUAGAUCAUUCCCCUGCAUUUUCACUGCUCAAUUCACUGUUAUUUAGGCGUUAAAUCAUUUUGUUUCUGGCUAUGAUUGACAGAGCCUGCAUGAAAAAAAAAUGGUUUCACUUUCAAACAGAUGUAAUUUACCUUAAAUAAUUGUAUCUCAAUCUCUAAAUUGAACUUUAAUCACAUACAGGAGGCUCCUGCAGGGUCUAGCAAGCUAUUAACAUAGCAGGGGAUAAAAAAAAUCUUAAACAGAACUUGCAAUAAAGAAAGCCUAAAUAGGGCUCUCUUUACAGGAAGUGUUUAUGGAAGACUGUGCAAGUCACAUGCAGGGAGGUGUGACUAGGGUUCAUAAACAAAGGGAUUUAACUCCUAAAUGGCAGAGGAUUGAGCAUUGAGGCUGCAGGGGCAUGUUCUAUACACCAAAACUGCUUCAUUAAGCUAAAGUUGUUCAGGUGACUAUAGUGUCCCUUUAAAUGUUUUAAACUGUGUACAACAAAAAUGACUUACCAGUUGCUUACACUCAUAAAAUGUAUUUUAAAACAAAAAUAUAAUCCAUUAAUUCAAAGCAAUGAAACCUGACUGAAGAAAGUACAUGAUCAUAUGUGGAAAAACUACUAAAGGAGAAAAAACAUGGUAUAAGGUUAUAGAAUUAAUGCUGUAUUUGACCUGGAUAAUGCUGCAAGCAGGGGAGUGUGCUGCAAGACUUUAAAUGAAACAAUCAAAGUAAAUAAAUAAAAGAGGGCACUAUAAUGUUAGGAACACAGAAUUCUGUCAAAGAGCACAACAGAUUUACUUCCAAAUCAUGGAAAUCUUUGUUGUGAUUAGUUUAAAUUUGCUCAUGACUGCAUUGAUCUUUGAGCCAAGAAUCAACCAUGUUAGGAGACAGGGCAGAUUUGUUUUGGUUCCAGACGAACCACACAGUUUGAGAAAAUGGUCAGCAAAGAGUCCUUGACAAAGAAAAGAUAUUGUGAAGACGGUGGCGAACACCUUGAGAUUGUAUUUGGGUUGUCACCAGCUUGAAGAGCCAAGCUGAGUCCAAAGGGGAGCCUACUAGAACCUGACAGAUAAGUCUUUCUUUCAGUACUAGACGCAUGAAUCAAUCCCCUGGUUGUAGAACAUCUUAGUAGAUGCAUGUCUUCCAUCUUGAUGUGGUGUAUACUACAAAAACACGCAGAAGACCUAGAUUGUUGACUGAAUGAAGAUCUUCCCUUUUUUCUUAACUAAGAAGAUGCAGCAGAAGAAGCAGUCCUAGAUUGGUGACCCCUGGAUGGCCACAAUGGUAUAGUUGUUUAUUUCUGCAUUGAUGAGGUGACAUUGUGGGCCAGAUGUCUGGAUCAGACGAGCGGAAAAAACUCUAGUGAUGAAACCUUUGAAUUGUCUGUAGUAUCCAAGCAUCGAAAUAAAUAUUUUAAGUUCUGGAAAAUAUUAACCUCUCUCCCCUGAGAACUGGCAAACUUACUUGGUAAAGAUUAUGCUCUGCCAUGUCCACAAGUACCCUGUCACCUUUUAGCUAUUCAUUGUGAUGAAAAACUGAGUCUGGAGGAAAACUAUAGACAGAAAUCUUCAGAUUAGAUACUUCUAAGGCCUUAGGGCCAAAAUCGGCUGGUGGCAUGGCCCCUCUGCCGUCUAGUUUUUCAAAAAAUACCUGUGAGGGGUGAUGACUUAAAAACUUUCUUUAAUGAGGUGCUUUUAUUGAUAUAUGUGAAUUAGUUCACAUGUUGAUUGAGCUAAUAAUUGCAAUGUCUGGAAAAACAAUAAAUAGCAACAAGAUAAUAAAGAACAUAGUAAAAUUAUAAACUGACAGUGAAAACAAGCAUAAAGAGAAAAAAUAAACAAAAAAUUGUACAUGAAAGAAACUCUGACCUGUGUAUGUUAGACUGGAGCAGGAAAGAGAGCAGGUCCUUUAGGGUGCAGUCCCUGUUACAUCUGCUUUUUUGUUUGUUGUUUUUUAAACUGUUGCUGGCUUAAUCUUUGCUGCUAUGGAGUUCAGUAAAGAGCAAUAUAGCAAAAUAUGAAGCCUCCCAUCAUUUAUACUGUUGUAAAGCUCUAUAGCAAUCUACCAGUGGACACUCUACUUGGAUACCAUGGCUUUGAGUGAUAAAUAUGCUGCACAAAUAUCCUUCAUACUUACCAGGUAUAUUUUAUAUGAGAGAUAUGACAAGGAGGUUUUUCUCUCUUUAUUUCACAUGUUUAAAAAAGAUGUGCCGUAAUCGCAGUAAAGUUUUAAUGUGUAGAUUCCCUAACGUUACUGUGAUAAACAUUUAAAUCUUGUACUGUGCAGUUAUAAUUUUACCUAUUUUGCAUCCUAGGGAAAUUAUCCAAAAUGUAAUAACUUAAAAUUUGUGAUUUUUUAAUUUAAUUUUUUACAAUGUAUUUUUAUUUUGUCAUCCUUCGCUUCUAAGUCAUUGCCACAGCAAUAAUGACUGCAAUUAGUCCUCUGGAAACUGCACUAGGUAUCCUGCAACACUAAGCAUGCACACACAUCCCUGCCAGAGUCCAACCAGUAGGUGGUUUUGUAGUGACAAGUGUAUUUUAGCCUUAGCUUGUAGUGUACAACGUGACAUUUUUGAGUGUUUUUACUACAAAAAUGUAACCAUUUCCUUAAGUUCAUUCUCUGAAAUUUCAUUCAGCUGUACAAUAGAAUCGGAAUUUGCAAAUACAUGGCCUGAUUCCCCAGAUGACUCAGGCAAGCAGGUAGUGUUCUGUUAUUGCAACAUUUGACUGGUAUUAAAUUAACCUCAUUACUUCUUACGUUGGGGACAUGGUUCACUUUUGGCACGAUAUAUCCCUUUUACAUUGUAUUUAGUCGUGUAAAUAGUUUAUCAUUAGUUUAUCAAGCUGCUGGCUUACGGAUAUUUUAUUAUUUCUAAAGCAUAUCUGGUAAUUGCAUUGACGUGCUGGAAUUGUAGGUUUAGGCUCUAGAAGUCUCUACUUCUCUAUGAUCUUGUGAGAGAGUUAUUAUGUUGACUUUUAGACCGUUGAAGAGUGUGUCAUUCACUCUUGGGAUCGACUGAUAUGUAUUAAAAAAAAUAAAUAAAAAAAAUUUAAGACCCAAUACUGAUUAUUGGUUACGUUUCAAUCUGAUUACUGAUAACUGGUACAGAUAUUCUGUUCUUUUUCAGUUUUUAGAAAAUUAAUAAUUACUACACAAACCUGCCAUUUACCGAACAUGUUUAUUUUUUUUUAAAUUAUUUUUUUUGAGUGGUAAAUUCACAAACUAUGCAUGCUAGUCAAAUUUCUUUCACAAGUGUGUAUGCGUAGAAAUAUGUGGGGUAGGAUAGGGCUGCAUUCUGUAUGUUAAAAGUUUUUUAAAUUUAAUUUUUAAUCAAAUUUUAAGGAACAUUGUAGUGUCACUAAUUCCAAGGACCUACUUUUUCAUAUUUUAUUUUCAUUUUCCUUAUUUUCUGUGUAUUAAUACUCUGUUCCUUUACAUGUAUACACUCAUAGCAACACUACCUAUUUUUUCAAUUUAUUUUAACUAGGCUUAUAGUUUUAGAAAAUAAUUUUUCUAAAUGUUUCAAUUCCUGCCUUCUCACUCUUAGCAGCAUGAUUGAAUAGCAGGUUGCAGAAAAGAUAAGUCUUUAUUUUACUUUUACAUUUCAGUCCAUUGGUAUGUUGUAACCUGCUGUAAACAUUUCUACUGCUGAAGAUGUGAGCAGGGUAUUGCUAAAUAUGCUGAGAUUUGUGGCUCAUUGCAAAGCCCCUUUAUCCCCUUGAUGUGGGUAAGUUUAUGAUUUAACUACAUAUGAGUGAACAAUUACCAGUUUUUUGGUUAGAUGCGUCCCUUAAAUGCAUGCUGAAAGGGUUACUUCAAACAUACACCCCCCGGCCCCCCUUUCCUAAAUAAAAACUUACUCCUACUUCUCUAAGUUUUUAUUUAAGAAAAUGGAAAAGGGGUAAUGUAAAGAGGUACUUAUCUACUUCUCUUAUACUAUCCUUACAUUUUGUGUGACUAUACCCCACUCCCUCUAGCAUGUAAGCUCAUUGAGCAGGGCCUUCAACCCCUCUGUUCCUGUAUGUCCAACUCUGGUUACAAUUCCAAUUCUGUUCGUCCACCCAUUGUAAAGCAAAGUGGAAUUUGUUGGCACUAUGUACAUAAUAAUAAUGCAGUGCAUGGCCAAGACUUCCCUGAUCAGUUCCACACCUUCUGUCGUCACCACGAGUAAUCCUUAAGGGGUCUCCUGAUCCAAUCAAAUAUCUUCUGCAUUGAGUGUAAGGAAGGAGUCUAAGGAAAGAUGGAGAGCUCAAAUUGUCAAUGUAUGUGGAGGGGAGAGGGCAAGGAAUGUUGCACUGAGAGAUAGCUGGCACUGUAAUGUAAGGGGAGUGAGCCAACACUAAUGUAAGUAAAGGGGAGGGGGGCUGCAAUGAGAGCAGCCAACCCUAAUUUAAGGGAGGGGGGCUGCAAGGAGUGAGCGGACACUGUAUUGUAUAUGAAGGCGAAGGUGUGUGAGGGCUUUGUAUUGUAGGUGCGCCACCAGGUCUGCCUGCAAGUGAAGAAUUGGAUUACAUCAUCCAGGGUGACUGCAAAACACUGGGAGACUGAAAGUGAAAGCAUAGACUUAUUUCUUCCUUGAGAUGUGAGUCAUGCCUUUUUUGCAGUAAUGCUGUGGCAACAUUUAUUUAAGAAAAGAAAAACAAAUAAAUUUUUGACUGCUUUGUACAUAUUAAUGAUUAUAAUACAGUAUGUCUUAAUGGCUAAGGUUUCAAUUCCUGUGCACAUGAUUGAAAGAAAGCUUCCUGACCAUAAUCUUAAUCCAGAAACUUUGAGAAUGUGUGAAAUUCCUUCAUUUAAAUGGAUACUAUAGACACCUAGACCUCUUCAUCUUAUUGAAGUGGUCUGGGUGCAAUGUCACUAUUCCCUUAACCCUGAAGUGAAGUUGGAGGAGGAGCCCAACACAGCGCCAAGGAAUAUCUCCGCUGACAGGUAAGUGUUUAACCCCUUAAGGACACGUGACAUGUCUGACACGUCACGAUUCCCAUUAUUCUAGAAGUUUGGUCCUUAAGGGGUUAAAUUAUUUUGUCUAACCCUUUACAUGGAUGAAAAGGGACAUUAUAGUGUUAGAAUGCAACUUAGUGUUCCUUAAACUCUCUGAAACAACGCUGGAUGACUUCACGCUUUGCAUGAGGAUGUCCAACAUCUUCAAAUCUAUUUAGGAAAGCAUUUAUUUGUUUUUUGGUGUUAUAUAUAUUCGUGAGGGACCUUCUUUUGUCUGAAAUGCCUUCUGGUUUAUUGGACUUGUAUUGGUAUUGCAAGUCUUUUUAUGGGUUAUCCAAAAUUAGAGGUCUCUCUAGCACACCACAUAAAGGAAUUUUCUUUUUGUUAUUUCAGAUUUUAAGUGCUAAUAUCAGGGUAGGAAAAGUAUCUACCUGGUUGAAGAAUUUUCUAUGACCACUUCAGUGAUUUCAAAUUGUCCUUCUACUUUGAGUAUAUAUGUGCAGAAUGAGAGUUAUGGGUUAUUAGUUUGAAUUCUGUGCAUAUAAUCUCUCUAUCAUCAGCACACACAGCAUGCUGGUGACUGACCUUCAAUGGUUGUAGGUCUCCAGCCACCCCAUGUUCUCCUACUGCCAUGCCUUUUGUAGGUGGAGUAACCUAACAAAGUUUUCUUUUAGAUUUUGGCAGGUGUGGGGAGAGGGAUCGGCAGGCAGGAGUUAUUCCAACCUAAAAAAAAUAAUUUUUCCAGAGUUACCCAUUGAAGUAUACAGUUUUAGCUAUACAUUUUAAUCUGUUAUCCAUUUUGAAGUUCUACUUGCUGUAUGCAAUGAUGCUCUGUCUACUUGGAGCUUGGUUAAAUCACUUGCAGCCAUUCUAUUCUAAUCGGUGAAGUAGCAAAAAGGUGUAGGUAAAAACAUUCAUAUCCACUUCUACAUACAGGUGGUAUCUAGAUCUCUGAUGGAUAUUUAUCCUUAAGAUGGAUGUGCUUUCUUUAGUAACAAAUUAAAUGAGAUGAGAACAAAAGUUUGACUGUGAUAAGCCAGGUUUAAGUUGGCCUUAAGGAAUAUAAAAAAAAAAGUCUCAGGAAAAUAUCUGGCCUGUAAUCUGCUAAUUUAGCAACAUGAAGCAAUUGAAAUGCACAGCAAAUUUAAACCAUUUUCUUGUCAAACAGAUUGUAUAUAUCAUGGAUGGAGAAAUAUGACCAUUGAGAUGAAAAAUAUGUAUAUUCAAUAAACUUUUUUUUCUUUUCUUUUUUUUUUUUCUGCCUUUCACAGGUAAAAUAUUACCGACACUUGGCACCAGACCAUUUAUUGCAAAUAUGUCAAAGAGUAGGACCUCUUCUCGAAAAAGAGCUUCCUCAAAGUGUCCCUGGAGUACUGACUCUUCUGGGAGCUGGCCGCCAGUCUCUACUGCGUACAAGUAAAAGUAUGAGAAUCUUUAUUCUGCUAAAUUAUAUCUGUGGCAUUAAACGUGCUAUUUGGUUUGACGAUAUAUGCUUCUAUAUCCAAAUGUUGCACUAGAUAUGUACCUCCCAAGUGUUUCUAUUUAAGCGGGGCAGCCCCUAUUUCAGGCCCAAAUCCUUGUUUCCCUCUUUUCUAGGAGCUCCGUAUGAUUGGUAUGUCAGGUGUAUAACUGUGAUCCAGAGCAAUAAUAUUCUCAGAAAUGUGUCUACAACACAUUUGUUUAGAAAUCGUCUACAUUUUAGUUGCGUAAAUUUAAAUGUGUGUGUACAUUGUACAUAUUUAUUAUGAUUGUGAAAGCCCUGUUCCAAAAACCUGUCUAAUUGCAUCAAAUAUCCUGUUUUUAUAUUUUCUCCAAAGUGUAUAAAUGUUUGGCUAUAGUCUAGGACCACAGGAAAGAGGUUAUUGUUACCACAGAUUCAAAUGUAGUUUAUAUUUUGUGUUAAUUUUGUAUGUAAAAAAAUGCAUAUAAUAACAUGCUAGAUCACUGUUGUUUUCUUUUGAAAGCACGUGUCUUAAUUCCCCAUCAUCAAAAGGUCACAAUUCUAUACACCUUAAAGGGACACUAUAGGGAACCUGUGGGCACUAUAACUACUUAAUUAGAAUGAAAUUGUUAUGGUGCAGGGAGGCUCUGCACGUUAGUUUUAGUUCCUGACAUGAUGAAACAGCUAUAGCUUGUGGGGGCUCUUUUCAUCGUAGGAAGCAGGACUCCUUUCUUGGGCCUCUCUCUUUACUCGAUGUAGCCAUGGAAUGCAUACCUAGUGCCUGCUUUUAUCAUUUCUGCAUAAGUCUGUGCUGUGAACCGGAAAGGGGCAAGAGGGCUUGCUGACGUUCUGCUCGAAUGGUUUAACUUGUUGUGUCCACCAAGUGAAAGCGGAGAGCUAACAUAUGUGCAAUCUGAUCUGCUGUUUUGAGCCAAUUUUUUUUAAAUUUGAUCAUAGGUGGCUAGAUUCUGUAGGUUCUUCUGAAGAAGAAUGCUCUUUUCAGGAAGACAAUCUACAUAAACUUGUAAGGGAUGUUUCUUCUCUUUUGGAUGAUCAGAAUGAAGCACACGGACACGAAAAGCUGAAAGCCUUUCCUUUCCAUUUCAAUUUCAAAACGUCCGUGUCUUGAGUGACAAAAUCUGGCCAAGAAAGUGUUCAUCACUAAGCAUUUUAAAACUAUAUGUAAACUUGCAUGAGAAUAAGUUAAAGAUAGACUAUCUCAAGGUGGUUGUUCUAAAAAAAAAAAAAAAAAUUACAGGCAUCUAAGUCUUAGUUGCCUGAGCUCAACAUGUGUGGCUUGAUGCUUUGGCAAAGACUUGUAUGGGUGAUCAUAAAGAAGAUCCAUUACAACUUCUGCUAUUAUUAUUAUUUUAUUUUAAUUUUUUUGUCUCCACUAUGAAGCCCUAAAGUUGCAGCCAAAACCAUGUGCCUUUUUGCCGCUGCCAGAAGGCCAAUAUGGUUAUACAAUUGGAUAGCAGAUUCUGCAAUCAUUGUGGAAGCUCUCCUUUGAGCAGGAAUGCCUUUUUGGGUCUCAGUUCGAUGACCUCCUGAAACAAAUGUCUACCUUAAGACAAAUGUCUACCUUAAAAGACUACCUUAAGACAGGAAAAAAAGAGAGAUGGAAUAGGAAAUUAUAACAGACCGUACUAUUAAUCAAGCGCUAACAACAAACCCAAGUGCCCUCCUAAAACUAAAGAGAGCAAGUUCUGAUGUCAGACCAGUAGGAGGAAGACUGCUAUACUUCUACAAUUUAUGGGAACACACCACAGGAGACCUCCGGGUUGUAAAGAUCAUUCGAAAAGUCUUCUAAACAAACAUGAUCAGAUUAGACAAUUCCACAACUGUGGAUUAUUUGAACAAAGCGGAACUUGUUCACCCUCCCUAUCAUUCUUUUUUUUUUUUUAAAGUGUUUAGACUCCAUCCAUCUUUUCAUCAUAAAGUUUAUUCUACCAUUAAGUUUUAAUCAGGAGAUUAUUCUUCAUACUUUUUGCCAAAGUCCUCAGAAAGUUAUCAACUCCAGUUUUGGGCAUGAUAUCUUCCGACUGCUUGUAAGGUGCUGAAUGCAGUCGUUAAUUGAAGAACUAAGUUGUAACCAGGAAGGGAGGAAUCUGCACUCAUCUAGUAAAUUAAACCAGGUGCACAGCUGGACCUGAGGCUGGCAAACCCCAUACAUAAAUGUAAAAAGCAAUGUGAUCCAGGUACUCAGGGUACAAAAUGUAGCAGAUGUAUUUGGAAAGUUAGAACCUAAACCACAAACACCAAUGAGGUCUUUAUCAAUCUUCACCUAAUUGGAGGUUGAAAUUUGCUGUUUAUGUUCUGACAAAAUCUGCUACAUUUUGUACCUUAAGUGAAUGAAGAACUGACCCACCUAAUUGGUUGCUUGUUUAUCUCCAUUGUCUGGACUGCCCCUAAUAUGCAUUUAAGCUCCUUCUAUUCCCUACUAUUAGAAUAAGUACAGAUUUUCCUCCAUAUUUAAUAAAGAAUAUUUUUGCCUAUAACCAUGACUUGUGUAUUUUCUGGGGAUAUUGUGCCAGUACCUGAAUUUACACUGAGUAGGAGGAAGUAAGGAGAAGUUUUAACUAUGUUGAUUAGCUUGAAAGGGUUAAUUUUUAUUUAUUUAAGGAGGCUGGAGGUAUUGGGAAGGAAUUAUUGAUUUGCAUUUAAACACCAAGUCUUUUUCUCCAUGAAUAAGGGAGGAGACUUGGAGCCCACGUGGCCACUGUAUAACUCAUUGACCCAAGCUUAAUUUUUUUUUUUUUUUAAUUGGAGACACUCUUGGACACUGGUGGGAAGAGGGGAUAGAGCUGUUAUAAGUACGAAGUUUCACUGUUUAUUUCUGUGAGUGAGACUCGUUUGUAUUAGGGCUACAUAACAUAAAUCUGUUCGAUUCACUCUGAAACCAAUCCGGUUCUUUGCAAGCUUUUAAAAACUGUUUAGAUCUCUUUGUAGUCAGCGUCAGGAUUUGUUUUGCAUAUUUGAGUGCCACGAUAUUUAAUUUUAAUUUUAUUUUUUGUGCGAUUGUCACAAAUCAAUCUUAGCACUCAUCAUGAAUGUGCCCACAAUCAGUGUGGUUAACAAACACCAAAGUGACCUUCACUACCCGUCACAUUUUUAAUAAAUUAUGCAGACAGUGGGUUGAAUAGUGCAUUUAAUAAACCAAAUAAUAUCCUAAAUAGGUACAACUUGUACAAGAAGCUGAUGGAGGUAAAAAUGUAGUAUAACUAUUGUGACGGACCGCCGUCACUGAGUACCAUGCCCACCGCUUGUAUUGUGUGUUUUCUCUGUGUUUCCCCCAUGUAUUUCUAUCCAUUUCGUGUGUCGUUCGGCUCCCGAACAGGGACCACCCAUUUAGAGCGUUCCAAAACCACAAGAAAAAUCGCUAUGGAGUGCUUCCCUGGGUGGCUGCCAGUUCGUAUAGCUGAACGCCAGCCAGGGGGAACAUUCGUAUCCCGAACUGACAUGCCUGCACGGUUUCAGGUCCUCAUGUCCAGGAUCACCCUACCUGCUCCUAAAAGAACCAUAAUCACUGCUUCUCCCUACCCAUGAGCUGCGAGGCCAGACUCGUAGCUGCCCAGAGUGCUCUCUCCGGUGCUACCUAAGUGGAGGUAUCCACCGGAGAGAUACCCGUACCCCAGUGGGACCCCUGGAGCUGUGAGUCGGUUCACAGCUGUUGAAUCCCUCUGGCCACCUGGAAGUCCUUGCCGACCAAUAGGAGAAGGAGCACCCAUUUAAACUGGGUUUUGCGCCCUCUCUCCCGAUUGGGCGAUGAAACACCUCUCCUUCCCGAGCACUGAUUGGUGCUAACGGGUUUCGCGCUCUUUCUACUGAUUGGGCAGAGAAACACUUCCUCCAUGAGCGCCGAUUGUCUCGAAUUGUUUUCGGGCUUUUCCCCUGAUUGGUCAUUGGUAUAGGCGCGAAAUUUGAAUUGACCGGCCGCCUAAACCAAGCAAUCCGUGGAACUAAUUUUGCAGAUGUACAGAGCCUCGAGCCCAGAGGUCUUUAUCAAUCUGUACAUCCGAUAGCCCCGCUAUUUGCAGGGAUCCUAGUUGGGACCGGGGAUAUCAAGAGAUAUGUUUUAAGUGUGUACCCCUUUUCCUUCCCGGUGGCGCAGAGCCCUUAAGUUUCCCCCCAUGUAUGUAAUGUGUCCUAUUGUCUAUAAAUGUUGUGCUGUUGGUACUUCCAAGAGCAGGACAUGGUUAUGUAUAAACCAUCUCCCUCCAACCUGGGACUGAGGAAUUUGUACUGGAUAGUAUGGAGACCCCCUGCGGGCCUCUGUGUAUAAAUUAAGCCUGUACCAAAAAAGCAUUGUCAGUGUUGUACCUCUAGAGCUGUGUGUCAUCCAGUUACUGGGGGAGGAAAUGGGUCUCUUUAUAUUCUAAAGUUGUUCCUGAACGGCUGAAGGAAGGCAAUGGCUAAGGUAAUCUGUCGGGUUACCUGGGGUCCGCUACAACUAUGGUUUGUGUUUUUACAGAUUAUCUAAUAUUUUGCAUGCUUACAAAUGUAGAUCCUUUUAUGUCCAAUCAUGGAAUUGAAAGCCGGCACUGUAUAUGUUUUGGAGUUGUAUUUAGUUGACCCAAUAAUAGUUACUCUUACAUGGUGGUUCUCCAUAUCCUGUUUGACUGUGGCUUAAUCAAUUUCACACUUUCUUUUUUGUAGGCUGUAAAAAUGUGGUAUGGAAGGGUUCGGCUCUUGCAGCUUUACAUUGUGGACGACCUCCAGAGGAACCCAUAAAUUUUGGAAGUCCUCCAAGCAUAGGUGAGAUGAAAUAUAAAAUGAAAUAUGAGCACCAUUGUAUACAUGAUGCAGUUUAUUACAAAAUCCAAACAUAAUAAACACAAUAAUGGCAUGGCAAACUAGGUGAACCCACAAUGACACUAAAAUAUACACAUUUCAUACCUCAAUGUUUCUUACUCUGAUAAAUGUCACCAGCAUCAGAUUUCUUCUCUCUUGGUCAAAGUGUUAUGCUAAAACAUGGUGUAAAAGUGUAAAAGGGGAGUAGUCCGCAAUGGAAUGUGCCUGCUGGUUCCACUGGUUUCCAUGGUGGUUGCCACAUUUUAUCUAACUAUAAUGUAACUUUUUAAUUUUAACUCUUCUAUUAAAGUCAAUGCUUUUUUCAGCAAUUAAAUACAUAAUUGAUUUCAUACGUUUUACAUGUGAAAUCUAAACAGGUCCAGGAGCCACUUUAUUGUAAGGCUCUAACACUAAAUCUUGUGAGACUGUCUUGUAACUAAAACCUUUUAUGCAAUUAUUUUGCUCCUGAUUGUUGUAAAUGUCACGGGGAAUGUAUUCUGGUAUAUUUGUCACAAUUUCUUAAACUGAUACCAAUGCUUAAUGAUUUAUGUCAUUAGGGACAUGUGAAAAAAAAAUACAGAACUGAUCAUAGAAUCUCUGAGCUGUGUAAAUUGUUAACUGUGUAGUGGCAAAUGCCUGUAAAUGAUUCAAGAUUUGAGGGGAAAAGUCUACCCUAUUCAAUGACUCAUUGUACAUUUAAUUAACAUAGUAUUACUUUUGUUCCGACGCCAUUUCCCAGCAAGGAAUUAUUCUGAGCUAAGCUCUGUCUGUCCUUUUGAUCUUAUUUUCUGCAGCUCUGAGCAUUCAUUUAAGUUGCAUAGCAAGGAAAAAGUGUGAAUAUUGGAAAUAAUUACAUGCAUCUCUUGCACAAUAGUUUCAUUUUGUUAGGCUCUUCUAUGUAUAGUUUAUAUUUGUUAAGCUAGAGAAUGUUUGAUGAAGAACUUCUUAUUUAAGUCAAGUUUAUUCUUCCCAAAUUAGUGCAGAAUCUGUGAUAAAUGAAAUAAAAAAAUUGAAAGUGUGUCUGUGUAUGUAUGUAUGUGUGUGUAUAUAUAUAUAUAUAUAUAUAUAUAUAUCAUUAUUAUUUUUUUUUUAAUCUGAUUUGGCAAUUAACCAAAGCAAAUUUGUUUGUCAAAUUUGCAACUGAGAUUUAUGCCAGCUAUUAAAUAACCCAAAUGUUUUUGCAAAGAUUUAUAAUUGGCACCAGUAUUGGCAAAACAUUAAGGCACAAAACUGAAUGUUGUGUCCGUGAUUGAGCAGUCACCUAGCAUAGUGCCAAUCUCUACUGGCAAAAAUUGACUAUGGCCACAGACUGGCACCCUCUUAUACCAUUCACCAAUGCAACGGUUGUUGGUCUAAAUUCAGAUUCAAUAUCAAAGGGUCCUCAACUGUCUUGGGUCUUAAAUGCCACAACACCCAGAUGGGAACUGGGUAGGAAGAGACUGGUAUGUAAGUUUAAAGGUGGAACUGGGUCAUAAAUGUAAAGCUAUAGUUAGCCAUUCUAUAAAGAUGGCAUUUUCAAUGAUGUCCAAAUGGAAUUAAGGAAAAUGUAGACCACAAGCAUAUGUUGUACUAUCUCAUUUAUAAUGGAGAUUGUUCUGCAGUGGGACAUGGAAGAAGCAGCAGGUAGGCACUGGCAUGGCUACCUGCUUACUUUUAUUUACUUUCAUACCAUCGUGCAUGACCACAAGAAAUGGAGGGGGCAUAGAACCACCUCCUUGGUGCUUAUGCUCAUUUUUGAAAUUUUUUUUUUUAUUUUUACAUUUUUUUAUUAAUUCAUCAAAAAUAGGGGUGCAGAAGUGUUAAAGUAUUUCCUACUUGCUACUUCAGCUUCAUUUGUUCAGGUCUAUUCAGCUAAAUUUUGUUUGUGUUCAGGUAUUAAAAUGCAUUUUAUUAAUUUAUAUGUUUGUAUCUUUUUCUAGCAAACACAAUUUUUGCAAGAAAGCUGAAUGGAAAAUACAAGUGUCAAAACCUUGUUCCAACAGCAGUUUACCAACACAUGAAAAUGCACAAGAGGAUUUUAGGACACCUUUCUUCAGUGUACUGUGUAACAUUUGAUCGGACUGGUAGAAGGAUAUUCACAGUAAGCAACUGUCUCUUUUUUCCCUCUACCAUUAUUAUAUGGAAGAAAAUAAGAAUACCAAAACAUCAUCGCUAAUUUAAAAAAAAAAAAAAAAACACAGAAAAACAUAUUCACUGAUUUUGACUUUUCUUUUCUUUUUCUUUUCUUUUUUUUUUUGCGCUUAUACUUUGAGUAUUUUAGUAUGAAUCGAAUUAGAUUUUUCGUAGGUCAUGCUAUCUGGUGUGACCUCUACAUAUUUCGUACCUCUGAACGUUCUCUUGAGAAUAUACAAUAAAAUAGAGUACAAUAAUUGAUCUGCAGAAAUUUAUAGAUUUAGUUUCUAAGCCAUUAAAAAUAUUUUACUUGCAUUAUCAAUAAAUUACACCGUAUUUUGUUUGGUUAUCCAUCUUCAUGUUAUGUAUGCAAGAUGGUUAGACAGCUUUUCCUUCUAAUAUAGUAUCAACUCUGGAGAGAGAACUGAAGUUUCUGCUGCGGAACCUCUGGCUCUAGAACGACUGUAUUGGAAGUUUAAAGAGCUGUUCAAAAUAUGGUGUAUGGGGGGUGUGGGGGGUACUUAUGACAUCAUGGAAGUUCCACUUUAAAAGACCACACCACACUCCAAAAACAAUUCACUUUCUGAGUAUCCUAGUUUACCCUAUGAGAAAUCAGCACUCUUUUAAAUGAAUUAUGGAACCCUUCUGCCUCUCCCUGGGCUGUCAAGCAACCAGGGAGGUUUACAGCCUCCUUCCGGUAGCUUCCCUGAGCGAUCAGAAGUGGCAGGCAUGCCUCCCUGACACAGACCUCAGACGAGACUUGCGCACCAACGAGAAAUCUCUGAUUGUUUCCCUGUGAAGAAACUGAAAAUCUAUUCCAGGGGAAUCUGCAGCCAUUGCAUGAUCUUUUAAGAUAUACCCUCAAUGAAUACAUACAUGAACAAUUUAUGCAUGUAGUAAUUGGUGUUGUAUCUACUAAACAGUGAUUUUAGUUUUUUUGUGUGCGUGUGCCAGUUUGGGCAUUGGUGUGUUCCUUUAAUAUCACAGUUUCUCUGUAUUAUAUGCUAGUAGCAGAAAGGUACUCUUCAGACACUCUAGCACCUAUGCAGCCAAAAUACAUUGUGUUGUUUCUUGCCUUACUGAAUUUUUUUUUUAUUUUUUUUUAUUUUACAAUAGAUGUGAAAACCAGCUUUAUCUAUAAACAUUGUUUGACAGGAAAGUGGUCUUUUUCAGAAGACUUGUCAGAUUUGUAUUUUGAAAAUAACCUUAAUUAUCUUUUGAGUUGACAUUUCUUUACCUUUUUUAGAAUAUUAUUAUUUAUAUCAGUAUUGCAAUUUGCUCUUUGAUAUUGUAAUUGGUUAUUGUGAACCAGGUCAAAAGUCUUUACAUUUUUAUUAUCCCAAUGAUUAAGGAGAGCAUGUUUUUUUUCCAUAGGGUUCUGAUGAUUGUCUUGUAAAAAUAUGGGCUACUGAUGAUGGUCGCCUUCUUGCAACAUUAAGAGGGCAUGCUGCUGAAAUCUCUGACAUGGCUGUGAAUUAUGAAAAUACGAUGAUUGCUGCUGGAAGCUGUGACAAGAUGAUUAGAAUCUGGUGCUUGAGGACAUGUGCACCACUAGCCAUACUGCAAGGACAUAGUGGGUCCAUUACUUCACUACAGGUAUAAAAUCUCACAGCAUUGGGGGGUAGGUGGGAGUGAUCGAUACGUGUGUUAACUAGCUAUAUAUAAUAUAGGAAGUUUUCAUAUGCAGAAAUCUAUAAAACCCAAAGCUGCUAGUAUUCUUUUUGAAUAGUGUGAUUAAAUACUCGGUGAUAAUAUUUUUAUUUUGUAUUUUAUUUUGUCUGUGCAAAUGCUGUAUUAUCCUUAUACAUCAACAGAUGUGUCAAUGUUUUGGGCUCAUUUCGAUCCUUUCUCAAGACCUGACCAAGGUCAGGUCUGAAACUUUGACACACCUGCUGAUGUAUAUGGAUUAAUACAUGCUAAUACAGCUUUUUGUUAAAGACUUGUAAGCACCCGUGUCUCUAUUUUGAAUUGAAUUAUUUUCUGCUUUAACCUUGAAUGCAUUCAGUUGUUGGAAGUUAAGCAAGUCACAUUUUAAGAGUGAGUGCCAUUGUGUCUAUGGUUGAGGCAUGGACUCCACAAGAUCUCUGAACGUGUCCUGUGGUAUCUGGCACAAGACAUUAGAAGCAGAUGAUUUAAGUCCUUCAAGUUGUGCGGUGGAGAUUCCAUGGAUCGGAUUGAGACCUGGGAAAUUUGGUGGUUAAUGCAACAUCUUGAACUUUGUCAUGUCCCUUAAACCAUUCCUGAACAAUUCUUGCUGUGUGACGGGGUGCAUUAUACUGCUGAAAGAAUCCCCUGCCAUUAGGAAACACCAUUGUCAUAAAGACAUAAAGAGGUGUACAUGAUUUGCAAUAAUCUCCAGGUAGGUGGUAUGUGUCAAAGUAACUUCCACAUGAAGGUCAAGAACCAAGGUUUCCGAGCAGAAUGGAGCAUAACAUUGCUUGUGUCAGCCUGCCUUCUUCCCAUAGUACAUACUAUUUCUUCCCCAGAUAAAUGAUGCACACACACCUGCCCAUCCACCUGAUCUAAAAGAAAACAAGCUUCAUCAGACAAGGCUAAAUAUGCAUUGUUUCAAGCAGAAACACCGAACAUUCAAACUCCUACCAACUAUGACCACUUCAAAAAGCAGAAGUGUUCAUGGUGGAUGGACUAACCCUUUAAUGACUGGUGGGGACCUGCCAGAUCCCAAGAAAUGAUAGGAGACUCUACGUAUCAAUUGGGCUGUAGUGGAAGUUGGCCACUUAACAUUGUGGCGGGUUGUUGGCAUCUCAAUGACACUGACCAGGUUUGCCGUGGCAGGUGAGAAUCUGACUACUUUGGCAAGAAUGGGAGUUACGAGGCAUUUGCUAUAGUUUGGAUUAUAGGAUGAAUACCUCCAUGAAUGAGGAUAGUUGGCAUCGGGGGAGCGAUACCUAGUGGCACAAGAAGCAGGGAAAAAAACACUACCUAAGGGCAGACCAAGUUGUGCACAAAUAAAAACAUACAUUCCUAUAGCAGAACAAACAAUGUUUGGAGUAUCAUGGACUUUGACCACACAGAUUUAAAUUACCAGUAAACAUACAUUUCCAGAUAUUGCUUAUUUUAGUAGAAUUAUUUGUAUUUGUAAUUUUAUUUUGCAAAGGUAGGUUUACACUUUUUUGUUUUAAGUUGGCCAAGGAAAAACAUCCCCCAAGGGCUCUGCUGGGAGUGUUGCAGCCCUGCAGGUCUAUUUUCCUUUUGUCUACAGAAAAUAGAUAUGUACAUAUAUGUAUAAUUUAACCACUCAUUAAUAUAAAACUCCGGGGGGAGGAGUGGGGGAGAAAGGUGGUGAGUUGAUAUAAUAGACAACCUUGUUCUCAAAAGGGAUGAAAAAAAUCCAUCUGUUCUUUAACAAGUGAGAAGAUAAAACCUAAUGCAGUCAAUUUCCCCAUGAGUUUGGAAUAAAUAAAAGCUUUGUUUGAAAGACAGGUCCAGUGGGAUCCAAAUAAGAGGUUGAGUUAAACGUUAAAAAUAAUUAAACCCUUGGGUAUCUGGAUUUGAAGCAAUUUGAUUCUUAGUGCUGCUUGUUUCUUUCAGUUCUCUCCAUUGUGUAAUGGAUCUAAGAGAUACCUAUCCUCCACUGGGGCUGAUGGUACCAUUUGUUUCUGGCUUUGGGAUGCUGGAACCCUGAAAAUAAAGUAAGUUACUACAAUGUUACUGCUAUGUUUCUUACAUCUUACAUUCAAGCAUGUGGCUGUGACGUGUGUGUUGUUCAACUCUCUACUGUGCAUGCUAGAAUAUUACUGUAAAUUCUAAAUUUAUGCUAAAACUUCACUUAAAGGGACUGAAUGAUUUAAAAAUAUAUAUAUAUAUAUGUAUUAUACAGAAUUUAGUGUUCGGAUAGCACUCUAAGGAUGUAAUAUAUAAUAAAAAAAUAGAACUUUUAUUUGCUCAAGUAACAAAACCUUUUGUUUAUGAAGCUGACUUUUUAAUUGAGUAAAUAAGUUAUUUUAUUUUUUCAAAGUCCCUGGAGUGCUGUCCUAAUCUACAUUAUUGCUGACCAGAAGCACCGGGCAUUAAAUAUUAUUGCAGACUCACGAGUGCAACAUUUUGUCUGUUUGUAUCAAUCCCACAAUUCCUGUAAUUCGCCAGUUUAAUGUCUCUCAUUAGAUGCAUUUGUGUGAUAAUGAACACUGAAUGUAAAGACUAUCACGAAAAGAAGGUCUUAGGAAGAAAUUCAAUUGAAACAUGCAAUUGUGAUUUCUCAGAGGUGUGUGUACAACAUGAGCGCUUUAAAAAUAAAUAAUUCAUAUGUGUGUGUGUGUAUAUGUGUGUGUGUGUGUGUGUAUAUAUGUAUAUGUAUAUAUGUAUAUAUGUGUGUGUAUAUAUAUAUAUAUAUAUAUAUAUAUAUAUAUAUAUAUAUAUAUAUAUAAUGUGUGUGUGUGUAUAAAAUUACCAGUAGAGCGCACUCAGUCUUUCAAAGUAAAUUAUCUGUUGCUUUAUUGAGCAAUUACAAAUUCACACAACGUUCAAGUCGAUGUUUCAGUGUGUGUGUGUAUAGUGUGCGCGCUUCCAUUCAGUAUGAUAUGAUGGCAUCAGUUAUGUUGGUUUUCCCACGUCUCUUGUGGUGAAGGCUGAUACCUUCAGAGGAUUUAGACCAAAACUGCUUCUUGAAAUUGUACACAAAGCUCCAUUUUGUAAAUUUAAAAAAAUAAAUAAAAAUCAGAUUAUAGUUACAUAGCUGAAGAGAGACUUGCGUCCAUCAAGUUCAGCUUUCCUCACAUUUGUUUUUUGCUGUUGAUCCAAAAGAAGGCAAAAACCCCCCCCAGUUUGAAGCACUUCCAAUUUUGCAACAGACUAGGAAAAAAAUUCCUUCUUGACGCCAGAAUGGCAGUCAAAUUAAUCCUUGCAUCAAGAAGCUACAUCACCCUACAUUGAAAAAUGAUAUCCUUAAAUAUUCUGUUUUUGCAAGUAUGCAUCUAGUUUGAACAUCUGAACAGACUCUGUUAAAACCACUUCUUCUGGCAGAGAAUUACACAUCCUUCUUGUUCUUACUGUACAAAAACUUUUCUAUGCCUUAGACAAAAUCUUCUUUCUUCCAGUCUAAAUGCAUGACCGUGUGUCCUAUGUAAAGUCCAGUUUGUGAAUAGAUUUCCACACAAUGGUUUGUAUUGGCCCCGGAUAUAUUUGUAAAAUCCCCUCUGAGGCAACGUUUUUCUAAACUAAAGCGGUUUAAAUUUGUUAACCUUUUCUUCAUAGCUGAAAUGUUCCAUUAGUUCCAUUAAUGCAUUGUUCCUUUAUUAGUCAGGUGUAAAUACUAACAUUUUACUCUAUAAUUUGCACACCAAGAUAAUUUACAUCAAGAUCUGUGCUGUACUGUUAUAUACUGAAUAUGGGUUCUGCAUGUGAAUUUCUAGUGUUGCUUUUAUAAAUCUUAUUUUAGUGACUGUCAGUCUUUAUAUACCUGUAAUCUUGUCUUGUCUGGUGUUGUGCUGAAAACAUGACAAUGAAUAGAGACAUUAAUUGUCAGUAUAGUGAGACCCAACACACAGUGUGUACUCUUAAAAAAAAAUAUAGUGUACCCUUUAAAUAGAAAUGUUACAUAAAGUGCCCGGGUUCUGGGAAACCAGAAAUAAAGAAUAGCAAGUGUCAAUAGCAGAGUCAAAGUUUACAGAAAAGAGAAAAGUCCGUAAUCGCCUAGAUUAAAACAGAUAAGAUGGUACUAAAUACAAAAUGCUCUAUUUGGAACAAAAUAGAACAAACCGGGAAUAGAACCAAACCCAUAACCGCUAUUUAUAGUAUGGCUCAAUAAGUAGGUAGCCACGCCCCCGAAGUGUGCAGGACUGCAGAAACUAAUGUUGCGUGAUAUCAUCGGUGUUAUGACGACUGUACGCAUGUGGUGCAUCAUUUAAGGGGGCGGAGUCAAAGACCGCUGUGGAAAUCAGAAGAGCCAUGAGAGAGGUCACAUGUUGUCUGCUGACCUCCAUGAGGGCGUGCUCCAGGAGCCAGAAUGCAAGGUAUCCGGACAAUUAAAAAUGUGACUCUCUUCCAAUUAGAUUAGCUCACCCAGUGACUCUGCUGCAGUAAUGACUGCGAUGAAUCAUAUCUAUAUAUAUUGGUGUGGUGCUUUUUGGAGGAAGGGGCAAUAACAACUGUAUUUAAAGACUGUGUCUAUUCUAGUAAUUAUUCCACCUAAUGUGUUUUAAAAAUACUAAAAUAGUCUACAUAUGUAUGCAAUGUGAUUAUUUCAAAAACCUUCAAUGGUAUGGUAACAAGGGAGACCCCAAUUGAAAAGGUUGGUUCCUGGGAUAAUUUUUGCCUGAAAGAGGACUAAAAGAAUCCAAGGUGGGGAUUAUACCACCAGUGCCCUACACAUUGAGCAGGGAGUCUGUUCAGCUAAGCAUGAGUGUACAUAUCUUAUAUUACAAUAUUCAAUAUUGGUCUUAAAGCUACAGUGAACACUAUAUUUUGUUGCAAUUUUUAUUUUUUCGAUUGGGGUCUCCCUUGUUACUAUACCAUUGGAGGUUUUUGAAAUACCACGCAUAUCCCAGAAGUGGAGAUCCUACCACUGUACGCUCUACAAACCAUAGCUGCAUUUAGCUAUGAAAAAAUUUACUACUGGAUCCCAAGUUGUUUGAUCUAGUAACUGCUAUCAAAAAUUUGCUGCUUCCCUUACAAGUCUACCCUUCCAUUUGGAGUGUCUCAUUUUUUAUUUAUUUAUAUCCACAGGCAUUACCCUUUUCUUUCUUUUUAUCUUUAAAUGGAUAUGCGGAUUCUUGUGCUUUAGCAUACUCUACAAAGAAUAUUAAGGCUAAACCUAUCCUACAAUGAUGCCAACUUUGCCUGCACUCUUUUUCUCCCGUGAUAGUACUUUGGUGGCAUAGUUGGGAGUGCAGUGCCACCAUGGAUUGUCCGUUGCCAGCAUGCUACAAAUGCAAUCUGUGCACUGUACUGAAAAUAGGAGCCCAGAACUUGUAUUUCAUGGUAUUGACCUUGCCUUAAGUGUAGUUCUACCUCCAGCAGCAAAGUUCUGCAUUAAUGUGUAUGCGCAUUGUUUCUUAAUAAAAUGUUGCAGAUACAGACUUGAAAUACCAUGACCACCUCAAAUCACUGAAGUGGUCACUGUAGUUGUGGUAAACCUUUAAAUACAACUAUAAAAAAUCAUUUCUGUUAUUGGCAAUUAUUUGUUGUUGCUCUGUCUUAAGAACUUAAUUACAUAUUUACUUUAGGUUCUUUGCUUGUUUUGUAAUAAUACUGACCCAGAAAUGUUUGCUGAGAAGUAAGAGCAUUUUUUUUGCUUCUCACUUUCUGUGUUGCAAUGUCUUUUAUUUAUUUGUUUUUGCAUGCUGAGUGUUUUGUCAAGUCUGACCUUCUUUGGCACUCCUUUGGAUAUUUGUGUUUAAUACAACAGCUUUUUCUAUGCUGGCUAUUAGAAUUUUUUUCUAAUCGAAUCUUACUAAAUGCACCGCAGAUGAAAUAAGAAAUAAGCAUAAAAAUUGUCUAAUUUCUAAAAAAUAAGUACCAGCCUAUUUUCUGAGUGGGGACAUAUCAUUGGAAUUCUUAUACCACUAUUGCUAUUCUGUUAUUGUCACUAUAAUGACAGCAUUUAGAGAAUUUGAAACAGACAAGCCAAAGCGCAAUUUUUUUCAUUUCAUUUUUUUGCAACAUCAACACAGACUGUCUAAGGUUCACUUCCAUUGAUCAUAUCAAAGGUUAUCUGCUUGCUACCUGCAACAGCAAUCUGUACAUUAAAACUUGCAUUUCCUCUUCUGCAACUGUCACUAGUCUAAUACUAUCCUCACCUUUUUGUGUCAUUUUACCCCACUCCCUCUAGCAUGUAAGCUCAUUGAGCAGGGCCCUCAAGCCCUCUGUUCCUGUGUGUCCAACUUGUCUGGUUACAACUACAUGUCUGUUCGUCCACCCAUUGUAAAGCACUGCGGAAUUUGACGGCGCUCUAUAAAUAUCAUAAUAAUAAUAAUUUGGUUGAAGGGUGGAAUUUUCACCUGUAAUUUUUUUCCCUUUUUUUCUUCAUAGCAAAAUAUAAAUAUAUAAUUUGAAAAGUUAACUGAUUUUUAAAAUAAAAUUGGUUGUUAAAUUUACUGCAGUUUUUUUUUUUUGUGGCAAUUCCACAGACGUUUAAUCAUCCAUUCGCUUAACCAACCAUGAAUCUCUCUGCUUUGUGGAGUUUGAAGUGUUGAACAUGUUUAAAGCAGUGCUCCAAGGUUUAAUGUGCAGAUCAGGCAGUAACUGAUAGGGUAUCUCUGCAGAUUGGAAAUGUUAUAGUUAACCUACUCAGAGAUAACAUCUGUGCCCCUCUCUCUUAUAAAUCCAUCACACCCCAUGUGAUUAUGUAAAAAAUGCAUCUAAUUAUUAUGCCAAAAACUAUACAAUAGUACUGAUGUCUGGAAUAUACCAUUAAAAAGGGUUAUUGGAAUAUACAGAUAUCUAUCACAGGACCCACAUUGGUGUACACUUAAAAAGUUGUUUCUUUCAUUUAGGUGCUGAUUGUCCCUGCAUAAUAGCAUGCCAAGUUUUGACAGGUCAUUUAUCAGGAUUAUUGCAGUUUUACAUAUAGUGUAUGCCAACUUAUUCCUUCAAAUUGGAUGCCCCUGAAACUGUCAUUGUCUGUUUUAGAAUGCUGGUCUGUUUUAGUACAUGAUGUACUGUGGCUGGAAAUGAAUAUGGAAUAAGUUAGCUGAAUUCUUUAUUUUUAUUAUUGUGUUGCCAAAAGUUGUCUGAAUUUUAUAUAAAUACAUUUACGAAGUUACUAAGGCUUCAAUUUCUACUUUCCUUUUUAUUUCUGCAGCCCACGACCCAUAAAAUACACAGAACGACCUCGACCUGGAGUUCAGAUGAUUUGUUCCUCUUUCAGCUCUGGUAAGGGCCGCUAACAUUCCCUUGUGUGUUACUGCAGCACGGAGCACAAUCAAAGCUCCUGUGCUCUCUUGCAAUGAUCCCGUCAAACUUCAUGUUGGAAUAGUGAAAAGGAGUGUUUGGAUAAAAUCUUGCAUUCAAUUGCUGAUAUAGUCCUCUCCAAAUUCCAGGGCUGUAAUUUGCUUAGAAGCUAAAGUUAAUGUUUAGUAUUCAGUGCACUUCUGUUUUCUGCCACUCACUUCACUGGCUUAUUGCAGGACAAUACAACAAAAGGAUUUCUUUUCGCUAAGCUGAGCUUGGGAAAGGCUUCACUUUAGUGAUUUAUUUGUAUUUCUCUUUCAGGUGGAAUGUUUCUGGCAACAGGGAGCACUGAUCACAUCAUUAGAGUUUAUUAUUUUGGGUCAGGCCAACCAGAGAAAAUUUCUGAGCUUGAGUUUCAUACAGUGAGUAUUCGGUUUGAAGGCAGUAUCACAAAAUCUAUUCUACGCUGUGAUAUUUCAAGUGAAACAAACUGUACCUACUUGUGUUUUAUGUUUUAUUUUGUUUGCUUUGUUUUUCCUUCACUUAUUCAGUACAUAAUAACCUAACUUUUUGUGCCUCAAUCAAAUUUGUUUUAAAGUGGAUCUGCAACCUCUGUGAGAAUUUUAGGAACUAUGCUUUUAUAAGCCCAUGCAACUUUGCGUUUUUGAUUUUUGUUUGUUAGAAACUAUGUAAGCAAAGUUGUGAUUUGUGUCACAAUUGUGCUUGGAUGUUCUUUAAUCUGUGUUCACCAAUAAAGUUGCCAUUAAUUGUUUUUCAGCCCCAUGAGGUGCUUCUUUUGUGACAUAUCCACUUUAUAGUGAGGUAGUCAAUUGACUUAUUUAUUUUUAUUUCUGUAGGAUAACUCUCAAACACUCACAUAAAAAAAAAUAAAAUAAAAAAAAUUCUAGAUAGAUAAAGAAAGUAACUAGAUUAAACUCAGAAGAAACAGGUGAAGGCUGAAAAGCUGCUUUUUCAGUCAGGUCAAGUCAAAAGUAACUUGGUGUCAUACAAAGGUAUCUAUAUGCCAUUUUAAGAUCCUGGAGACAUAUAUAAAUCACAUGAACUUUUGAUGUCGUAGCAUUUUUAGGCAUCCACAGAACAAUUUUUCCAUAAUGUAUUUUGUUUUUUUGCCCCGUUUGCUUGCACUUGUGUAACAUUUUUAGUGAUUGAUUUUAAUUUCCUGUCUAGGACAAGGUGGACAGCAUCCAGUUUUCAAACACCAGUAGCCGGUAAGGAUAAAAUACACAAAUCUAAUACUACAAACAGCUAAUGCCAAAUAUGUGAAGAAAUAUUUUGGAGUUUUCUUAAUAAAACUCAGAUUAAAAGUGUGUUUGUGCCUGUAUAUAAUCUGAAUUGUGACUUUUGUACAAGGUCUACGAACCACCUCUAAAAUAGCUUAAUGCAAAAAUCAUGGAGAAAAGGUUCUCAUUCUGUUAGGACGCAUUUCGUUAGUUUUGCCAGCGUUCUGUCAAAAUGAAAGGCUGUUCGGGGAAAAGUGAAAGGAGGCUUCGCGAGAACACUGAGGAAAGGUAGAAUUGUGGGAAAAUUGUUCUGACCACCGGAAAUGAAGCAUUCUUUGAUCCUCCGCUGGUCAGAGAUGGUCAGGCAUAGGAAACCUCCAUAAGACAUGUAGUCCCUAUUUUGUCUUGGGUUUUAAAGAAAACUAGAGCAGACAGGAAGAAAUGAAGAACAGAUCCUGAGAGAGGGAGAGAAGAGGAAUAGAUUAAAGAAAGCUAAAUUCGGCAUGACCGUGCCGUUUUAACAUUUCAACUCAGUCCUAUGUUGCUGUACAGGCCUUGCUACUGCAAGUCCAUAUUACAUUCGCAAAAGGUGACUUUCUACUUCACAGGUUUAAAUUUUAACUUGGCAAGUGUAAAAUCUUAACUAUGCAAAGUUGUCCAAAUGAGCUUUAUGCAUAGAAAGAGUUAAUAAUUGCAACCAUUUGUUUUUUUAUAAUUUAAUUUAACCCCUUCAGGACUGGACUGUUUUGGCCAUGGUGUAUGGUCACCCCUUAAUGACGUUACGGCGUUCUAUGCCGUCCCCAUUUAAAUGGGCUUUAAAGCCGUUGUGGCGGCAUAGAACCAUAACGGCUUGCUGCCCUGGAGCCUCGGGAAUACUUUCCUUCCUUGCAAUCCACUUCGGGAGGACUGCCUGACAGCCCAGACAGCCCUCCCAUAGCAAAUCAGGCCCCCUAGGGGCAAUUGUGAUUGCUUUCAAAGAAUGAUCACAUGGCCCCUUAUAGCUUGCUGUGGAUCUGCCAACAAGGAGACUGGGCUGUCAGACAGUCCCCCUGCUGGUGGGACGUGUAAAUUUUUUUAUUAUUAAACAUGUUUAAAAUAAAUUAAAUAUACAUAUAUUAUAUAAUUUAUAUACAUCAUAUAUAGAUAUAGAUAGAUAUAUAUGUAACGUCAUACAUAGUGUAUUUUAAUAUAAGUACAUAUAUUAGUAUUAAAAUACUUAGAAUGAAGUUACAUAUGAUAUAUAUAUUAAUAUAUAUAUUUAUUUACAAUAAAUUUUAUUUUCUUUUUUUUAAAUAUAUAUAUUCCAUUCUAACUGUAUUUUGUUAUUAAUAUAUAUUGGUAACAAAAUACACUUGAAAUGACUCUCUCUUUCUCUCUCUCUCUCUCUCUCUAUCUCUAUCUCUAUCUCUAUCUCUAUAAUCUCUAUCUCUAUCUAUCUAUAUCUCUGUGUGUGUGUGUAUAUAUAUAUAUAUAUAUAUAUAUAUAUAUUAAUUAUUACAUAAGUAUACACGUAGAAUUUAAAUACAUAUAUAUUAAAAUUCUAAGUGUAUACUUAAGUAAUCUUUUAGCAUUCAUUCCUGGGCUACCUCAAAGGCAACGUAACCAAUCUGGCGAAUUUCAAUGUGAAAAAACUGAAAUGCAAGCCUUAUAUUUGACUCUGUAACUUUUGAAAACUCCAUAAAACCUGUACAUGAGGGGUACUGUUUUACUCGGAAGACUUCGCUGAACACAAAUAUUAGUGUUUCAAAACAGUAAAAUGUAUUACAACGAUGAUAUCAUCAGUGAAAGUGAAAUUUUUUGCAUUUUUCACACACAAAUGGCAUACUGACGAUAUAAUUGUUGUAAUACAUUUUACUGUUUUGAAACACUAAUAUUUGUGUUCACCGAAGUCUCCCAAGUAUAACAGUACCCCUCAUGUACAGGUUUUAUGGUGUUUUCAAAAGUUACAGAGUCAAAUAUAAGGCAUGCAUUUCAGUUUUUUCACAUUGAAAUUCUACUAAAAAAGACUGGACAUAUACCCCAUUUGUAAUACCUUCGGUUGUCUACUAUUGCAAAUGGUAUGCCAUCAUGGGGGGUAAUUCUCAUUCCUGGGCUACCAUACGGUCUCAAAGGCAACGUAACCAAUCUGGCGAAUUUCAAUGUGUAUAACUAAAAAAUGUAAUGUGCUAUAUUUGACCCUGUAACUUCCUAAAACACCAUAAAACCUGUACAUGUGUAUUUUAUUGCAGUAAAAGCAAACAGUAUUAUGACAUUCACAGUUAAAAUGUCACGUAGACCCAAAAAAAGUUUAAAAAAUAAAAUAAAAUUCUCCCGUUUUUUAAAAACAUUUUAUUCAUAUUAAAUUAUGUUUCAUACCUAAAUAUUUAAAGGACCACUAUAGUGCCAGGAAAACAAACUUGUUCUCCUGGCACUUUAGUGCCCUGAGUGUGCCCCCACCCUCAUGGCCCCCCUCCUGCCGGGCUUUAGGGGGAGGAAGGGGUUAAUCCCUUUCUUUUCUCCAGCGCUGGGGACUCUCCUCCCUUUUUGGCUGAAUGCGCAUGCGCGGCAAAAGCCGUGCACUCAUUCAUUCAGUCCAUAGGAAGGAAUUCUCAAUGCUUUCCUAUGGACGCUGGCGUCUUCUGACUGAAAAUCACAGUGAGAAGUGCGGAAGCGCCUCUAGCAGCUGUCAAUGAGACAGCCACUAGAGGCUGGAUUAACCCAUAUGUAAACCGUUAUGUUUACAGUUGCAGGGUUAAUCCUAGAUGGACCUGGCACCCAGACCACUUCAUUAAGCUGAAGUGGUCUGGGUGCCUAUAGUGGUCCUUUAAUGUUAAAUGAAAGCCCUGUUUCCCCUGAAUAAAAAGAUAUAUAAUAAGUGUUGGUGCACUUAAUAUGAAAGAGGUGAAUUACGGUUGAACAGACAUAUAGUCAAAUUCCAGAUUUUGUUUGUUUUUGUUUUGAUCGCAACGUGUACAUUUGGCUCAGUCCUUAACCCCUUCAGGACGGAGUCAAUAGUACACGUUCUGAUCAAAACAAAACGUAAACAAAAACUGGAAUUUGCGCUAUAUGUCUGUUCAACCGUAAUUCGCCUCUUUCAUAUUAAAUGCACCCACCCUUAUUAUAUAUAAUUUUGUUCAGGAGAAACAGGGCUUUCAUUUCAUAUCAAAUAUUUAUAUAUGAAACAUAAUUUAUUAUGAAUAAAAUGUAAAAAACUGUGAGAAAUUUUAAUUUUUGAAAAAAAAAUUGUAGUUCCGCCUCACAUUUUAGCUGUAAAUGUCAUCAUACUGUUGGGUAUUACUGCAAAAAAAUGCACAUAUUUGUAAUCAGUGAUGUCUCAGGAGUACAACAGUACCCCCAUUAACAGGUUUUAUGGUGUUUUGGAAAGUUACAAGAUCAAAUAUAGAACAUUCCAUUUUCAAAUUGAAAUUUGCCAGAUUAGUACCUUUGAGACGGUGUGGUAGCCCAGGAAUGAGAAUUACCCCCAUAAUGGCAUACCAUUUGAAACCACAGACUGUCCAGGAGUUGGCAGCUGCUUUAGUCUAGGUCUGGGAGGAGAUCCCUCAGGAGACCAUCCGCCACCUCAUCAGGAGCAUGCACAGGGAGGUCAUACAGGCACGUGGAGGCCACACACACUACUGAGCCUCAUUAUGACUUGUUUUAAGGACAUUACAGGCUGAUCCAACUUUGAUGUAGUGUAUUUUUCCACUUAAAUUUGAGUCUGACUCCAAAUCCAGACCUCCAUGGGUUGAAAAAUUAGAUUUCCAUUUUUUCAUUUUUUGUGUGAUUUUUGUUGUCCGCAAACAAAGUAUUUCAGAAGAAUAUGUAAUUCAUUCAGAUCUAGGAUGUUAUUUUUGUGUUUCCUUUAUUUUUUUGAGGUGUGUGUGUGUGUGUGUGUAUAUAUAUGUGUGUGUGUGUGUGUGUGUGUGUGUGUGUGUGUAUAUGUGUAUAAUAUAUAUAUAUAUAUAUAUAUAUAUAUGUAUAUGUAUGUAUGUAUGUAUGUGUGUGUAUAUGCAAUAAAGACUGCAAAGAAUUGUAUUGAAUUAGUGAUCUAAAAUUGGCUCCCGUCACCACUUAGUUUUAUACUCUAAAGAUUCAAAGUAGGAAACACAGAUCAGUACAAUGUGGAAGGGCAUGUCAAUAAAAACAAAACCUGAAUACAAAACUGUCCAGCACUAUUGUUCAGUGAACAAUGGUAAUUCUAUUACCAUAAUGAAUUAGAAGCACUAAAAAGGUCUAUUACCAGUUUUUUUCAUACUGAUUACAAUUGUAACAUUGUUGUGUUUAUGGUUUUUUCCUUCCUAAAUGUAUGCUUUGUCUGCAGCCAGUAUUUUAAGAAAUAAUUGGAUCACUUCUCUAUUUCAUGUUUGUCACAUUGGUCCCUCUAUUAAACUCUUGUACAUGUAUGCCAAAAUGUACUUCUUUAGAACUUGUGCAAACCAUUCAAUGCAUUCUGCUGUUGCGAUAACUACUUCGCAAUAGUUUAUACUGUGCUCAAAGUAAAUUGAAAUAAUAAAAAUGAGAGUAUUUGUCUUUUAUAUUGUUUUCUCCAGUAUUUGUUUCCCUGGUGUGACUUUAUCUUCUGUCUAUUUUAAAGAUUUGUAAGUGGAAGCCGUGAUGGCACUGCUCGCAUUUGGCACUACAAGAAAAGGGAAUGGAGAAGUAUUUUACUAGACAUGGCCACUCGACCAGCAGGGUAAGAUAGUGAUUCAAGUGCUCUUCAGUUGUUGGCAUUCAGCUUUUCUCUCUGUUGGAUGUCAUGUGUAAAAUUGGUAACCUAAAUCUAGAAUUAAAAAAAAAAAAGACACUAAACGUAUUUGCAUCUAAGCCUCUUUUGACUGUUGAUUUUACAUGAGGAAUGGUCAGUUCAUGAUGGGAGGUGUUUUUAGCAUCUUUAUAUAUUUGGGUAAGUAUGUUGCUGACUUUUAAGGGCGUGCUAUAUUGAUAAAGGGUACAUUAUCCAAAUUGUUUGUGCGGUUGCAUGUACUUCAUUUAACUUAUACAGCCAGGAGGUGCUUCAGACAUUCUAGUAGUGCUUGUGUAAUGUGUUUUUUUCUUUUUUUUUCUUUUUGGCAUCUGACUUAUUUAGAGCUAUAGUGAAGUGAAAACAUAUGGCUGCACAGAAGUGAAUAUUUUUAGGUUCUGAAGUAUCCUAGCUUUAUAAUCUUUUUACAUUUAAAUUAUUUGAGCAAAGAAAACUAAAACUAUUUCAAAACUCAAACAUCAGUAAGUUCAAUUCCUAUGGUUUUACCCCUCAUUCCUUUGUUGUCCUUUGUUUCUAUUUUUUUUUUCUUUCUCCAACCUCCUAAACAGGUUUGCCUUUAAUUCACAGGGCAUUGUCACCUUUUACCCCUUCCAAUUUAUACUACUCCUCACCUGCUAUUGUUUGCAUAUCCCAGCACACCUAAUUAUCUUAAUCUGUUUUCCUCUCUUUAACAAGCCCAGUAUUUUCUUUGCCUUCCAACUUGCCUCUUUGUUUUCCCCCAUCACAGCUCAUUCAUUAUGUUGCCUUUGCACAAAUAUUUUACUCUGUUUUCUCUCACUUUUUGUACCCCUCGUGGACUAUAUUUUCUGUUUAACUUUCAUUUUAGUAAGAUUCAAUAACCACAGUGAUCCUGUAUAGGUUAGCAAGAUGUCUGUAUCACACAAAUAUGCAGUUGGAGUGCACACAGAAGUAAUUGAUCUUUUAGCAUUUUAUAUCACUAUUUAUGCCAUUACCUAGGUUACAAUUUAACAGCCAUUACCACUUCACGCAUUUUGUGGUUUGAUGACAGUCAUUAGUCAUCUCUGAUCACCUCACAAGCCUCUCUGUUGAGUUUAAGGAUGGAAAACACUCUAUUUACAUACUAUACAUUUUCUGUCAUGAAAACAGCACAUGGUCACAAGGGAGCAAUGCUAUAGAGAGCUCUUUAGCUCUCAUGGCACAUGUACAAGUUUUUACCAUAGUGUUGUUGACACGUAGUAAGAAAAUGUAAACAAUCUGCAUUAGCAGGCACUUUCUGCUAUUUAGAAGACUAAUAAAUGUUUGUUUUAGAAUUGUGCAGCUUAAUAUACUUGUAGUUCACUUGUCUAUAGCCUGUUCCGGCUGGCUUUUCAAUGUAAACACUGCCUUUUUAGGAAAAAGGCAGUGUUUAACAUUGGUGCCUAGAAACACCUCUAGUGGCUGUCACUCAGAUGGCUAAUAGAGGUGCUUCCUAGUCAAGCACUGGCUUUCAGCUUCUCCACACCCUGCAUAGAGACACUGAACAUCCCACGUAGAGACGCAUCGAUUCAAUGCAUCUGAGGAGUUGCUGAUUGGUGCAGCAAAGAGUUUUGCUGCACAUGCACAAUAGCCUACCAGUGCUAUGAGAGAGCAUUUAAUUGGCUUACAUUAGGCGGGGCCUACCAUAACAAGACUGGGGCAUCGUCAGAGAAAAGGUGGGUAAAAUCAAAUUUUCAGCGAGGUCGGAGCAGGGCCGGCACCUAAAGUGCCACGUCACUGUUUUCAAGACACUACAAUGCUCCUUUAACACUUUUUUACAGAAGAAGAGCACAUGUAACUUAGGUAUUGAUUUGACAAAAAAAAAAAGAAAAUAAAAAUUAUAUAGAUAGAGAGCGCGCAUUCCUUUUAAUAUCUUAUGUGUUUUAAUUUCUUUCUGUUUGAGGAUAGUGGUAACUUUUUUGGCUUAGUAUAUUUCUUAGAGUGAAAAACGUAUAGCAAUGUAACGUUCUGAAGUGUUUGUCUGAUAUAAUCUGUGGUUCAGAAGAAAAAUGUUGCAUAUAACGGGAAUCUUUUUUUUUUUUUUUUUUUCUCUAGGCUAAACACUCAGGGAGUGGAAGACAAGAUCACAAAGUUAAAAGUAACAAUGGUGGCCUGGGACCGCCAUGAUACCUCUGUAAUAACUGCUGUCAAUAACAUGACGUUAAAAGUUUGGAACUCGAACACUGGGCAACUCAUCCAUAUUCUGAUGGUAAAUAUAUUUUGCCUGUUUGUAAAUCAGUGGUAAGAACUCACCUUAAAUAUGCAGUCCAGUUUUUGCCUGCAAUUCUUUGUUCUGAAAAAAAACACUGUGGAAAUGGGAAAUGUGCAACAGCAGAGAAUGUCAGCUGACCAUCGCAAUGCCAAUGAAUGAUGUCCAAUUAGGGACAACAUUGAUAUAACUAAUGCUGAAGGGAAUUUAUGCAUUAGUGAUAUCCGUGAAGAGUUGAGGGAUAGCAAGAACUCAAAGGACCCAAAUAAGUGUCAAACUGUUCAAAAACUAUUUAACUCUUUAUUGUGGGAUGGCGCAAGGGUACAACAGUCUGUAGUGAUUACGGUGCUCCUUUUCAUAUACAUUUUGAGAGAUGCAAAUUUUUAGGAUCACAUUUGGGAAAUGGUGUACCGACCCCUAACUUUUACUUUAAAUGAAGGUAAAAAGAGCCUUUGGAAGAGGGGACCGAUAGUGCCCUCUAAAGGACAGGCUAACGUAGGUUCAAAUGAUAUUUCUCAAACGGCUGCAAUUCAAAAAAGGGACCCAUGAACUAAACGGUGUGUUAUUGGCAAUAAAUGAUCAUACUGCGUAUAAGAGGUAAGGUAGCCUCUUUGGAAAAAGCCUCUAGGGAAUACCAGAGGUAUAAGCAUCAUUAAAUGUCUUGCCAGGGUCAUUUAGUCCUUGAGUAUUAAGGUAUUGAUUUUAAGAGUGUGGGGUGGAUGGGGAUUAGCCGAGAUAUGGAUACAUUGUCAAACCAAGAUACAACUAUGUCACAUGAGAUAGUGCUACAAGUUGGAAUUAAGUAAUAUAUACAUUAAAUUUAGGCUGAGAACAUUAAAGCAACUAUAGACUAGGUAAAAUAAAUAGAUGGUGUAUGAAAGCGAGCCAAAACACUGACAGGCGCGCUGCUGAGACACCUUACCAAGAGUGCUCUCACCACAUACAGCCUGCACCUCUGUAUCAUUAGAGAGCAGCUAUCAUAUUACCUGUUCCUGAAGUUUAAAUUGAUUUCUUGUACCACUGAACAAGGCUCAUUCAUUACUAUACAGAGUCUGCAUAUUGUGCGAACCAGGGGGUGGUCACAGGCUGUUUCAGCUUAGCUGUUUUUGGGGGGGCAAGGGGUGCUCUCGAAGGCACUGUUUGGCUAGCAGCAAGGUGUUUUGGCUCACUUUCUUACCCAAUCUAUUUUUACCUAGUCUAUAGUUGUUUUCAUGUUCUCAGCCUUUUCAGAGAAAAUACAGUCUUUACAUUACAGCCUGGGGAUACCUCUAGUGGCCACUCCUCAGAGGGUUGCUAGAGGUGCUUCCUGGGGCAGUGCUGAACAGUAUGCAGCACUGCCAUUCAAUGUCUCCACCCUCUGCAUGGAGACACUGAAUGUUCCUCAUUGUUUCAACACAGCCCUGAUUGGCCAAGGCUGUGUUUGGCUUGUGCUGGUCUGCUGCUGAUCUGCCUCCUUGACAGUCUGAGCCAAUCCAAUUAUUUCCUAUGGCAGGAUUUUACUAUCUUAAGAGAGGGCGAAGAUGCUAGGGGUGGCUGAAUGGUGUUUUUGACACUUUUGUGUUCCUUUACGUAUUCAUUUUAUGUCAGUUAUAUGAUUAUCUUGAUAAUGUAAGCAUAAACUUGGUUUGAUUUACAAGAAAUAACUUUUGCAGGGUCACGAGGAUGAAGUUUUUGUGCUAGAGCCUCACCCUUUCGAUCAUAGGGUGCUUUUUUCUGCAGGCCAUGAUGGCAAUGUCAUUGUCUGGGAUUUGGCUCGAGGAGUUAAGAUUCGAUCUUACUUUAAUAUGGUAGGUACUUGAUGGAUUCUUUAAAUUAUUUAUUAUUUUUUUUUCAUCAUUUUGUGUGAAUUCCAAUGUUGCAGUUCUUUAUAUUCGUUUGAUCUAGGAAAGAUCUAGAAGAAAAGUGUUAUUUACAUUAACAGCAAUAAAGACAUUGAGUUCUCUGCCCAAAUAGUUCAUGUUUUUUCUCAUUAUACUAAUUACUAGUGCAAUUUUCAAGGAUAUAAUUAAUAUGCUUCAAUAACAUGAAAUACCUUUUUCCUUUUUUGUGGCAGAAUUGGCCAUCAAUAUAAACAGUUUAAAAAAUAUAUUUAUUUGUUUUUGUUUUUUUGCAUCCACAGCAUUAAAGAUGAGUUUAAAGGUUGAUAUUCCUGGACUUUAUUUUAUUUUAAAUAAAAUCUAAGUAUUUUAAUAUAUAAUCUAAUAUUGUAAUGUAUUUUUUAAAUAAAAAAGAAAUGUUUUUAUUUUCUCUCUUUCUCAGCGUAUAUUACUAUGUAAUAUAUAACAGCCAUCUUUGCUCUAUAAUAUUUUGUUUAUUUAUGCAUUGUGCACAAUUGAUCCUUUGAACACAUUACACAAAGUGGUUAUUUCAGUUAUGUUUGCUUUUGUAUAAUAUCUCUCAAUCCUUUAAUGCUUUGAUUCUAAAAAUUAAACUAAGCUAAGGACUAAUAGGGACCUAUUUUGUUUUUUUUUCUUUUGUGAAUGAGUAUAAGAUAAAACCAUUCAAGCCACUCAACCACUCUGUCUUUAUUUGCAAUUUUUUUUCAGAUUGAAGGACAAGGACAUGGAGCAGUAUUUGACUGUAAGUGCUCUCCAGAUGGUCAGCACUUUGCUUGCACUGACUCUCAUGGUCAUCUUCUGAUAUUUGGGUUUGGUUCCAGUAGCAAGUAUGAUAAGGUACAUCUUACAAUCAUCAUUACCACAGAUUGUCAUUCCAAAAGGAGGGAAGUGUUUGCAAAUGUCUACUUUGGGUUUCAGAUUUUCAGUAUGUGUAUGUCAUAUUGUUUGAUCAUUUUGGUUGUAGUCUUUAGAAGAGUAGUUCUGUGCAGCCUUUUACAGACUACACAACAAGCGAAAUCCUUUUGCACGAGUCAACACUUUGUUUUAAAGGUUGGCUCCAGCCACCAUGACUAGUUUUAGUGAUUUGAAGUGGUUAUAUUGGUGGGAGUCUGUAUGUUUAGUGAUUCUGCUUGAAACACUGCUCAUCCAAUGAUACUGUUAAUUGUGUGCUGGGAGCUCCUUACACCCUCAGUACACGUGACGUUUGAGACACAGAACUCUGUUCUGUGCAGCCUAAUGUUAAUUCUGUGCAGAAAUCUUCCCCUUGUAGGCAGUUCGUCUGUUAGGGAAGUGGUCCCAACCUUUUUUUACUUGAGUACCACUUGGCAGUCCAUUUUGAUGAAUUGUACCUCUCAUAUUAGCAAAAUGUUUGAAACAUGCAAUAUAGUUGCUGUUAUUUCAAAUGCUUUGCAUGCACACUCCAAUAAGGAGGAUGAUAGGGGUAAGGGCAUGCCGCAAAUAGCAAGCAAGCGGAGCAUGACAUUGCUCGGCUACGUCAAACCCUGGGCAACUGCCCAGGAUCGGCCCUGCAGAACUCGGUUCGGCCAUUACAGAUAUUUGUUUUGCAUAUCUCCAGGGGAGCUGGAUUGUAGCCUUGGGAGCACGUGUACCAUGGGUUGGGAACCCCAGUGCUAGGGGAAGCUAGAUCUCCCCUCCCUCUCUGUGGGAGCUCCCUCCGUUAAAUAUUGUCCCGGAGUGUACACACGGGCCAAAAGGGCGCACAUGCACUCUGAGCCAGCAAAAUGGCCCAAUUAAGGGCUUCAGUCAUAUAAGGAGGGGGCACGGGAAAGGUGGUGCGGAGAGCUUUGUUUGAUGCUGGAUUCCAAGUACGUAAAAACACUUUUUUUAAAUGUAUUUAUUAUUUUUUAUAUACCAAUUUUACUAUGAAUUGAAAGGGGAUACUUUCUCCACAGUUCCCAAUAGGGCAUACUACAAUGGAAAGGUCCACCCUCUCAUAAAGGUUAUAGUAACCCUUUAAGUUUAGUUUUUUUCCCCUUUUUCCUUCACUUGUAAUUUACUGAUACAGAUUAGCAGCAAACAGUGAAGGUAAAUCUUUUUCUACAUGAGAGAAUAAUUGAAUGCUUCUCAAUCAGUGUAAUGAAAUUAAAACUUGGAUCACUUGGGAUUUGUGAUAAAUGUGUCAGAACCGGGGGUAGAUUUCAUUAUUUUUUUCAGUGAAAACACUUGGUAGGUCCUCAGAGCUGAUGAACAUUACUUUUUGUUUUUUUAGUCUCUUUUUUUAAAAUUAUUAUUUAAAUGAGACCUUUAAAUUGACACUACACCACCAUAACAACUUAAAGUUGUCGUUAUAAUGGGAAAUACAGUCCCUGGGCUCUUUGCCUUACCAUAUGGGGUUCAACGGUUCUAAAAUUGUUUAAAAUAAAUAAAUGCAUAGUUUAUUUAUUUUCUCAGAGACUGGCUCCCAUAACUACUUAUUGAGAUGAAAUUGUUAUGGGGUAGAGUAGGGACAGAAAGGGCCUCUAAAUCCCAUGUUCCAGAAAGCUUACUGAACUUGACUUGCACCCCUGUACACACAUGCACACUGCACCCCUCAAACACAUACAUAUUGCACUACAGCCUCUAUACCGACAGACCCCAGGUAAGUUGUUAAAUAGUGAUGUCGCGGCGAACUCUGGUCAGCUGACACAUCCCUGCCAAUCUCUGGCAGACCCUCCUUCCCAGACCCUCCCACCUCCUAGACAGCAUCCAUGUUGAAGCUGCCUUCAACAUGGAUGCUGUCCAGGAAGUAGGAGGGUCUGGGAGGGAGGGUCUGCCAGAGAUUGGCAGGGAUGUGUCAGCUGACCGGAGUUCCUGGCGAACCGUUCACGACAUCACUAUUGUUAAACUGUUCUUAAACAGUUUGACUACUUACCCUGGGAGGUCGCGACGGCGCUACUGGCACCAUAACCACUUCAAUGUAAUGUAGUUUUUAUUGUAACUGUAUUGUUUCUUUAAAUAAUCUACCAGUGCCACUCCCAAGAUUAGGGGCCUAGUAUAUGCCGCAGCGCUGUACAUAUAUACAACCUAGAAUGUUUUUUGACUUUGGGUGCAUUGGAGAAAUAGUAAGGGCGCCUUGAACCUAAAAAGUGAACCACUGAUCUAUACUCCAACACUGCUUCAUUAAGUGAUUUGUUUUUCUGUUUAUAGUGUCCAUGGCUGUGGUUUUAUCUUGUUCUGCUUCAUUAUACUUGCUUGACUAUCUGUCAACAUAGGGUUGGGCCUACAGGAUUAGUUAAGUGAUAACCGUUCUGGAUGGGUGUCCUCCUUCCUAAUAUUUCUUCAGUUUAUUCACUUGCCAUCUGGAAAAUGGAAAUGUGUAUUGGGAGGGAAAGAAACAUUCACAAUCCAAAAUGAUACAAGAAGUUGUGUUCCUGAUGUAAAGACCUUCCUUAAGCUUUAGAAGUACUUGAAUAUUAUAACGGAGGGAGUGCUGUUUCAUCUUUUGUUAAUAUAUCCCUAUGCAUGUAAUUCUUACAGAUCGCGGAUCAGAUGUUUUUUCAUAGUGACUAUCGACCUCUCAUCCGUGACGGUAACAACUUUGUCUUGGAUGAACAAACACAGCAGGCACCACAUCUCAUGCCACCUCCUUUUUUGGUGGAUGUUGAUGGCAAUCCUCAUCCAACACGAUAUCAGCGGCUUGUUCCAGGGCGAGAAAACUGCAGGGAUGAGCAACUUAUUCCUCAGAUGGGGGUGACUUCUUCAGGUACAUUAGAAGCAAUUUGUAAACCUCUGUCCUGAGAAUGAGAACUUUUUCAUUUUCAGUAUUAUGUGAAAUAACAUGUAUCUUUCACACAGAUUUUUAAAUACAAGAUGCCACAGAAUAUAAGACAAAUUCCUAUGUUUUAUCUUGAAAUUUAGAAGAAAAAUAAUUAAAGGGACACUAUAGUCACCAGAACAAAUAUAGCUUAAUGUAGUUGUUCUGGUGAGUAUAAUCAUUGCAUUCAGAGAAAAGGCAGUGUUUACAUUGCCCCUGGGGACACCUCCAAAUGGCCACUGGAGGUGCUGCACAGUAGGAAGCACUGCCGUUCAGCGUCUCCACGCACUGCAUGGGAACGCUGAAUUUUCCUCAUAGAGAUGUAUUGAUUCAAUGCAUCUCUAUGAGGAGGUGCUGGUUGGCCAAAAUGGCGUUUUGCUCCGCCCCUUGCUGAUUUUAGCCAAUCCAAUUGGCUAAAAAUAUGCAAUUUUGAUGUCACCAGCGUGGCGCUGGAAAUAAGGUGAGUUUUAAUUGCUUUUAAGGGGAGUAAGUGGGGGGGGCAAGCCACCUAUAUGUUUGUAUUCCUGACACUAUAGUGUUCCUUUAAAUAACCAGUUAAAUAUCUUACCACCCCUCCCCUUUGUGUUUCUGACAAUCCUGCAUUGUGAGUUUAUUGCACCCUCCUCUCUUGUUGUUUUUGGCACCUCCUCCCCCUACCCUCAUGCCACUUGAAAUCUCUUCACUAUUUACCUCACCCACCCUCCACUUUCCCCUUGUGGAUCUUUUUACCUUCUGUUCAGCAUGGCCUCAUGGACCAGAGUAGAGGAUCUUCUUUACCUGCUUUGACAUGAAACGGGUUGCAGGUCCCUCAGACAGUGCAUCCCAAGGACCCAAAUUCAAUUUCACAUUUUCUUUUGGGAUUCUUUAACCAAAAAAUUCUCUUUUGGGCUUUUAGAUUAUAUAUUUGAAGAAAUAUAGACACCCUUCACAACAAAUAUUAUAACUUUUUACACACAGGAUUAAAUCAGGUCCUCAGUCAGCAAGCGAGCACUGAUGUGAGUCCUUUGGACAGCCUGAUACAGAGACUACAGCAGGAACAAGACCAGAGGCUGAAUCCAGAUGUUGGCAUUGGUAGUAGUAACAGACUAAGCAGAGGUAAAUAAAAACUACUUGGUCUUGUUGAAACAAACUAAAAAAGGUUUGUGUACUUUCUCCCUCUAGUUACUUCUAAUUUCUGUAAACUUCAUUUCAUUGUUUUACUGCUGGUUACUGUGGCAUGGAGUCCAUCAUUAGGUCCAUCAAUUUAUUGAAUACAUUUUUAUUUGGUAGCAGAAAAAAAAUAUUUUAUGUUGUCUUGUGAUAUCUAUGGUUUAACUUGGGUCACUCUGUUUUGGGGAAUAUAUGACUUAUUGAACUAAUUAACCUUAGAUCAAAGAGGUCUGUGAUGAUGUGCCACUAAUAUCAAUGGAGUAACUAAGAAUCACAGGGCCCAAGAGCAAGACUCAAAAGGGUUAUCUUCACUUGGUCCUUGGUCCCACCCAAGCAAUACAUGUGAGUGUGCUUGUGCGUUGGCUUGCCGAGUGUGCUUGUGCGUUGGCUUGCCGAGUGUGCUUGUGCGUUGGCUUGCCGAGUGUGCUUGUGCGUUUGGUUUGCCGAGUGUGCUUGUGCGUUUGGUUUGCCGAGUGUGCUUGUGCGUUGGCUUGCCGAGUUUGUGCUUGUGCGUUUGGUUUGCCGGGCGCCCUUGUGCGUUUGGUUUGCCGGGCGCCCUUGUGCGUUUGGUUUGCCGGGCGCCCUUGUGCGUUUGGUUUGCCGGGCGCCCUUGUGCGUUUGGUUUGCCGGGUGCCCUUGUGCGUUUGGUUUGCCGGGUGCCCUUGUGCGUUUGGUUUGCCGGGUGCCCUUGUGCGUUUGGUUUGUCAGGUGCCCUUGUGCGUUUGGUUUGCCGAGUGGGAUUGAUUGUGCAGGCCUUUGCCGAGUGGGAUUGAUUGUGCAGGCCUUUGCCGAGUGGGAUAUGUAUGUGUGGAGUUUGGUAGAUUGUGAUUGUAUAUGGAGGUUUGCCUGCAUGAGUAAUGAUCUCUGCUCAGGUGUGCUUUCCUAUGCAGCUCAAUCCCUUGUGUACAUGCAGGCUUCACUGCCGGCAUAUUGGCAUCAGUACACCCCAUGAACCUCCAUAAACCUCUACUGGGGGAGUAACACAGGGACAGAGAGCAAGAAAGCCACCUGACAUCAAUCUAUGGCAUUAGACCAUGUGUGCCUCUGACCCACUGGUGUAAUGUUUCAAUAAUUUUUUCAUUCAAGAGUGUAAAUGAAAUUCUAUACAUUUGCUAGCAUUUUUGCAAUCACAAUUUAUAGAUGGAAUUUAAUGUUCUUUAAUAUACUCAUAUUUUAUGUUCACUAUAAUACAUGUUUAUUAAUAAUGUGUAUGUACAUAUUUCUGAAUUCAGAAAUAUGUCAGGUUGUUUUCUUGCUCCCUUGCACCAGGUCUUGCUGGUGAAUUAAUUCCUGUAUUCCUUCAUAACGAGAUUAAAAUUAUAGUAUCAAUCUAUGUCCACUAACACAUAUACGGGACUGUAAUGGCCUAACAAUGUAAGUGCUUUGUAAACUAAUAUUUGGCAGGAAACAAAAACAAAAUCUCUUAAGACAAUAUUUAUUAUAUUAUUUUUUAUCUUUGCGUAUAGACAACAACCACAAUCGGUUUGUUUUUUUUCCUAUAAAAUUUAAAAUGGUUUUGUAUAUCACAAACCAGUAGUGAAAUACUGUUUACAUAAUCCUUGAUUUAUACAAAACAUUCAGUUACAAUUUGCAGACAGUAUACAUCACAAAACCGUUACAUAUGAGAAAACUCCACGUAGUAUCUGAAAAAUAUGUGCAUAUUCUGAAAUUAAAAGCAAAUUGUAGUUUAUACCGUAAUAUUUAUUUAAAAAGGGGGGGUGGGAGGGGUGGAAGGGGUGGGUUGUGUAUGUAUCAGUAUUAUCAAGUGCUUCUGAUUUCUUUUUUCAUUGGUACACAAUUUUUGCACACAGCAUUACUUGUGUGACCUAUUCUUUUUCUCUAAGAUCCAGCAAACUACAUUUAGCAAAAUUCCUUCAGUAGAUUAUUCCUAUUUCCAAAGUAGUCUCUGAUGCAUGAGAGAAGCAGUGGAGCUAGACUAAAAACAUUUAGGGAAAUUGUUUGCUCUCUGGUAAAUAGUUUAUACGUAUUUGAACCAGUGGGAUUUGGCUGAAAAGGUACUGGGCUUGUUUUUCGAUCCCAACAGUAGUGUUAUGCCUUUAUAAGAUGGAAAUUUGAUAUCUGUGAAUCUCCAUGUGCAAAGAGGACCCUGUCUGGGAUAAGAAAAGUUGAGGGCUGAUAUUUUUCCAGUGAUCAGUUGACCUGGUGAAACACAGUCUGGAGUAAUGUUGGGGAGAGAGGGGACAACAAAAUCUUUGGAGGCACUGGAUCAAUAUUCGCAAUAAAUGUUUAUUGCUAAAAUAUAAUAAAUUUAUUACAGAGCAAGAAGCACAUAUUUUACUUUAUCCUUUAUAAUUGGUCAUUUUCAGAGUGUAGCUCUCCACAUAAGCAGCAUUGAUCUCACAAAGUGCUUUGACAUUGCCUUUUCCUGUGAGUGCUGAAAAUGUAUUUACUAUUGCCUGUUUUUUUUGUUUGUUUUUUUUUCAAAUGUGUCUGCCUGUGUAGUUUUUAUUUUUAUUAGUCAUUUUAUAUAGAGGAACAUAUCAGUGCAUUUUUGGGGGGGUUAGUCUUUUGUGGCUGCAUUAAGUAUUUUCAUAACCUUAUUCUUCAUUUUGAUUUCAAUUACAAUCUUGCAGCUUCCAUAAGCUCUUCCUCAGAAGUGCAUUCACCACCAAAUAUUGGAUUGAGACGUAGUGGACAAAUAGAAGGUGUUCGGCAGAUGCAUAGCAAUGCCCCAAGAAGUGAAAUGGCUACUGAACGUGACCUUGUGGCAUGGAGCCGAAGAGUUGUAGUCCCAGAACUAUCUCAAGGGGUGUCCACGUAAGUGUUUGAGAAGUCUAUCAAGUGUCUGAACCAGUUGUACCAAGCUGCUUUUGUGAAAUAUUGGACAUAGAUGGUCUACAGGUCUGUGUAAGAUUUUAAAUUGUAUUAAUCAUCAAUGCUUUCUGAAACUGCCAUGAGUACAGUUAAUUAAUAAUCUUCCAUAUAGUAUUGUUGGGUAAUUAAAGUUGUAUAUGUAUGAAAUAUAGAUAUACCGAUUGAUAUUAACACACACGCAGCCUUCAAAGACCCUAAAGUUUUUUGUUUUACACAGUAAUAUAAACACUUAUGAACGGCAGAUUUCAAAUAAAGAGACUUUUCUUAAAAUAUGUUUUUUAAUACACACUCUAAACACCAAAACAACACAAUUAAAAUCAAUUUGCUACACUAUAUAGUAUUUCAAAUUAACAAGUUAUAUAAUUUACUUGAUAAGCCUAAGGACCAACAUUGCUCCCUUUUUAUAUCUAUCUUAUCAGUUUAAGGACAAUAAAACAGAAAUGCUAACUUCCAGUGGAGGCCAGCAUACAAAACUAACAAUAUAACAAUAUGAAAUACUAAUGGAUUUACAAAGACAAGUAUUUAGUUUAUCAAUUAAUUUAAAUAUCAACCGUGUGUGUGUGUGUGUACAUAUGUAUCUCCUAAUGACACUAGUAUCUAUAUAGAAUUCCCUAUAUAUAUAUAUAUAUAUAUAUAUAUAUAUAUAUAUAUAUCUGUCAAGGAUACAGGUUACACAUUGCCGUGGCAAUCAUACUUUAGGGUACAUAUGUAGAUCACACAUGGCUUCAGUAUAUUUAUGUUCUGUUCCUUUGUUUUGUUUUACUUUAAUAAUUUUAAUAUGGAAGUGAGCUUUCUGUGAGAGAUCAGACUUUGGCUAUUGCUGACAAAUUAAUUGAUCCUAUGCUCCUUUGAAGCUGUUGAUUUUAGGAUUUCAUGUUGUUAUGUGCAUCAUAAACUUCUCUUAGUUAUUCCUCGUUGUUCCUUUAAAGGACCACUAUAGUGCCAGGAAAACAUACUUGUUUUCCUGGCACUGUAGUGCCCUGAGGGUGCCUCCACCCUCAGGGUCCCCCUCCUGCCUGGCUCUGGGGAGAGGAAGGGGUUAAAAUAUUUCCUUUCUCCAGCGCCGGGCGGGGAGCUUUCCUCCUCCUCUCCUCCUUCCUAGCGACGUCAUCGGCUGAAUGCGCAAGUGCGGCAGGAGAUGCGCGUGCAUUCAGCCAGUUCAUGAUUUUCACAGUGAGAAGCACGCAAGCGCCUCUAGCGGCUGUCAAUGAGACAGCCACUAGAGGCUCUAGAGGCUGGAUUAACCCUCAGUGUCAACAUAGCAGUUUCUCUGAAACUGCUAUGUUUAUAAAAAAAAAAAAAAAGUGUUACCCCUAGCUGGACCAGGCACCCAGACCACUUCAUUAAGCUGAAGUGGUCUGGGUGCCUAUAGUGGUCCUUUAAUCUGUAUACACUUAUGUAAAAAAUGUGAGAUAAAGAUGUUUGUUUACUUCUCAGGGUUACACACAUAAGGCUAUUUGACCUUUCUUCAGAUAAAUUACAAGCAGUGUCAUGAAUAACCAAGGCCAACUUUCAUUAUCCUUGUUAUCUGAAUAUUAGAAUUCAUACUGUACAAAAUAGCAUAACAGUAUACAUUAUAAACUACAAUCUGUUCAGAUAAAAAAGUACACACCAUAUUCAAGUUUUACUUUGUGCCAGAACACUAUCUUACAAACUUAAAAAACUUAAUGUGGGCCACCCAGUUGGUGUUCUACAUUGAGUUUUAAUCACACUACAUUUUUAACAAGAAGGUAAAAUAAUGUAUUAGAACAAAUAUUAACAUAUAAUUAGAAACCAUAGUAAACAUUCACACAGUAUUUUAUUUCCCAUCUGCUUACUUAAAAUGUGUUGUUUUUACUGUUGCUGCUGCUGUUGCUGUUCUUAUUAUUAAAGGGUUAAUCCAACCACCAUGACCACUUCCACUUUUUGAUGUGGUGAUGGUGGUAAGAGUAUGGUUGUGCAGUGUUUCAGCUUGAACCAACAACUUGAAUAACAAGUUGCAACCCACAGAACAUGUGACUUAGGCAGCCCAUAACUCUGUUCCAGGUUACCCAAUGUGAAUUUUGUGCAUUUUUUUUAUGCGUUCUGCCAACAGACAGAACAGCUUCUCCCCUUAGCUCUUGUCUCUCCUCUCUCCUAAACAGAGGUAAAUCCUCCCUCCUCCAAUACCAUUCGAUAUUUUCUUUAAUUUACCCUCCCUUCCUCCCUCAUCCUCCAUGCUAUCCCUGCCUUUAUUUUUCCCUCUCCUUGUGUCCUCGGAGUGCACGCAUGCUCUCUGAGCCAGUUAUAUCUUCCAAAGGCUUCUCUGAGAAGUCCUUGAAUGGGCCAUGGCGACUUGUACCAGUGACAUCACAAUGGAGAAGGCAUAGCAGCAUGUAGUAACUCUUCUUUUAAAAUACUCUGCGUUUACUAGGGGUGUGCGGGGUGCCUAGAAUAAUGCCAAUAGGACAUUAUUAUAUUUCAUGCAGGGAGAAACCCUUUAAAUGGCAUACAAAUAAUUUAUUAUAUAUUUCAUGUGUUUAAGGGUGGGAAAAGCAAGCUGGCAGUGGAAGAAAGCUGAACAUAAAUAUGGGAACAUAUGUUUGUGCAUUAUACUCUCACAUUAUGAUUUUUCAACCAUUUUCCAUAACCAGACAGAUGAAAAUAUUUGAGCAAGAACUCUGCAACACAUACAUCCUAAACAAUAUUGUGUUUAAAAUAAAUAAAUGUGUUUUAAAUAUUCUUACGAAGUGCUACAGCCAAUUAUCUCAGCUGUGUUUGUCAUGGUAGUACAAUUUAAAUUGGAGUUGGAAAUUAGUUUAACUCCUUAGAUGCUGCACACACCACAAUCACGCAUUCUCAUUUAUGGUGCCAUGGUAGGUGUGCACAUGUACUUGUACAGCUCUCUAGGAAAAGAAGGCCAAGUGCACAAGCUUGUACCUCAAGGAAUGAUCCUUGCAGCAUUCAGAAAGUACUAUGGAUGUAAAUAUUAUAGAUACUUGCCUUUUAAUGCACAAUUAAACCCAUCAUGUAAUAUUUACUGUUGCUUGCAGAAAAGUUACUUUUCCUUUUUAAAUCAGAAGACAAGCUGAAACAAACUAAUGUUAAUUGUGUCUGUUAUUUAAAUACAAAAAUUUUAUAGUCUUAUGUCUAUUUAUUGAUAGCAAACAAGAAGAAUGGAGAACUGCAAAAGGAGAAGAGGAAAUUCAGUUGUACAAAGCAGAAGAAAAGAAAAAAUCCACUGCAAACAAUACUGUACGAGAGAAUAAAGCUGUGUCUUACUCAAAGGUAAUAUCUUAACCUGGAAACAUUCCCUAUAUCUUACCUAGAGUUAGCCAUUGUCUCUUCCUGCCUGGAAAUGAGAAGCAUCAAUCCUGGGAUUAGUCUCAUCCAUAUAAGGGGUGGUACAAUACAAUAACAGGAUGUGAAAUGUCCCCCUUCAACUGGUUUUCCUGCCUAUUAAAGAAACGUGUGUGCAAAAACUGGUAGGAUUGUGUCAUUCAGUCAGUCUUUUUGAUUAGGAGAGUAGUUGUUAAAUUGACUACAAAAGCUUUCCAGUUCGGUUUCAUGUUGUGUAUGAUUCUAGACUUACCAGUGUAUCUACAGCUUUGGGUAAGUGAGUGGAUUGGAAUAAGGAUCACUGUUAAUUUAAUUUAACUUUCCAUUGUAAUGACUGGGCUAAAAGAAGAGAGAAUGUUGCAUCUUACAAUUGUAGUGAUUUUGUACUACCUGGAAGCAUCACACAGGUUCCUUUCUGGGAAGUUAAAUAAUAUAGCUGCACUGUCAUUUGCACCAAAGUGGCUGGAUGGAAAUACUUUCUGCAUUCUCAGUUCCUCCAUCCCUAGAUGAAACCUGAGAACCUGAUAUACCUUUUAAAAUGUUCAAGAAUACAAAACGUGGGUCUGUAGAAGAACUGUUGGAUCCUUCAUAGAUCUUCUUGCACAUGCAUAGUGAAAUGCCAUAAGCAUCUAUUGAGAAAUGCUUGUUCUCAUGAGUGACCUGCAGUGGGAAAUGGCGCAAGUUGUAUCUGAAGCUGUUUAGAGUCUCACUUUUCCACAUUUUAUCAAAAACCAACAUCUAUAGUCCCUACUUAGUCUAUUCUUAUUUUGUGAUUGUGUUGACAGUGAAAAUACAAUGACUAUACUAGUUUUUCAUAAAGUUGCUAUUUUUCUAAAAAUGCUUACGUGAUAAUGAUACUUAAACUCCACAGCGAGCAGUAGUGUUCCUUUGAGGUGUUUUAAGUGCCCUGGCACCUCCAGUGUAAGUAGUUAAUCCAUUUGACCGCUUUCCUGGGCUUCAUUGGGUACUGGUCACCUCCUCCACUGAAAGUCAGAAGCUCUCUGCAUUUUAAACAACCAUUUUUUACAUUUUGUUAGGGUGGCUCUAUUUGAUGCCAAAUGGUCUUUACAACUUGAAAAUAAAAGCAUAGGAAAAUACUAUUUUGUAAAACAUUCACAUGUGUCACUCAGGAUGUCAUUUAAUAGAUUUAUAGAUGUUUUUGUUGUAUACAUAAAGACUUUGUCUUGAUCAUGAUGUGACCUUUGCUAUUUUUGAAGAACCAUUCCCCAGACUUAUCAUUGGAUUCCGUGGAUUCUAGAAAGCAGAAUUCAAGUCAGCAUAACUAUGGCACAAGAGCAGCCCUGGAGGAGCCAUCAGGGCCACCUGAAGAACUAGAAAAUGAGAACAGCUCCUCUGAUGUAAGAUGUUAUACUACCAGACUUUUCUUGCAUUUGAUUAUCAUGUUCUUCCUGAGUAAUAUAUAUUUUACAUUUAAUUGAAUUUGACAGCUUCAGUUAUCUUGGUUGCUGAACGUAGUCUUUCUUUUAAAUUGAAGUAUUUUAAUGGAAAGAAGGUUGGAAUAGAAUUAACCAUUGAUGUUUUAUUUGUUAGGAGGUAGAUGCUGAAAGUGAGCCAGUACCUGCUAGUGGGGCAACCUCCGAAGAAGAGGAAAAACCAAAUUGGAACAGUGAUGAUAGUAGUUCCAGGUGAGUCUUUUUAUGUAUUUGGCCCCCUUUGUUGUAUGUGUUUACCAUUAUAUUAUGCUUACUGUAUCUUUUUACAGUACAAUUUUUUGAGAGUUAACAGUGCUUGCAAACAGUAACGCUAUAUAGAUGACGGUGCACAUUCUGAUUGUGGGCAUUGCUGCAGGUCAUUCCUGUUUUCUUAAAGGGUCAUUCCAAGCUCAAUAACCACUACCAUGGUUUUGAUGCAAGGAGUCUGUAGAUGACACAAGCCUUGUUUUUCUGUCCGUUUUCUAGUGAUUUUACAAGAAACACCCUGUAUUAGGCUGACGACUGUAAAUUAGCUUACCUGGUGCUAAACUUCAACGUACAUAACCCCCUUCUGUGUACAAAAUACGCUGUUCUUCUGUAAUUUAUGGCAUUUGCUCAACAAUAUCAUAAGUUACGGCUGCAUCUUGAUUGAAUGAGUCUUUUUUUGGUAUAGGGAUGACUCAUUUUGAAGCCUGCCUCCAAAUGCAAAGACUUUAAAUGUUAUAAGGCAAAUUAAAUAAACUGAAUUUGAAAUGGAAAAUACCAUAAUAGCCAGUGCUGAUACUAAAUAACACAAUAUGUUGAGGAACUCGUGUCCAGUUGAGAGAAAAUUAGGUUGGAGAUAACUCAUGAAUAGUUAAAACAAUAUAAAAUGCAGAUAGAAAAGGGUGGCUUGCUAAGCAGUCGCAUGGGAAGGGGGAUCCUCACUUAAAUUACCCUACUCUGUGUAGUAUACCCAAGGUGCCUGUGACUCCUGAAAUUACCCAAAUUAAUCCUGAACACGUUGGGCGCCGAUCAGAGUAUUCUUGUGACACGCGACAGUGGACCCUUGGACAGUGGACCCUUGGUCCACUGUAUCUGCGGCCUAGUCCGCAGUGGACUCCCUCGGGCUGAGUCGUGUCUGGAACCCAUAUCUCCACACACUGCCUCCGGACUGGUGGGGGUCAUCCUGUCCCCACUGUGCUGACUUACAUCAGGGCACGUUAUUUGCCACUCUUGCCUCACCUCGGAAAGCACUUCUACAAGGAAAAUGGCAGAGGUAUUCCAUCAAGGACUUAUUCUGACGCAGACACUGCAGAAUCAAAGCAGCCUGGUUAAAACCUGUCUGCAGACCUGGAGAAUAACCAACCCAGCCACAGUCUGGCUACCCCAGGCAGGCAGAAACCGACCCUAGUAACCGCUGAAAGGAACACCCGCGAACACAGGAGCGAAGAUCCAUAGGCUAAGGUACAUGGCUACCCACAGUCCCAGGGCCACAUAUCUCCUGCAUUGCUUCCUGACACCCCAUAGCGCAAUAUACAGGGGGACUCAACUCCCCAGCCAGCAUGCCCCUCCCAGUUCUACAUGGCCCAGUAAGAGAUAUUAAUAGACGAAGACGCACUGGGACAAUAUAACUGAAAAUGCAUAGACCAGCAGAGGAAACCCCAGUGCCAGAACUAGACCGGAGAAGGACUUGGCUGUAGGUCCUAAUCAAAGCAAGCGUGACGGGUAAAAAUAACGCUUACACAAGCGGUGUUGUUUAUUACUGUUUAUUACUGUUCAUUAAAUAGACAUACGUGUUCUAUCUGUAAUAUUGACUUGUACUAAACUGUUACACAUGUAACCUUGUUUAAAAGAUGAAAAUGCAAAAAAAAAAAACCUGUCUGCAGAGGUUGGAUGCCCUCUUUUAAUGCUUCUGGGCCUUGGUUAGGUUUACAGUACACUGUUUAACCACAUAUGAUUUUUAAUUUUUUUUUUUUACUUCCUUUAGCUUUGUAUCUUCACAGCUGUACCAUGAAGCUUUAAAUCAAAUGAAGUCCAGUACCUAUGACUUUAACACAUAUUUAGCUUAUAAUUUUUGCCAAUAGUAAAGACUAUAAACGUAUCACUCUAAUAUAUUCUUAUUGGGUACAUAAUGCAAUUAAAUGCAUCAGACUGAAAAACAAUCAUAACUUACGUCACGGUAUUUAUUGUUUUCUGUUUGUACCCGAGCACUGAGGAUUUACAGUAUAUUUUCUGUUAAAUGUUAUGGUGACUAAUCUCGCUAUGAGAUGUUCACUCAAAAUCAGGAAAAAACGCUUUUGUUGUGUGCUCCUUUGCAUACACUGGGAGUAGAUUCAAUUAAAGAAAUAUUAGCUAGAGAUUUUUUUUUUUUUCAUGAGCCAAAAACUUAGAACAAGAAGUUUAAGCAAGUUUAGACUUGACCAUAAUGUCCAAGGUUGAGCAUUAUUUGAAUUAUUACAUUAUUUAUACAUUACAUUAUUUGACAUAAUUUGUGCAUUGAAAUUGCCUAAUUUUGUACAACAUUCCCAUUUUCUUCCAGUGAUUAUUCAAGUGAUUACUCUGACUGGACCGCAGAUGCUGGUAUCAAUCUUCAGCCACCAAAGAAAAUACAGAAACCUAAAAUUAAGAAAGAUGAGAGCAGCUCUGAGGAUGAGGAAGAGGCUGAGAAGUUUAAACAAAAGCAGAGCAGAAGAGAAAGGAAGAAAGGAAUUGAGGAGAAGGAUGGACCAUCUGCAUCGCCAAAGAAAAGGAAAACUAAAGAACGGAAACAGAAGGUAAAACAGUCAGACCUAUAUUUAUAUUGGAACGUAGCUUUUAUUUCUCUAGUCCCACUUCACAGAUAUUGCUAAACUAGAAGUUACUCUUCUGCUUUAGAAAUCUAAGUUGUGUCCAGCUUGAUUCAUUGGUCACAGAGUAUUGUGAUGGUCAGCUUAUGAUUUCCAUUCAAACACAGAAACUUCCCCCUUCUGCAUAAGUGAUAUCAAUUCUGUCACUUUAGCAAUAUCUGUGAAGAUAAACCAACUAUAGGUGGCUGGGAGACAGGUGAGCCAUACCAUUCAAAAACAGUUUAACUCCCACAAGCUUCUUACCCAUGACGCACCCCUCCCACACCCCCCGCUCAUGGGUAUUCUCUCUAGAGAACCCAUUCCACCCUAUGUCUCUUUUGGGCCUACCACCCAUCCCCCACAUUCCCCGGUUAAUAUCCCUUCCUCCCACAAAGAAUCAAGUUCAGGAAUUUCCUGGUACAUGAUAUAAGGCUCAGUUGACAGGAGUAUGUGUUGCUCAAUGUAAUCUUGAAAAUCACUGCUCAUGCAUUACCUACUUUACUGUAUGUUGUUAUCAUUAACAGUUUACAUGGAUGUAAUGUGACAUAAUUUAUCGGAACUAAAAAAAAUGGUCAAAUUUCAAGAACAGUUUAACUCUCAACAGUGCAAGGGGAUUCCUGACACCAUAUCCACUACAGUUGGCUGUGUUCAUUUUUGUUGAGCUGCUAGGAACAAUAUAUGCAUUAAUUAUUUCAGAUAUUGUGAUUUCUCUACAUGCGGAUUGUUUUAUUUUCUCUUAUCUUUUUCAGCGGUUACCAGUUGGAGAAUUGACAGAACAAGGUUUAACUUUGGAAGAAUGGCUGCCCUCUGCCUGGAUUACCGACACUGUCCCACGGCGCUGUCCUUUUGUACCACAAAUGGGUGAUGAGGUAAAAUGUUUUAUUAUGGAUACCAACUAUGGCCUCGAUUUUACCAUUUUUCAUAAUCUUAAAAUAUAUCAAUAUAUUAAAAAUAAUAUAAAGUCAUUUGAAAAGUUUAUCAAAAUAAAUUAAAUCAAGGCCUCUCUUCACUGUUAUCCAUGUUGUUCCUUCAAUGUCAUAAUGUGAUUUCUAGUUAAUGUAUACACUAUUGGGUUAUUGUCAUCUGAAACCAGUUAUAGUUAGACUGAGAGUAUGCCAGAGUAAGCCUUCCCUUUGUACCAAGAGUUUGAGUUUCAUGUGAUUUUGAAAUAAAGUGACAUUGUUCACCUUUAAAUAAGUGAAGAAACCAGCCUUGAAUCCCAGUUAAAUAUUCAGCAUGCCUAUUAAAUCACCAUUUAGUAUUCCUGUCCGAAGCAAGUGCACCAUCCAAGUACUCUAUGUUCUGGAGUUCCAACAGGUCAAUCCCAAGUAAUAUUAAGUAAACAGAAACCGCAGGAGAAAAAAUGUAAUAAUCCCAUAGGGUUAUUAAUAUUCCAACAAAAACAAAAUAGUAUGACCAUAUUAAAAAUGGAGUGCAUCAUAAGGGUCAAAACAUCAACUUGACACGCACCAUCUAUGCAUUUCGUUUUACAACUUUAUCAAGACAGACUCAUGCAAGCUUUGUCGGUAAGAUGGAAUUGCAGGUGCAUUGUGUAUAUUAGAUAUGUAUAGAUAAUGUUAAAAGCCCUAAAUGUCCUUGAAACUAUGUUUGUAUUCUUUACAGUUUUCAUGAUUUAUUUUCCAUAUUCCUUGCUGCUUAACAAUAGUGAUGUUUUUCCAGUGAGAGUUAUAGCAUAAUGUACAUUUUAAGUGCAAUAUAUAUUUUUUUUAAUUCUUUAUUUUAGUUGUGCAUAAGUGGUACAAACAGGCUUGCAAAGCCACAACAGCGAGAGCAAGCGCAUUUAAAAAAAUUAAAAUAAACUAACAGCUUGUAUAUGAGAGCAGACACAUGCUUGGAAUGCAAAAAAAGACCACUGUGUCCUAGACUGUAGUCACGACACAUAAUGGACAUUUAGCCAAGAUAUUGUGUAAACAAAAUAAUGACCUGUUAUAAUACUCUGCUGAUUAAGAUAAUUAUGCUAUAACACAUGCAAAAUGAAUGUUCAAGAAAUAUCUAGUGUGUCUAAGUCGCUGUCACAGCAACCUGUCCCACACACCACAAAAGUGAAUGGUGACAAGGAAAAAAUUAUAAAAGAGAAGAGGUCAAAUCCGGAAUAUACAGCUGGACACAAAAUGAGAGCUGAUAAAUAUUCAAUAACUGAGUUAGACAGACAAGUUGGGCAGAAGGAACUGUAUGCAAUAAUGAGACUGGGAUCAGCCAAUUCCUUCGCUUGGGAGAGGAACAAUAGUAGCCGAGAGAUCGCUGAUAAUGGCGACUGCAGUAGUAAGACAUGACAACCCUGUAGCCCCGGGCCUGAAAGAAGACCUGCAUCACUGAGUCAGGGACUCGGAGACUUGUAAAGUCCAAGUCCUUUAGCACAGGGGGACAGCAGAGGGCCGAUCCUGACUUUUGCCGUUGUGUACCCCGCGUUCUCUGCUGGCGUGGUCAAUGCUCUAGUGUUAAACCUUUAGUCUAGGUGGGUGUACAGGGAGGGGAACUUGGAUCUGUGCUGCACCUAAGUGAUGUUUACCUCCACUCCGGACUUUAAUUCUGGAGUUCAGCUGUGCUGGUGUCAUUUGGGCUUCAAGUUUAGCCCAGAAGUCUUGGAACAUCUUGUCCAAUCUCUGCAAAUCUCUCUCAACCAGGUCAUUUCAGUCCUGUAGAGUUAUCAUUAGUGUUCUCAUGUUGGAGCGCCAUCGCAAUUUUGUAUAUUGCUAUUAUCAGAACUUAACUAUAACAGAACUUUAAACAUGGUAUGGUCUUCUGUUUUCCUGCUAUGUCUUCGAACUGCAUCUUAUUUUGAGCUUUUGAAAAAUAAGAAUUAAAGUUUUAUAUAUGCAGUUUAUAUAGUUCUUCCUGAGAUUGAUUGAUUGAUUUAUUAUUUUUAUUUUUCACCUAGGUAUAUUAUUUCCGACAAGGCCACGAAGCCUAUGUUGAAAUGGCAAAGAAGAACAAAAUCUAUAGAAUUAAUGCUAAGAAGCAACCCUGGCAUAAAAUGGAACUGCGGGUAAUUUUUUCAUGUGAAUUCGAAUUAAACUUCUUUUAUACUCUCCCAAAGAACAAAAAUGAGAGAAAUAUUUGUAAUUGGUUGGUAAAAACAACAAUGGUAAAGGUUGUAUGUUCAUAAAAAAUUAUGACAAUGUAAUUUGCCUUCAAAGUUGCUGAGGAUUAAUCCUGAAUUAUUUUCUAAAUAUUUUACCGGAACCAGACAAACACGUCUCAUCCACUUCUGUUUCUCAAAAAAGUUUUUGGGGUUAUUUGUUUUACACGUUAAACAGUACCUAUGACAAACGGUUGUUUCACUUUACAGGAAAAGAAAUUGCAAUAUGUAUAUUGUGUUAAACAAAGGGCUAGCACACAUAUAAGCUAUUAAUCCUUUAUAUGUUUUAACAUCUUUGACUUCAUCACUAUUCUAUUGACAUACCUUACUGAAAUUUGAGCUUGGUUUCUACAGAUAUUGUGAGCGACAAGUUCACUUAAUCACAAUAUUGAUAGUAAAGAUUACUUGUUUUGUAGUGUGUGUGUAUGUGUAUGUGUAUGUGUGUGUGUGUAUAUAUAUGUAUGUAUGUAUAUAUAUAUAUAUAUAUAUUUAGUAAUCUUUACUAUCAAUAUUGUGAGAUAUAAACCCUUUUAGUUAUUUAAGCUACAUCUUAUUUUCCAAUUUAUUUAUUCAGCAGGGAUUUUUAUUUUAUUUUUACUUUUAAACCUUUAUUUUGCAGGAACAAGAACUUAUGAAAAUUGUUGGCAUUAAGUAUGAAGUUGGACUGCCAACACUUUGCUGUCUUAAACUUGCUUUCCUUGAUCCAGACACUGGUAAACUGACCGGAGGAGCCUUCACAAUGAAGUAAGGAAUAUAUCUCCCUAACUACACUAACUAAAUUUGGUACUUACAGCAUUGCUAGUUCAUACUAAAUGAAAGUUUUAUGUAUAUCUGUAUCAAACAAGCUCUGCACCAAAAGCUAAUCCGAAAAGAUACGGUCUACUGCAUACCUCCUUCUGCUAUGCAAACGCUGGAAAUGGACAUGACAGAAGCUCAGUUGCCAUGUCCCCAAAUAAAUUAUGUUGAGUGAGGGCUUGUUAACACCUGGGAGAUUUCUACACACUAUGCAGAAAACAGCUUGUAUUACACUCUAUUUGACCCUCAUAGGGCUGAUAUUUAACACCGGGGGGUGCCGUUUCUAAGUGACCGGCAGGAGGGGUGCUCAUAACCUCCUGCCAGUCAAUACAUGUGGCGUGGCCAAGCCACGGACCGCAGUACCAGAGCUUGUGUAUCCUCUACCCGGUCUGGCAGAAAGGGUGUGCAAGGAGCGCCAAACAGCUUCCUGUCAGACCAGGUAGAGGUUACGUGAGAGAAGGGAGUUGAGCUUGCACAUGGGGAAGAAGCUCACGGAGGGUAUGAGAUGCGGAGGAGGCAUGAGGAGGCACACCGAGGGCUGAGGAGGGGAAGAGGCACAUGGAGGGCUGCGGGGGGGAGGAGGGGGAGAUGUACACAGAUGAGACACACAGAAAAUUGUGCAGGAGGCACAAAGAGGACUGAGGUAAGGUAGGUGGUAAUGCACAUAAGCAGUGCCAGGCAGUUUUAUCCAAUAAACAUUGUGGCAACACAGUGUUGAGUCACCUGUUAAUUUUUUCAAUAUCGAAAACAUAAACCUUAUCCUCAUAAUGCUGGUCAGGAUUUGUUUAAAUUAGAGGCUUGGCUUUGCUAAAUGUAAAUGUGGUUGACAUGUCAUAGGAGUUUCUUCUUUUUCUUUUUUCUUUUUUUUAAACCGUGCAGUUAUCUUGUGCUAUAUGACUCACAGAAAAUGUACCCUACAGGACAACAGUUAUUAUAGUGCCUCAUAAUACAACUUAAAUUAUAUAUUCACUGUAUGGUGAAAGAAUUUAUCCAUCCAAGAAAUGUGCUGAUCAUAUGACUUCCUUCAUCUAGUUAUUGGAGGAGUGAUUUUGUUAGCUAAAUACAAGUUUCCUGGGACUAUCUCUUUAUAUUGUAAAGCAAAGCAGAAAACUAUACUCUUCUUAGCUUUUUCAGAAUAUAACUUAAAUGUCAGCUUUAGGUAACCAUUUAGUACAUUUUGCUUUAAAUCUUUUUUUAUAACACAGUGUCUGCUUUAAAUUUAGGUAUCAUGACAUGCCCGAUGUUAUUGACUUUCUUGUCCUCCGCCAGCAGUUUGAUGAAGCCAGGCGUCGGCAGUGGAGAAUAGGUAUGUAGAGGUUGACAUACAUAUCCUAGCAGGAGCAAUGCUUGUAAGUCUGAAAUAAAUUAUCUGAAUUUGUUUUCAAAGACUAAUGAUUAAUGCUGCCUUUCUCAGAUGGUACUUAUUAUGAAAACAUCCUUUCUGUUUGCAGACCAAAUGAUAUUUAUGUUUAUAUUUAUAUAUUUCAAGGAAGGUGCACUCACAGGGCAUCGUAGAUAAUUUUGAUAGCUUUAUUGUGCAUUCGUACACCAGGGCAUGUACAUUUUCUGGUGUAUAAUUGCACAAUAAAGCUACCAAAAUGUUCUGGAAGUACUUUGAGUGCACCUUCCUUGAUAUUUAUAUUUUGGCAUAAGAGUUUUGCACCUAGGCAAGGACUGUCAUGCCAUUUUCAGUGUUAUUUGGAAAAGAACAGCACAUAUGUGCAUAGCAAUCUUCCAGGUAAAAACCGACCUCCAUACUAGAUCUGUGUAUGUUACAAAACAUUUAUUUUUAAAAAUUUAUUUUGGGCGUUUACAAAUUACGCGGCAUCACCUUUAAUUGCCAAGUGAAUUAUUAGUCUGUAUUGCUUUAUUAAGGUGAUCGUUUCCGGUCUGUGAUUGAUGAUGCCUGGUGGUUUGGAACUAUUGAAAGCCAAGAACCUCUUCAGCAGGACUAUCCUGACAGCCUUUUUCAGUGCUACAAUGUCUGGCAAGUAUUCCCAUGUUUCCCUAUAAUACUUCUGAUAGUAUCCUAUCUAUGUGCUUCUGAUGUUUAUCUGUUAAUUAUCUGUUAAUCUUUACAGUAUUUUGGUUAUUCACUUAAGUGAGAGCUGCCAGGAAUUUAAAGUAAACUUCAAAAUUUAGGCCAAAAUAGCUAAAUUAGAACAGUUUCCAAGUCAAUUAUGUUCUUAGUUUGGCUGUUUUGACUUUAAUUUUGAAUUCCCAGAAAUUUUUCUUUAGUUUCAGUGGUCAGACUGUUUGACUCAAAUCUUUACUUUAGUUUCUAUAAGUGGAUGUGAACACUGAAUGUGUUUGUCCAGCACUCUUCACCAGUCAUUGCCACCUAAACAUUUCAGUACUAGAGUGCAAUGGGGGUCACUUUGUAGGUGCCUGAGAAAUCCCUCAUUUUUUGUCAAAGUGUUCAGAGUGUUUGACUCAAACUACUGGAAUGGCGUGUCCACCAGGACCCACAGACUAUUUGCUCUGUAAUUACAUAACCAUAGUGGAUAUUGUGAGACUCCCUUUACUUGGCUCUUGUGUACUGAAUGAAAGUGAAACUGUGUCAAUGCAAAGUGACACCAACAGAGUCUUAAAGACAUACACUGUAAGCACAAAUACAACUUAACCUUUAUGCAUAAAAUGAUUUGACUUUUAAUUGGCAGAAAACUGAACAUUGAGAGAGCAGGGGUGUUAUCUGUAUACCAAAACCAUUUCAUUAAGCUUGGUUAUUUUGGUUCUUGUAUUUUAGAUGUAAACUUCUGAUUUAAAGAACACUCAAUCCAAAAAAGUAAAUUACAAUUUAUUAAAAUUUUGAGAAUAUGGUUAAGAUGAAUAAAAAAAAAUAUAUUUUGGUGUUAGUAGAUUUGAAUGGUGUCAUGCAAUCUAUUUUCAGUUGGGACAAUGGAGAUACUGAAAAGAUGAGCCCUUGGGACAUGGAAAUAAUACCCGAUAAUGGUUCGUAUUCUAGAGAGUCACGAACAUGUGAGUGGGGAAAUGGGGGUUUAACUUUCUUUUGUUUUUUGUGUUGUGUUAUGAGACAUUUGCCAAAUGGCAAUAUUGUUUGUUUAUUUGAAUUAGUGUAUUUAUGACCUUCAUAAGUGAAAUAACUAUUUUACCAUAAUUGUAUUUUCAGUCAGGAAUACAAUAAUGCAUUGUCCAUUUCAUGGCAAUAUUGAUAAAAUUGAAGCAAAUAACCUAGUCUUUAAAUUUUAGUAGUUUUGACUGCACUGAAUAGACAAGUUAAAAUGAUUGGUGCUAUUUGGCACAACAGGGAAUAUUUUUAAGUGUGACAAUGUUCUUGAUCCUGAUUGACAUUUAAAACUGCACUCCUAAUGACUAUGAUUUGCAAAACCAAUUAUAAUCGACAUUCAAGUAAGCAAAAUUUACUGUUGAACUCCAGGGAACUUGGAGCUUUUAGACAAGUGAUACUUGGUAUAGUGUCUGCAUCAAGUUACAAAGGUUUCUAGAAAAUGUACAGAUAAAUAAGUAGGGUUUAAGACAAUCUCUGUCCAGACAAUCUCUUACCAUGUUGAUGGACACUUGAUUGACUUUGAAGUUAGGUUUUAGCUUUUUUUUUAUUCUCAUGCCUCAUGAUUAGGUUUAUGCAUGUUUUUAAUGCAUAGAUUUUAAAAUUACUUUGAGAUAGGUAUGUGUAUUUAUAUGUAUGUUUUGUGUCAUCCACUAAUAGAGGAUUUUAUUUGAAUUUUGUACUCCUUACACUACAAUCCCAAUGUAUAUUUUAUUUUCAUAACCUAUAUAUAUUUUAAUUAGACAUAUUGGAAUUUAGCUGACGCUUUGGAGAGAGCAUAAAAGUUUUAGUGUUUUCAACAUUAAUGAAGCUAUCUAGAAGUGCAAAGCGUGUUUGUUUUAUCCCUAAUCACUUUUUUGUUUGUGUUUUUUGUCUCUUAGCCGUAUUUCCAGAUGAACUGGGCAACAGUGUCCCUUUGACUGAAAAUGAAGUUCGCUCGUUGCUUUACAGAUCCCUUGAUGGAGAAUGGGGCUGUAGAAGCAGAGAUGAAGAAUGUGAACGAAUAAUUGCUGGGAUCAACCAGCUGAUGACACUCGGUAAUCUCAAAUUAUAUUGCGGAACUUUUUUUGGGAGGUCUUCCAAACAAAAACAAAGUUUAACUUUGGAUAUCUGAUCUAUAUUUUAGAUAUUGCUUCUGCAUUUGUGGCACCAGUGGAUUUGCAAGCUUACCCACUAUACAGCACUGUUGUUGCAUACCCAACUGAUCUAAGUACAAUCAAAGAACGUCUAGAAAACAGAUUCUAUAGGUUGGUUUUAUCUCAAUUGCAAGGAGGAAUUAUUUUCUGUUUUUUGUGGGGGGAAUUUUAAUAUUUGCCUUUCUCUGUAUACAUUUGUUUGAAUAUAUUCUAUACUUUCUAAUUUGCAUUAACAAAAACUAUCUUGUUUACUUACAGGCGUCUAUCAUCGUUAAUGUGGGAGUUACGAUAUAUAGAGCAUAACACACGAACAUUCAAUGAGCCUGGAAGUCCAAUUGUGAAGUCUGCUAAAUUUGUAACAGAUGUCUUACUGCAUUUUAUAAAGUAAGUUUAAAUAUUGGAAAAACUGGUGAUAGUACAUUUUAUUGCAAAGCAUUACAAAAGGCAAAACUAAAUCAUGUAGAAAAUAAAUUAUGACUGGAACCAAAAUUGACUUAGUCUGUACCAGUAUCUUUUUAUUUUUGCUUAUUGGACCUGAUUCAUUCAUGUGUUUUGUUUUUAACAUGAUUUUCAAACUUGUUAAAUUGUUUGGUUAAUGUUUGUUUACGCACAGCUAAAAAGACAUUUUAUAAUAUCUUGAGUUUUUUCACUCGAAAUUGUAGGGGAGGUGGAAAUCAAGUGAACCUUGAUCAAAUUGCUUUGAUUGAUGGAUGGUAGAGAAUAAAGCUACAUCUAGAAAUUUAAAAUUAAAGCAAGGACUUGGUGACUCUGUUGUACAAAUUAAGAACAGUCACUUUGUCAUUUUCUGUACAUAAUGCUAGACGAAUGGCUAGCAAAUGUAUAGAUCUAGUUAUGUAGAUUUAAUUAUACUUACUGGCGCACUUUGUUUUCAGUGCUGAGUGACAAAAUUCCUGUGCACUUGAGCCAGUCCCUUGCAUUGGUGCCUGAUGCAUCCUUUGCGGAUUUCUUCCUGUGCAUCUGUUACAGCAACCAUCAUGGAAGGUGGGCAUGUGGUCUUUAGGCAACUGUAUUUUUUAAUCUAUGCAUUUACUGGUGAUUUAAUCACAACAAUGCAUACCUUAAAGUUCAGAAUCUACAAAUAUGGCAUGUUUAGAAAAAUGUCCUGUGAAUGAGAGUCCCUUUAAAAAUCCUGCUUCAGAAUAUGUUUGUUUUAUUUUUUUGUGGGAAUGGUUGGUUAGUAUUGUUUAAGUUGGAGCAACCUUCGCUUGUCACGGUGAAAAAAAUAUCAGUUGUUAAAAACAUUAACGCUUAAGGACGGAGGCAAAACGUUUUGAAACAAAACCUAGAAUUUGAGCUAUGUCUGUUCAACCCUAAUUUACCUCUUCUAUAUUGAGUGUACCCACACAUAUUUAAUUUCAUAUGAAACACAAUGUAAUAUGAAUAAAAUCUAAAAAGAAAUGAAGAAAUGUUAUUCUUUUUUCAAGUUCUGCAUGGCAUUUUAACAAUGAAUGUCAUACUCUUAACUCAUGUACGGGUUUCAUUAUGUUUUGGAAAGUUAUAGGGUCAAAUAAAGCGCUUGCCCAUUUCAGGAUUUUGCACAUUGAAAUUUGCCGGAUUGGUUUGCUUGGCCUAUGUUGCCUUUGAGACCGUAUGGCAGUCCAGAAGUGAAAAUUACCCCCAGUCAUGGCAAACUUUUGCAAACACAGGCAAUCCAGGGUAUUCAAAAUGUUCAGUCUUAUGUAGUAGCCACUUAGUCACAAAUCCUGGCCAAAGUUAGUGUUCAAACUGCACUUUCAACAUAAUCCAAAUUCUGAUCUGAAACCUAAUACCAAUCCUAAUUUAAAUUUUAGACUUAUCUUAAAUAUAGACCUAAUAAUAAACCAAAUACUACCACUAAUAUUCAUUCAAACCUAAUCUUAAUCCCUAAUUUAAUCCUAAUCCCAAAGGACUCUCUCUGCUAAUAUCACUACUCAUAGUAGCAAAAGGAAUUUAAAGGUAAAACGGAGUGGUAUGUUGCUUCCAUCUAGUGGCUGUUUUCAGUAUGACAGCUUUAUAUCUUUAACGUGGAAGGUAGUGUGCUGAGUGCAUUGCGCUCAGUGCUGGGCAACGAACAAAGAUAAGGGGGUCUGCCAAUCACCAGAUCCAAUGGGAGAAUCACUGUGGAUGAGAUGUUCUGUCAGCUGCAGUGUUCUCUAUGGAUUUAAAUUGCUAUAUGCAGUGCUGAAAUUUUGGAGCCACUGAAAAUGUCCACAACUGACAGAGCGGAGACCAAAGUAUUUGACACAUGGGUUUCCUGGUGUGAUAAGUGAUUCAACCCUUCUCACACUGCAUUGUAACAACGGGGAUUUAAAUCCCUGAUUGCAGCGCUCACUUUGAGCUCUUCAAACAGAGCAUAGUCAGUCUGUGGUCAAAAAUUUUGGCCACAGCUGAUUGAACCCCUGCUGGUACUUUUACUGCAUGACUGUCUAUAUCCUGUCACUGGGCAUUAAAGCCUUGACUGUCUAUGCAUUAUGGCAUAGACAUGGCAUAGACAGUCAUGUGGUCCUUAAAUAGUCAAUAAUUGUGCAUACAUAUGUGAUCCUAUAAAUAUCAUUGUUACAUUUCUGACAAGAUAAGUUUAUAUAUGGCAAAGUCUGUAUUCAAAAUGUCAUGUGCUAAUUACUCUUUACUCAUUUUAUUGUAGUUUUAUACUUUUUGUAUGUAAGUAUUAUAAAUUUUUCAAACCAAAUUAUUUUCUCCCCUCAGAGACCAGUGUUGCUAUGACAUUAUUCCACUAUAUAACAGUAUGAAGAAGAAGCUGCUGUCAGACUCAGAAGAGGUAGUAAAACUGUACUUUUUUGAUGUUAAACAGGUGGUCUUUCCCAAUGUUUUUGUUUUUUGUUCCCUUAAAAUCACUUAAUCACUUUAAUCACAAAAUUGAUUAUACGUGUAUUUAUUAUUUAUUUUUAAUCUUUAUUUUGAUUAUUGAUUUCAAAGCAUAGUGUUACAGCAAUGAAUCGGUUUCAAUAUUGAGUACAGUAGGUUUAGCAGGUAUUUGUUGUAUAAUUGUAUUAAUUACUCAGAUUGUAAGACAUUAUGUGACUCUAUUACUCUUGCUGUGGUGCAUUGAGGUAACAUAGUUUUACACUAAACCUGUUGUGUCGCAAGUCAUAGUGGUGUCUCAAUGGUUAGUCUGCAGAUUCCAGAGAUAACCAAUAGUUUACGUUUUCCGUAGGUUAAUCUCCUGAAUGGUUUUGUCUGGGUGAGUUAAGUAAGGGGGGAGGUCAGCAGGCAUGUCCGGGUUAGGUUGAGAGGGGACGUAAGUAGGGUAAGGAGGAGGAGAGAGUGAGGGAGGGAGAAGAGAGAGAAAAGAAAAAAAAAUAUGGGUAAGAGAGGGGGAGGGUAGAGGUGAAGGGAGGGGGAGGGUAGAGGAGGUUUAGCUGCCUGCACUGUUGGCAGUUGUGUACAACAGCCAUGGGGUCCAGGUCUUUGUACAGCUGUCUGAAUGACCGUGUAGUAUUGCAGUCAACGAUUCCAUGGAGUAUAUCUCUCCCACCCUGUCUAUUCAUUGUUGGAAGGAUGGCGCCCCUGUUAGUUUCCGCUGUCCGUAAAGGUUUGGUCAGGGAUUUCUUGUAUGUCUUAAUGGUCAUGUCUGUGUGGUGUAGGAGCAUGGGGAGAGGCUGGAGAGGUAGGUCAGGGUCCAUGAUCUCUCGGAGCUUGGAGUUCACCAUCGUCCAAAAGGGGGUUUUAACUGGGCAAGUCUACCAUAUGUGGAGCAUAGCGCCGUCCUCUGCACCACAUCUCCAGCAGUUACCCGGGAUGUCGGUGUUAAUGUGAUGCAGUGUGUCUGUGGUCCUGUACCAAUUGGAUAGUAUCUUGUAGUUUGUUUCUUGGAAUUUCGAGCUGAUGGAGCAUUUGUGUGUGAGUAUGUCAAUUUUAUCCCACUCUUGGUCAGUUAGCGCUUCACCUCCCUCUCCCACUUUGCGGUAAACCUUAAGGUCUUCCCUUAGUAGCAUGUUAUUGAGCGAGGAGAUGCCUCUUCUUGCAUGCUGUUGGGAUGUGCAGAGUGACUCGAAGUGUGAGAGAGAUGUUUGAAGGGGGUGGGUGUAUAGUUGGACUUGAUUUGGUGGUAGUGUCAGGGAGCAAUGGUUUGAGUUGAACACCAUCACACCAUUGGCAUAUGUAUGACCAGUCUGUCUGGUGGAGAGUGUGGAGGUCAGCCAGGGAUAGGCCUCCUCCCAAAUCUUGGUUGGGAAAUGUAUUUAUUUUAUAGUAUGAAACCUAGUCGAUAAAGCCUCACUCGUCCUUAUUUAUAAUCUAGAUAUGAUUACGAGCCUGUAGGGGAAUGCCUAUCCCUGCCAUAAGCCACUAGUCCAAAGGUAGGCUACCUUCAACACGCAAGAUGUUGUAGACUACAUUUCCCAUGAUGCAAUUCCAGCAAUAUGGUUGUAAGAGCAUUGUGGGUGAUGUAGACCACAAAAUCUUGAUUGUCGAAGGUUGCCUAGUCACUGAUAUAAUGUCUAAAAAUUUUGCUGAAAAUAUUAGCACACCCUCUACUUCCAAAUACAGAAAGUUUUAAUGGGCCAUAUUAUUCCUUAGUGAAUGGGCUCUGACCAUUUCACUGUUAAUGUGAGUGUAACAGUCCAGAGAUUGUUAAAGAUUGCAAUAGCAGUUUUGAAUAACUUUAUUUUGUGCUAAAUGCAGACAUUCCUUUUACAUUCUUUUGUCAUGUUCAGCAAAGCAGACUGCUAGUAAUGCCUUCAGUUUCUUUCGAAUAUCUAUAAGCAGUUUAUUUAGAAGGCAUUUUUAUUUAGAAGGCAUUUUUAUUUAGGAAAUUGUCAGCUGUACUUGAGAAAACCGUUUUUUUGCUUUUAUACUAACUUUUUAGACCCCGAGUAAAAUAUAAAAAUGCUAAAUUAAGCCCUGCUCUCAAACUUCCACUACUCCACUUGUGGCAGCAAUGACUCAAGUACUCAUCAGCCACAAUACAUAGUACAAAAAAAAAACACAUAAAUGUUACCUGCACACUGUCCCAAAUCCCUAUGUACAUUUAAAUAACUUGAGUUUUUUGUAUCACUCCAAUGGCAAUUCAAGUGUUAGCUCACUUACCAUGUCAAGGCAAAACCUCUUAGGUGAGUCCUAAACUAACAAUUCACCUUCCGGUUUCAGUCAUGAGAGAGAAGCAGGGAUAAGCUGUAACUUCCUAUCCCUGCCUUUCUCCAUUCACAGAGCCACCUACUGGCCGGCACUGGUAUUGCAGUUUAUUAUCACACAAACUAAAAAUAGCAGCACAAGCUGCAAAAUCCCCCUUGUACCCCCCUGUGGACGCCCAUGCAGAGAGGGUUAAAACUUAUUGAGGGAGGAGCAGCCGGCAGCACUGUAACAUGGAUUGUAGUACAAAAGCAAAUACAACCAUGCAAAAUAAAGCCAUGUGCCCAAACUCCCACUACUUCUGGGUGGCAGCAUUAGCCUCAAUACAUGAACAAAAAUCAAAAAAAGUUACCUGCGCUCUUUCCCAAAUAUGAAAUUAACAUGUUCAAAAUAUUCCUUCAUGUCCCAAAUAUUUUUAUGGAGGAUGAAUAAAUAAGUAAAUAAAAAUUGUAUGACUUUAAUGUAAGUUUGUUUGUCUGCAAAGCAAUCUAUACACAAAAUUGUUGUGUUGUGAUAUGUUUAUAUGUUAACUAUCAAUCCCUUGCUUCAAAUAAAUGUGUGAAUAUUUCUUCCAUCAAAAAGGGCUUGGUAGUGAAGGAGUUAAUAACAAAACUGCUACACCCAUAGAGAUUAAUUUUCAAGGCACAUAGGAGAAAUUACCCUAUGCAAAAAAAUGUGUCUUUACAGGAAUGUUGAUAGGGUAAAAAACUGUAAUGCAAUAAAUGAUAAACGUUGAAUACUUUCUACAAAUAUAUAUAUAUAUACCGUAUUUUUCGCUCCAUAAGACGCACUUUUUUUCCCCCUCAAAAGUGAGGGGAAAUGUCUGUGCGUCCUAUGGAGCGAAUGUGAAGCUUUACUUACUUGUCUUGUAGCGUUGGCAGGCAGCACAGCGCGCUCCACGGUACAGGAACUUCAAUUUUAGGUUCCGGUUUCCGGCGGGACUGAAAGGAAGUGCACACUCAGUGUGCACACUUCCUUUCAGUCCCGCCGGAAACCGGAACCUGAAAUUGAAGUUCCUGUACCGCGGAGCGCGCUGUGAAGUCGGCCCACGCUACAAGACAGGUAAGUAAUUAUGGGACAAGGGGAAGGGGGGACACUAUGGGACAAGGGGAAGGGGGGACGACACUAUGGGACAAGGGGAAGGGGGGACGACACUAUGGGACAAGGGGAAGGGGGGACGACACUAUGGGACAAGGGGAAGGGGGACUACCAAGGGAAGGGGGGAGGACACAGGGACACGAAGGAGGACACGAAGGGGGAAGAGAGGAAGACACGAAGGGGGAAGGGGGGACACUAUGGGACAAGGGGAGGAUGAGAACACUAUGGGACAAGGGGAGGAGGGGUUAUCAAUCACUAUGGGACAGGGGAGGGGGUUUAAAGAUUAUUAUGGGACAGGGGAGGGGGUUUAAAGAUUAUUAUGGGACAGGAGAGGGGAGUGGGUGGUAAGGAACAAAGAAUUCCUUUAAAAAAAAUAUUCUGAACAAACUGUCCCAUAGUAAGAAACACUAUGGAACAGUUCAGAAUAUUUUUUUUUUCUGGGUUUCCUCCUCUAAAAACUAGGUGCGUCUUAUGGAGCGAAAAAUACGGUAUAUAUUUUUAAAAGGCAUGGAUGCUUUUUCGCAUUAACAGAAUAUUCAAGGAUAUAAUUCAUAUGUAUUUAAGCAGGUUGUUGAUCCAAUGAGAAAUCUGAUUGCCAUUAUGGCGUUAAGAUAGAUUCUUUUCCCUUUUUGUGGAAUAAUUGGAAAUGGCAAUUUCAUUUUUUGCAAAUUUUUGGGAUCAACAGCGUAAGGGAGAAUGGGUUUCAAGGUUGAAUUUGGUGGACUUUAGUCUUUUUUGCAACCUAGACAACAAUGUAACUGUGUAACCUUUUUUAUGGGCGUUUGUUAGCAACAUUGAUUUAAGAAGCUUUCCAAAUGAUUAAUUACUGUUGGAAACAUUUUCUAAUGAUUUAUCUACAUUACAAAAAAAUUUCAUAAACUUUAAUGGUGACUUUUGUAGAUAAAUAAUUUUGCAAGUUUUUCCAACAGUACUAAAUGGUUGGAAAGCUUAUUAAAUUGAGGCCAUAAUGUCCAAAAACAGGAAUUAUGGUGCCUUAGCUAAAAACUGUAUCUAAACUAUACAGUGGCUGUUGCAUAGGACAUGCAGCAUACUAGGAGCCUUCCCUGAAACUAAUUUGAUCUGGCAAUCGAGUUGUUCAAUUCCUAAACAUACCCACAGUUUCCUUAUUGAUAUUCCCAUGUAUAGUAUAUGAUUUUUAUAAUGCAGUCACAUUGAAUGUGUUUCAUUACUGAUCUUUAUCUAAGUUAAUCAUUCUUGAACACAUGUAAAUGAUGGCAAAAGAAAGCAUGGUAUAGCGGAGUUGAAAAUAAGAUCUAUACCGGAUUGUGCAUUUUGACAUGCAAGGAUUUAAAACUAACCCUUUAAUUACAAAUAGAAUAGAAUUUAAGUUAAAAUGCCAAAUAAAAGAAGAAAACCAUGAUACAUAUAAAUUAACUUUAUUGCAUUUGCUAAUUAUAGUUUAGAACAUUUGUUUAUGUAUUUAACACAAGCUUGCAUUUAAAAGGAAGAAGAGAAAGACACAGAUGUACCUGGAACUUCCACAAGAAAAAGAAAGGUAAACAAUGUUUUAUGUGAAUGUAUCUCGUUAGUCCUCUGUAGGAGCAUUAUAUAAGUGAUAAAUAAUUGUUAAUAACAGUAUUUUAAAAAGGUAAAACGUCCAAGCUGUAAAACUUCCAAUUAAAGUCCUUCAAUCUUUUAGAAAAAAAAAUUAUCAAAUAUUUUUUUAUCCAUGGUAUGAAAAAAAAGCUACUUAAAUCUAUUCUACAACGUUUGAAUUGAAUGCACCAUUAUGUGCUUUAUUUUAAAAACUUUAAUUAAAUAAGCUAAACGUUAACAUAUGAACUGCUUAUACUGUAGACCAGGCAUGUUCGGCCUGGUUGCCUUCCAGGCUGCAAGGUGGCGAGGAUGAGAGGGAGCCCUUUAUAUAAGCUCCCUCUUUGCAGUGAGCCGGCGGCCUUUAUAUGAGGUCAUCUUGGCAUCACUACAGGGCGCGUGAGGGACCUGUGCAGGAAGAGCACAUAGAUCCCAGCCCAGCAGAAACCGCAAGACACCAGGGAGCGAGGAUCCACUCCAGUCCUCCCAGAGCAAAGCAGGAAGGCUGGGUGGACAUUUUAAGUACUAAAUGUGUGUGUAUGUCAGUGAUUUUGUGUGUGGAUCUGUGUAUGUAAUUGUGUGUGUGUGUGUGUGUGUGUGUGUAUAUCUGUGAUUGUGUGUAUGUAUGCGACUGUGUGAAUAGGUCUGAUUGUACGUGUGUUUGGGUGUGGGUGUCUGUGAUUAUGUGGGUUUGUGUAUAUCUGUGAUUAUUUGUGCAUAUGUAUGUGACUGUGAAUAGGUCUGAUUGUGUGUGUGUAGGGGGGAGUCUGUGUCUACAUCUGUGAUAAUGUUUGUGUGUGCAUGUAUGAUUGUGUGCAUAGGUCUGUGAUUGUGUGUCUGCAUAUGUAUAUGCAUGUGUAUUUAGUAGAUAGCUCCCUAAUUUGUUCUUAAAUAUGGCAAUCCCACGUAAGGAUAAUAAGGGUGUUCUCUAAUAAACAAUUGAAAUAUCAAUUAAGAAGAGCGCUUUUAAAGUUUUAUUACUUAUAUACAUUAUCUCUAUUAUAUAUUUGAUGUGUGGCACAAGACAAUUCCUGUUCGCUCAAUGUGGCUCAGGAAAGCCAAAAGGUUGGACACCCAUGCUUUAGAGGAGUGAUAGCGAACAUGUGGAGCCAGAGUGCCCAAACCGCAAUACAAACCAACUUUUUUCCCUCAAAGUGCCAACAUGACAAUUAAACCUAAAUACUGAGGUUUACGUUUAGAAAAAACUCAUACGGUUGUCCGAAAUAGGAGUGCAGUGUGUGCAUGGGAGCGCAGUGUGUGCAUGGUGGUACAGUGGGGAACAGUGUGUGCAUGGUGGUACAGUGGGGAACAGUGUGUGCAUGGUGGUACAGUGGGGAACAGUGUGUGCAUGGUGGUACAGUGGGGAACAGUGUGUGCAUGGUGGUACAGUGGGAACAGUGUGUGCAUGGUGGUACAGUGGGGAGCAGUGUGUGCAUGGUGGUACAGUGGGGAGCAGUGUGUGCAUAGUGGUACAGUGGGGAGCAGUGUGUGCAUGGUGGUACAGUGGGGAGCAGUGUGUGCAUGGUGGUACAGUGGGGUGCAGUAUGUGUAUGGAGGCACAGUAGGGGGAGGUUUGUGUGAGGCUGAUUAAAACAAAUAAUGUUUGUUUUUUUUAUUAAAAAAAGUAUGCUUUAUAUCCCCCCUCUCUUCUUGCCUUUGCCCAGGAAGAGGGGACAUCGAUUGUGAAGCCCUGGUGGUCCGGUGGCGAAUUCCUGGCGGUUCUAGUGGGGAGCCUGCAGCUCCUGGGCUAGAGUUCACUCUUGCGAGAACGGAGCGUUGCCAUUGUAAACGCGACAUCGCUCUGUGCUUACGAGAGGAGACCUGGCGGAGCUGCAAGCUAGAGCUUCCAGGUCUCCUCUCCCUCCCCUGCCGGCAAUGUGCCUGCAGACCGGUGAGGGAGAUCUCUGGAUAGCACCGGCCCUGCAGGAAAGAGCAUCAGCUUUCAGGGUUUGCCAUCGCUGCUCUAGAGACUAAUAUUGAAGUUAACCAUUACACACUUUUUUUUUGGUCUUUCAUGUAAAACGUGUAAAUCUCUAAUGUGAGGUGCUUAAGUGUGAAAUUUAAAGCUUUUGACUUGUACAUAAUUUUUUAUAUAUGUGUGCAUUAAGGAAUACCAGCCUAAGCGCAAGCUGCGGAGCAGGGCCCAAUCAUAUGAUUUGCUUUCUUGGAAGACUCAGUGCCAGGAGUUGUUAAAUCUAAUUUUUCAAUGUGAAGAUUCUGAACCAUUCCGACAGCCAGUGGAUCUACUUGAGUAUUCUGUGAGUGGCCAGUCUAAUAUUACGACUCAGACUUCUUACUUGGUAUUCAACUUCUUUGUGUAUACAUUUUUGUCUGAUCUCCCUUCCUUUUCUACUGUAACAAGGUUUUCGCAUUUUUUUUUUGUAUGGUUCCCAAAUAAUAUUACAAACUGGAAUUUUGUUUCAUUGCAAAUAAACAUUUGCUUUCUUUACUCCAAUUUUUAGGAUUACAGAGACAUUAUUGACACUCCAAUGGAUUUUGGAACAGUGCGAGAAACUUUAGAGGCUGGUAACUACGAGUCCCCUAUGGAGCUUUGCAAGGACGUGAGGCUUAUUUUUAGUAAUUCCAAAUCUUACACACCAAGCAAAAGAUCAAAGGUGCAUUAUCAUUUAAUUACAAAUUGAAGUUCUAAGAAUACAUACAUGAUUGAACACGUGUUUUAUAUGUGUAUAGCUGAUCAGUUUCUGUAUUGCAUAUGAAUAGUUUGAAUUAUCUCAAUGCUUUUUUAUUGUAAUGACAUUUUUGCUUCUUGCCGUUGUCUUGUAAUAAUGGUAUGCACAAAUUGCAAGAAAUUAGUAACUCCCGGGUCUAUUUAAUAAAUGGCAAAUUAAUGUUUGAAAAUUCAGCUUAUUUCAUUCAUUUCAAUUCUUCUGCAUUUGGCUGCUAAAAUUACUGUGUUUCAUUGUAUUCACCAAAUGGUAACAGAGUUAAGCCAUAUUUAUUAUUGGUAUUGUAAAAUAGAUCUCUUUGCUGCAGUAAAAUUCACUUGAAAAAAGCCCAAGUGAAUUGUGUUUAAAUUUCCAUGUUACACGAAAAAAGUAUGCUGUUAAGAUUUAGGGUUUCAGGCAGGAAUGUAGGGUGUGGGUUAAGGGGAGCUGGAGGUGGUGCUAUGUAAAUUAGGGGACUUCAAAUUAUGGAUACAUUUCUCCUGGUUUUCAUUAGGGAAUCCUUUUGCAUUUUAGUUUUUUCUGAAUAGCUGAAUCAGCCAAGUUAUGGAGUUUUGGCUGAUUUCAACAUACUAUUGAACAGCAUGUGAUUUAAAAAAGUGCUAGUUCAGUUGAAGUAAUGGAAUUAACAGUUUAUAAAUAACCCAAUGUAUUAAAGCAACUGAAUUGUGACAAACGAAGAGUAUUCAGUCCCUAUUAGGUUACUGCAGGGCUUGACAAAAUUGUUUGAAAUAUAGAAGCCAGCUAAAUAAGUUAGGAGCCAGUCAUUUUCAACGAGAAAGUGCAAUUCUUAAAAGGACACUAUAGUCACCAGAACCACUACAGCUUGAUGUAGUUGUUCUGGUGUCUAUAGCCUGUCUGUGCAGGCGUUUCAGUGUAAACACUGCCCUUUCUGUGAGGCAGUGUUUACAUUUCUGCUUAGUAACACCCUAGUGACAGUCACUCAGAUGGCCACUAGAGUCCUGGGUCACUGCUGCACCACAUGCAGCACCCAGUUUCAGUGUCUCAAAGCUCUGCAUGGAGGCGCUGAAUGUUCCUCAUAGAGAUUGAUUAAUGUAAUGCAUCUCUAUGAGGAGAUGCGGAUUGGUACAUUUGCUGCACAUGCAUAAAAUCCUCCCAAUGCUUUCCCAAGGGAAAGCAUUGGCUUAGCUGAGAUCAUAAAGAUUGAUCAUCUCAGCCAUGGUGAAACUGGCACAGCGUGGGAAAAUGGGAAGAAAGGGGAGUAAACACCUUCCUCAUGCAAUUGGAGGGGGCAGGUACCUAAACAUGCACGCACACUCUGACAGGCUCACACACACUCUCACGCUGACAACAGGCUUGCUUGCACACAUAAACUCUUGACAGGCUUGCACACACACUCACGCUGACAACAAGCUUCCACGCACAAACUCUGAGCGCCUGUCAGAGUUUGUGUGUGCGAGUCUGUCAGUGUGUGCGUGCAAACCUAUUGUCAGCGUAAGAGUGUGUGAGAGCCUGUCAAGACAGUGAUUUUGAGUCUGCCAAGACGGUGUGUGAGCGCCUGCCAAGACAGUGUGUGGGUGCGAGUUUGUCACACACACAUACAUACACACACUCUCUGACAGGCUCGCUCACACACACUGUCUUGACAGGCUCACACACACACACUCUUACGCUGACAACAGGCUUGCACGCACACACACACAAACACAUACAGAAACACUGGCUCGCUCACACACACACUGUGACUGGCUUGGUCACACACACUGACGGGCUCGCUCACAAACACACACACAUACACACACACACAUUUUUGUUUUAAUUGAAACCCACUCAGCCUCCCUACCUUUGGGAGAGCUGAGUAGGUCUUUCCUGGGGUCCAGUGGGCUGCUCUCUUCCUGUGUGCGGAGGAGCAGUACUCUGCCUGUAGCUCCUCUCUGCUCCCUCGUGCUCUGUAAUGAUGCCGGGGCUGGAAUGACGUCAAUGUUCCCGCAGGUGGCCGGGAGGGGGGGAGAGGUUGAGGGAGUAGUCUGAAAGCAUUGUGGCACACAGAAGCUUAAAGUUAGUGAGCUUUGUGUGGAGUCCAUAAAAUAUAUCAGAAGAUGGAUCCUUUGCAAACCCAUUUAAAAGUUGAAAGACAUUUAUUCCCGAUUGCUACAUCCCUUAUAUCCUAGUGUUUAGAGUUGUGUGUUUGCGCUUUGUCUUGACCACAUUAUCUCGGAAUACGCUUAAUAAAAUGAUACUGGUGUUAAACUGGCACUUCUACUUUAUGUAUUUGUGUAAUGGUGGUUAAAUUAAGGCUUGAUCUUGCGAACAUAAUUUUUUUUUACAUUUUUCUCCCUUUAAGAUCUACAGUAUGAGUUUACGACUGUCAGCAUUUUUUGAAGAGCGUGUGGGCACCAUAUUAUCAGAUUACAGGUCGGCUCUAAGAUUUCACAAACGCAGCACCAUAACCAAACGCAGGAAGAAAAGGAACAGACACAUUUCAUCAAGCAGUAGCCCUGGAUCAAGGUAACUGUAUGCUCUCCAUUGAAAUAAGCAUUCAAAUUCAUGGGUUACUGAGGUUUGUAAGACAAUUGGUGACUGCUGUCUAUCUUCUGCAGGCAUUCCUUAAACUCUACAAACUUGGUUCCAAGUGAAUGCUGUCACCCAAGUUAUAGUUAUUCCCAAAGCAUACCAAGUCUGGUUACCCUGCUUAUUUCUAGCCAUUACUGAGUACACCCAAACUUUGCCUAUUUAAUGAGCGAAGAUUUGCAAUUUGGGUGGGGGGGGGGAGAAACUAGUUACAAUGUUAAAACUACUUGCUGUCUCCAGAAGCUGAUACAGAGUAAUCGUCUUGUAGAGGGAUAUUUGCGUAUUAUGCAUAGACACCUAGUUAACUUUUCUGAUUCUAUGUGGGCCUAAAGGGUAGCGUAGGCAGAGAGAUGUAUUUUCCUAAAAUGUGCUAAACAGACAUACUUGCAAGUCUGAUAUACUUGCCUAAUAUUCCAGAUAAGGGUCUAUGGGAGGUCCUGUGAGGCUGUGGAGUCUUCUGUAAAUAUUUUCAGGCAUCCACAAUGAUGCAGCACAGGUUUGUACUGUGCUGGAAUAUGUUUAUUUUUUCAGUUUCAACUGACAGUCAAUUGGAAAUGAUCUACUGACAUACCAAGCUCUCUAAAUAAGUGAGAAAAGAGUAAUUUUAUUCAACUCCCCUACUUUCUUUUACAAAUUUGUAGAGUGUAAUUUAGUUGCAUUUCAAAUGCACGUGAGAACAAUUAAGAUUUUUCAUUAAAUAAUGCACACUCGUUUGUACAAGGCUGUACAAGCAUUUGUAGAAUUGUAUAAGAGAGUUAGCAACUUGGUUUUACAGGUUACACAAACUGAGCCCCUUCGAUAGAUCAGGAGAAAUAUAACUGAGUUAAAGCAUCAUUUUAACUUUAUAAAAAAAACUAAAAUUAUAGUUUGGUCUCCAGGAGCUACUAUUUAGGGUGUAAAGGAAAUAUUAUUAUGAUGAUAUGAAAGGGGGGUAAAAAGACUCUAAUGCUGUCUAAAUAUAAAAACUACAUGAGAUGAAUUAUAAACAAUUGAUAUAAUAAAAGUAGUAAUACUCUGAAAUAAGUGACGGUAUAAAAUACUUGACUAAAGUAAGGUUUAAAAAAUAUAGUGUGAGUGGAUUUAAAAAAAAAAGAAUUAAAAAUAAAAUGAAUAUAUAUAUAUAUAUAUAUAUAUAUAUAUAUAUAUAUAUAUAUAUAUAUAUAUAUACACACACACAAUUUCACAAAUAAAAUUCCUUGACUUUAAUAAGCAUGUAUAUAAAGAUAUUUGUUGUAGUUUUAAUUUAUGUUCAUGUGCAGAGCAUCUCGUGCUUGGUAGAGUGAUAUUUGAACAGAGUGACUGAUAUUCCUUUUUGACAUCUUUACUUCACUGGGAAGGUUCAGUCUGCUUGGGAAAGUACAGGGCAGGAUGUAGGCAAGGGAUAGUCAUUGCACUAGUGUAACUUUUAAUAAGAUGGGACCAUUUACUUAAUAUCUUCCUACACUAUACAACCGAAUACUUUGUCACUCUGAUAAAUGUUUUCAGUCCAUAAAGAGAUAUUAUGACUUAGUGAACUUGUCAAGUCAGGCUUACUUUAAAUAAUUUUUUUCCCUGAGAAGUGUUAAAGAAACUUUUUCACAGUCUUUCAUUUUAUUUCUGUAAUUGGAUGUCUUGACAUUAAUCAAACAUUUUUCCUAUCCAUCUCAUUUUAAAUUUGGUUACUUUGAUUAGUUUAUUUGCACAAUGAAGAUAUUGAAUUAAAAGAUGAACAUCAUACAAAUAAUGUAGUUUAUCCUUGCAACAUUUUUGAUUCUCAAUAUGUCUUAGUUUUAUCCUAAAAGAUUGGGUUGAAUUGAAGCUCUACACCAGACACUGCAUGAUUGUUUUUUUCUUUUUCUUUUUCUUUUUUUUUUUUAAUACGUAAUGGCCCUUUGGAUGCUUAGUAUAUAUGAGAACUAUUAUGAUAAACCAUAUAUGACCGAUCAGAUUGUGGUAUAUGAAUCCUCUGCACAUUAUGGGUGCAUCAGUCUACAUAAAGAGGAUGUAUAGGAGGUUAUAAUCUGUUACUUAGUUUGGUUAGUUGUAAUAAAGCCUUCAGUUGUGUGUGAAUAAACCCAUGCUACUAAUGGCUUCUAAGCAACAUAUUGGAUUUCACAGGUGCAUUUCUUUGUUUGUAGUUUUGUAGAAUAACCUAAUUAUUGUACUUUGAUAUUUCCAGUCCUGAAAGAAAGAGAAAAUAUAUAAGACACCAUCCAAAGCCAGAAACUGUCUUGUCUCCUGGAUCAACACCGCUUCGUUCAGUGUCUCAUAAAGCUGCUCAGGUGAACGGCAAGUUAGGAGAAUCCAGUCCAGUAACUCGGAGAAGGCGGUACAGGCGUCAUAUGGAACCCGUUGUAGCUGAGCAGCCAUCUACAUCUUCAAAGCCUAAACUACCAAUGACAAAGUCAAAUAGUCCUAUUCUGCAAGGAAAAUCAGGUAUGACUUCUUUAGGAGGAAGUGGAGAGAAAUUGCAUUUCUAUUUGUGCACAUUGAAGGUAUUAUCAGUUAAUAAAGGGACACAAAUAUCCAAGUUGAUUAUUUUUAAUGAAAUUUUAAAUAUAAUGUAUUAAUUAUAUUCACAAACAAAUGUAAAAAUAUUGGGAACUGCAUUUUCUCUAAAUCCCCAGUCCUUAAAGGAUCACUAUAGGGUCAGGAACACAAACAUGUAUUCCUGACCCUAUAGUGUUAAAACCACCAUCUAGUCCCCCUGGGCCCCUCGUGCCUCUGUAAAUAUAGCAAAAUAUUACUGUGUUCAAGCCUGAAGCUGUAACUCUGCAUGCUGUUUGCCUCAGAAAACAAGCUGUCUGCUGACAUCAUCAGAAUUGGUAGCCUGAUCCAAUCACAGUGCAUCCCCAUAGGAUUGGCUGAGACUGACAAAGAGGCAGAUCAGGAGCAGAGCCAGCAUGAUUCAAACACAGCCCUGGCCAAUCAGCAUCUCCUCAUAGAGAUUAAUUGAAUCCAUGAAUCUCUAUGAGGAAAUUGCAAUGUCUGCAUGCAGAGGGGGAGAUACUGAAUGUUUGGAUGCAUUUUAGGCAGCCAUGACCCAGGAAGGAUCUCUAACAGCCAUCUGAAGAGCAGCCAGUGAAGUGAUCACUAGGCUGUAAUGUAAACACUGCAUUUUCUCUGAAAAGACAGUGUUUACAGCAAAAAGCCUGAAGGUAAUGAUUCUACUCACCAGAACAAAUUCAAUAAGCUGUAGUUGUUCUGGUGACUAUAGUGUCCCUUUAAAGCCUCUGCUUUGAGCUCUCGUCAACUCAGUAGACAUAAAUGUUUAAUUUAACCUUGCAAAAUGACAAACACUUGUAGUAUUAUCCGAAUUUAAUACAAAAUACCCUGCUGGUUAUGAGGGAGGGGGUGGGACAAGUGUAUGUUUAUGGUGCCAGUUAUUUAUUUCACACUACAGAAGAUUAAUAAAAAAAUAACUUGCCAAGCACAGCUAACUGUAAUCUAACUCGCAUUACGCCAAAACAUGGAAGCCUGGAAUCUCUUUAUAAAAUAAUAGUCUAUUUUUUAUAGUGGUGGAAAACUCCAUAAGAUAUCCUAAGAGUCAGACUACGACAUCCAUCUCGAAUCAACCAAGCACCAGCCAGCUGAACAAGAACAUACCACCCAAAGAAAAUCUGAACAAAGAUAAACCAGUCAAACGUAGGAUGAAGGCAGCAGUUUGCACUCCACAGGGUAACUAUUAACCUUUCCUUUGUUUUUCUCUUCUAAGUAUCUGAGAUAAACUAAACCAGUGUUUUUAGUGACCUCUAAAAACCAGAUAAAGAAAACUGGUGGCAUCCUUGUGGACUGUAUUUGUUUGAGCUACUAGUUUUAUUUAUUUUAAAUGUUUUUGUGUUUUGUCUAUGAAACAUUGAGCGAAUACAAUUAAUUUAAACAGUUUUUGUAAAGAAAUCAACGCUUGUGGCAUAGCAAAAACUAAAAUGCUAAAAUCCUGGGUUGAGUUCUUUUCAAGUAACUUUUAAACUAAAAUAGGUUUCAGAAAACAUGCAGUGGAAGUAAUGGGUAGGUAUUUUUUUUUUUUUUUUUUAACUUGAAAAUCUAUACUGAUGGCAAAUAUUCCAGUGUAACAUUUUGAUAUGUUGAUAUCAUAACAUGCAAGGAUAGUAGCUACCAUGUAUAAUAGAGAAAUAUCUCACAGAGACAUUGAGUCACAAAGAAAUGAUUAACACUUGGGAUAGUGCUUUACAUAUAAUAAAGGAGUGUUCAUGUGUAAAGAUUGUUUUAAAACAGGGGUGAGGAUAACACUCUGAGCCUUCAUUUAAAGGGACACUAUAGUCACCCGAACAACUACAGCUUACUGUAAUUGUUCUGGUGAGUAUAAUAGCUCCCUUCAGGCAUUUUCAUCUUCAGGCCCCUAGGGACACCUCCAAGUGGCCACUCCUUAGAUGGCCACUGGAUUGGCUUCCUGGCUCAGGGCUGCACAGUAAGCAGCCCUGCCAUUCAGCGUCUCCACGCUCUGCAUGGAGACGCUGAAUUUUCCUCAUAGAGAUGCAUUGAUUCAAUGCAUCACUAUGAGAAGGUCCUGAUUGGCCAAAACGACAUUUGGCCCCGCCCCGUAACUAUUUUAUCCAAUCCAAUGCUUUUCUAUUGGAUUGCCUAAAAAUCAUCCAUUUUGAGGUCACAAAGGGGGCGGAGCUAGUGGCGCUGAAAUAAAGUGAGUUUUAAACUUUUAUAAUGGGACUAAGGGGGGGAAAGCCACCUAAAUGGUGGUUUUGCACUAUAGGGUCAGGAAUAAAUGUUUAUGUUCCUGACCCUAUAGUUAUCCUUUUAAAGGGGUUAGUUUAAUACAUAUUAUCUGGCAUUCCCCUGUGAAUCUGCUAGCAAGGACAAGCUGCAGCUAUAUUUAUGUUUAAUCCCAAUUGGAAUAGGCAGUUGCUGCUGUUGAUUUUUUUAUUUUUUUUUAUUUUUUUUUGCUAUCCUGGUCUGAUAAGGCAGUAUUCAGAUUUGAUCACAGAAGUAACAGCAUCCCAUUAAAGUACCCUAGUUGUGUAGUUAAUAAAACAAAGCCGUUUUGCAUUCUUACGUAACUAACCCUAAACAACUGCCUUUUGUUGCCAGACCCAAAACCAAGCCCUGUAAUGUAAGUAAAGUUAUGAAGAACUCUGGAAGUAGCUAGUUGGAUAUCAGCUGAAUAUAUGUUUGUUUUGUUUUUAAUGAUCAGUAUACGAGAACAAACACUUAUAAAUAUAAUUUUAAAAUAUUGCAGUAUUAAGCGUUGAACUUUUUCCUAUCUAUAUGUAUAUUUCAAAUGUUAUAUAUUUCCAACAUGUUUUUUGUCAUUUUCAAUGCAUUUUAGCAGAGAGGAAAGCCCAAGUAAUGCCUCCAGAAAGCGUUCACGUCAACGGGCACAGUAGUCCACCUAUCAAACCAGUCGUAAAGGGUCGUCCUGGCCGUAAACCCAAGAUAAUGCACAACAAUAACAACAUCGAAACUAAUGCUGUAGUACAGGUAAUACCCAAGAAAAGAGGAAGAAAACCAAAAUAUCCUAGGAAAGAGGAGCACCAGCUUAUACUACAAAACACUCCUCCACCUAUUGUGGAAAACACAACAAAGGUUAAGGAGCAACCUACAUCAUCCACAAACAAUUCCAAUGCAGAACCAAAUGUCAAGACUGAGAAUGAGGUACCAAAAAAGAAAAGGGGUAGAAAACCAAAAGUAAAAAUUGAGCUUUCUGAGGUGUUGCCUCCGCCACAACCACAUGUUGAUGAAGAACCUGUGAAUCAUGGAAAUGUAAAUAGACAAACCAGAAGUAAAUGCAAAAUGUCUGAACCAGUGGAGGAAAUGCCAGAGAAUGCAGAGGAUGAUCAUUCUGCAUUACAAAUCAGAACUAGAAAUCAGGGAAGGAGGACCGCAUUUUACAACGAAGAAGACUCAGAGGAGGAGCAAAGGCAGCUGCUGUUUGAAGACACUUCAUUGACUUUUGGAACUUCAAGUAGAGGAAGAGUACGGAAACUGACUGAGAAAGCAAAAGCCAAUUUGAUUGGCUGGUAGAUUCGCUUGAGCUUUGCAAAUGUAUAAAAGCAGCUUUAUAAAAUACUUUAAAGGGGAUACAUUUACUCUUGCUGCUACAACGGAUUGGAUAUUCUUCCAUUAGAAAGAGGAAGGGAACCGAUCGAACAUCAUGAAUAGAUUUUUCUUUUUGUUUUUAAUUAUUUUAAAUAUUUGAUGUUUAUUGCCUAUGAACUAGUCACUAGUGCGUAUAUUUCUUAAUUCAUGGUUCCGAGCUUGACAGAGUUAACCCCAGCAAUAUGUAUACCUUAUUUUGGGAUUGCAUGUUUUGAACAACAACUGAAUGGUUGUAUGAACUGAGGGAACAUUGUAACUGAUGCCACAAUUGCAUCUUUUUAGGAUUGUUAGACAAAGGUAACUAGCUGGGGAUUUGCAUUCCCAAUAAGAAUAAAAAGAAAGUUACCAAAUUUUAUCUCACCUGGGGAAGAUAUUUAAUGUUACAAGUAAACACGCCCAUGUGCAUGUUAAACAUAGGCAUUGAAAUAUCUCAUAUAAAUAUAUAUAUACUUAUAUAUCUAGAAAAGUGCAUAUAUAUGUGUGUAUAUAUUUAUAUAUACUUAUAUAUCCACAUUGGAAAAUAUUUAAUUUGUGUCUAAUUUUUCAGACCUUGAUUCUUGUACCAAUCACUAAAUCAUAUUAUUGUGCCAAAGACUGAGACUGAUUUCAGUUAAAACGUACAAUACCUGACUGUCAGAACUGCGCACAAUCUUUGUGUAUAUAACAAACAAUACAAAACAAAGUUGUAUAUUGGUCCUAAUGUAUUGUAUGUUGUGCUCACUUUAAACUGUUUUUUGGUACUUUUGUUAAAGAAAAAAAAAACAAAUACAGUAGCAGGGUUCUUUAAAGAAACAUUUUAGUAAAUGUAAAAAUACAAUUAAUAGUUUAACAUGUAAGUGGAAUAUGUGUGUACAUGUACACACAUUUGGAGGGAGCGAGUAUUUGUUUUUUAUUUUAGUUUUUGUUUUCAUAUAUUUGCCAGUAAUGUGAUGUCCAGCAAUACAUAUUAUUGCUACAAAAUAUUGCCUCCUUCUGCAAUAUUUUGGUUAAUAAAUAGAAACAUUAAUACAUUAUGUAUAUUUUAUACCAUAGUUGCUUCCUUAAUGUCCAUUUAAUGAGCGUCAUGUAGACUAGAAAGCAUCAACACUUAUUUACCUAAUGUUUGGUAAUGAAAAAAACAAAAGGGGCUUCUGAGAUGCACACUGGUGGUGUAUAUUUGUAAUAAGUAUUGCAGUGCAAGUACUCUUUUUUCUAAGGAUCUGAAAGACAUGGUUUCUAGGGGAGAAUUCAGAACUACCUGAUUUGUACGCAUUUUCCUUUCCAUUUCCAAAUGUUAAAUUGCAUAAACGUGUGUGUAUAUAUUGUGUGUGUACAUAUCUGUAUAUAUGAAUGUAUAAUUUACACACAGGUUUACACAUGUUAAAUGUUUAAAAUCCAGGUAUAAAAUAUUUUACAUUACUUUUUUAAGCUGGCAAUAGAAUUGAAAGGUCACUUAAAAAAAAAUAAAAAAAAAAUCAGCCAUUAGUUUGAUUUUAAAGUUGUGUAGGCUAAUCUCUAUGGUUGGAAAAUGACAGCAGUUAUUCAUGUAGUCCUGUUUGAAGAGUAAUGUCCAUGCACACUGUGGAUUUUUAUUUUAAUUGUUUCCCCUUUGUUUUGCUCUUUGGUAAUCAUAUUUCACUGACAAAAAGUAAAUAGACAUUGAAAGCAAAAUAUCAUUUUAAUUUGUGUGCCUUUUAUUUUUACAAUCUCUGUAUAAUGUUUGUAUAAUAAAAUUAGUUCUACAAAUUAGCUGAAUGUAUUAAAACACUGCUGUGAAAAAUUACUAUUUGAUAUUUUGUAGCCAGGUAAUACAUUCCAAAUCUGCUUUUA